AUUGACACUUCUGAGCAGUUGGAGCAUUCCCAGCCUUGCCUCGGGUGUAGGGAUUGCGUAGGAAAAAACAAAACUACACGGCUUUGUCUCGGUGUAGUUUUGUUUUUUGGGUUCUUUUGAGGCUCAACUGUUCUCCUUCGGAUUUUUUUGACAGUAUCAUUGGAUAAGGAGAUUGUUUUACCACAGCUGGGCCUAGUCCCAUCCAACCAGGCAUCCUUGUGGACACAAGGUGCCAAGCAAAAUGGCGACAAAGGCGCCAACAUUCACACAGCCGCUGCAAAGCGUUGUGGCACUAGAGGGUAGUGCUGCAACGUUUCAGGCUCAAGUUAGUGGUUCCCCUGUUCCUGAGGUCAGCUGGUUUUGUGAUGGCCAGGUCCUUUCUGCUGCCUCUCUUCCCGGCAUUCAGAUCUCGUUCAGCGAUGGCCGCGCUGUUCUGAGGAUCCCUGCAGUGACCGCCACACACAGUGGAAGAUUUUCUCUGAGUGCCACCAAUGGUGCAGGACAAGCCACUAGCACUGCUGAGCUCCUAGUUACAGCUGAGACUUCGCCACCCAACUUCAUUCAGAGACUUCAGAGUUUGACAGUAAGACAAGGAAGCCAAGUGAGACUGGAUGUUCGUGUGACAGGAAUCCCUACACCAGUGGUGAAGUUCUCCAGGGAGGGAGCUGAGAUACAGAGCUCCCCCGAUUUUAAGAUUGUUCAAGAAGCAGACCUUUACAGUUUACUGAUUGCUAAAGCCUUCCCAGAGGACUCUGGGAUGUACUCUGUAAACGCCGCAAACAGCAGUGGAAGAGCUACCUCUACUGCUGAACUCCUGGUUCAAGGGGAGGAUGCUGUGCCCACUAAGAAAACCAAGAUGGUGGUGUCCUCUUCUCAGAUGGCCUCCUCCCAGACCAGAGUGGAAAGGAGAGUUGAGGCUGGUUUCCAGGCCGCCACCAUGAUGGAGAUGCAUGUAGAAGGAGGUGGCAUGACUCAACGGUUAGCACACAAGACCCCCCCAAGGGUUCCUCCCAAACCCACCUCCAAGUCCCCACCUUCGAUGGUCUCCAGGGUAACCGGAGGCCGCCACCAGUCACCUUCACCUGUCCGACACGUGAAGGCCCCUACACCUGCACCUGUCAGAUCUGUGUCUCCAUCCGGCAGGCACUCAGUAUCUCCCAUCAGACCAGUCAGAUCUCCUCUCAUGACCAGGAAACGGGUGUCCUCCUCACCGGAGGUCUUGCCCCCGUGGAAACAGGGAGGCUGGGCAACGGGGGUUGCCAGCUACACCAGUAUGACGAGCACCUCCACCCACAUGCAGGCAGGCUCUGCCCAGAUGCAGGCUGGCUUUACCCAGAUGCAAGAAGGCUCUGCCCAAAUGCAAGCAGGCUCUGCCCAUAUGCAGACCAGCUCUACCCAGAUGCAAGCAGGCUCUGCCCACAUGCAGGCCGGCUCCUCCCAGAUGCAGACCAGCUCCUCCCAGAUGCAGACCAGCUCCUCCCAGAUGCAGACCGGCUUAUCCCAGAUGCAGACCAGCUCCUCCGAGAUGCAGACCAGCACCACCCAGAUGCAAACCGGCUCUGCCCACAUGCAGAUGGAGCAGCAGUGGCAGGGCUCGUAUGGCGUCCAGCAGGUUCAGCAGGUUGCUUCACUACAAGAGGGGGAGGGAGUUGGAAGAGCGGGGGCAGUGGCCACAGUGAUGGCUGCUGUUGACCUAGCUCGUGUUCGUCAGCCUUUGCAUGUGGAGCAAUCUGGAGCUGAAGAGGAGCAUGUAGUCUUACAGCUGCAGGCUGCAACUGAAGCAGCAGAGACGCAUGUUAGAAUGACAGCUGCCAAGUCAUCUGCUGUCAGUACAACAUCAGAGCAACAUACAUCUAACAUCUCCCAGAUUCACAGAACCACAGAACACAGCAGCCAGGGGGAAACAGCUUCAACACCCUCCCCUCUUCCAAAGUUUACCGUUUCUAAAGUUAAUGUUCCUAAACAUGACUCUAGCUAUGAGGUCUCGCGGGCAGGCUCUGCCAUCUCCUCUCUGCAGAAAGACUUAUCCGCCCACUCAACCACUAGAAUGAUCAUCAAAGCAGUCAAGUCUCCCAGUCCUUCUCGUAGGGUUGUGGAGACACGCGUGACCCCCAAGGCCUCUCCUCCACCCUUUAGAGACCCCCAAUACCACUCUGAGGUUCACUUACAGGCUGGGCUGACAGUGGCCCAGGAAGAAUUUGAGGACUGGGAGCCUCAGGAGGCUGCCCUGGUCCCAACUCAGGAUCCAGUCACUCCUCCUAGAGUUGUUGCUGUGCUAAAGAACCUGACUGUUACGGAGGGCGAGACUGUGACUCUAGAGUGCCAGAUCACUGCUCAUCCCAGCCCGGUCAUCAUGUGGUUCAGAGAGGACUACAAGAUCGAGAGUUCCAUUGACUUCCAGAUCAGCUAUGAGAAUGGAUUUGCCCGUCUGGUGAUCCGUGAAGCCUUUGCUGAAGACAGCGGCCGCUUCACCUGCACGGCAACCAGCGAGGCUGGAACAGUCAGCACGUCCUGCUAUCUGCUCGUCAAAGUGUCAGAAGAUAUUGAGAGCAGAGAAGAAACUACAUCCGUCGUUUCAGAACUUGGAAUCACACAAGAGAAAACUGUUGACGUUGAGACAGACAGAACAUCAGCUGCACCGUUCUUCAUCAAGAAGCCCAGCGUCCAGAAGCUGGUGGAGGGAGGAAGCGUUGUGUUUGAAUGCCAGGUCGGAGGAAGUCCCAAACCACAAAUCAUCUGGAAGAAGACUGGCAUGCCCCUCACUACCGGAUACAGAUAUAAAGUAGCCUACAAGAAGGAGUCAGGAGAAUGCAGAUUGGAGAUCUCCAUGACCUUCGCUGAUGAUGCAGGAGAUUACUCAAUUUUUGCCAAGAACCAGCUUGGAGAAGCCUCAGCUUCAGCGACUCUGCUGGAGGAAGAGGAAUAUGAUGCCUACAUGAAGCAGUAUGAUGUGACUUACAAAUCGGAAGAGGUGCAGGGGCCCACAUUGGUCGUGAGCCAGUACGAGAUGGAACAGAGGAGAAUGACCACCCCUACGAGCUUCGUCUCAGAAACGGAAUUCCAUAUAUCUGCAUUUGAGGAGAGGAUCAUCCAGGAGAUUGAGCUCCGGAUCAUGACGAUUACCUAUCAACACAUUGUGACAGAGGAUGGAGAACUAAUAGUCACCGCAGUAGAACACGAAGCCUUGCAGCCAACAUUUGCCACACUCGUCAAAAACUACAGGAUCAUGGAGGGAAUGGGAGUCACGUUCCACUGUAAAAUGGAUGGAGUCCCACUUCCCAAGAUUGCAUGGUACAAGGAUGGCAACCGUCUUCAACAUGGCGGCCGUUGUCAGAUGGAGGUCCUUCAGGAUGGCAGAGCAAGCCUUCGUCUGCCUGUGGUGCUUCCAGAGGAUGAGGGCGUUUACACCGCCUUCGCCAGCAACAUGAAGGGUAAUGCUGUAAGCUCUGGGAAGCUGUAUGUGGAACCCUCUGGGGCAACAACACCUCAAAGAUACACCCCCCAGCCUGCGAUGCAGAGAUUUAGGUCUACAUCCCCUCGUUCUAUGAGUCGCUCCCCUGGCCGUUCUGCCAGCCGCUCUCCUGCUCGUUCUCCGGCUCGCAGGCUUGAUGAGACGGACGAAGCUCAGCUGGAGAGACUCUACAAACCUGUCUUUGUUCUGAAGCCUUCCUCAUGUAAAUGCGCUGAGGGGCAGACUGCCAGAUUUGACCUGAAGGUUGUCGGAAGGCCGAUGCCUGAAACAUACUGGUUCCACAAUGGUCAUCAAGUUGUCAAUGACUUCACCCACAAGAUUGUUGUUAAAGAAGAUGGAACACAGUCUCUGAUCAUUGUAACAGCCAUGCCUCACGAUUCUGGAGAAUGGACAGUUGUUGCUCAGAAUAGAGCUGGAAAGUCCUCAGUCUCAAUCACUUUGAGUGUCGAUGCUAAAGAAAGCCUGGCACGUCCCCAGUUCACUGAGAAACUGAAGAACAUCAGUGUGAAGCAGGGCACUCUUGUGGAGUUGGCUGUCAGGGCCAUCGGAAACCCCAUUCCUGAUAUUGUCUGGCUGAAAAACAGUGAUAUUAUUUCCCCACACAAAUACCCACAUAUCAAGAUCGAGGGUACUAAAGGAGAGGCCAAAGUCCAGAUCACUUCAUCAGCUGGAUCUGACAGUGCCUGGUACACAGCUACAGCCAUCAACAAGGCUGGAAGAGAUACCACUCGCUGUAAAGUCAAUGUUGAGGUAGACUCUGCAAUGCGUGAACCAGAGAGGAAGCUGAUUAUAACCAAAGGAACCUACAAGGCUAAAGAUAUUGCUGCUCCUGAAUUGGAGCCCCUUCAUCAACGUUAUGGCCAAGACCAAUGGGAGGAGGGAGACCUUUAUGACAAAGAGAAGCAGCAGAAACCACAGUUCAAGAAGAAGCUGACUUCUGUCCGAAUGAAGCGUUUUGGGCCAGCUCAUUUUGAGUGCAGACUGACUCCUAUUGGUGACCCCACUAUGGUAGUUGAGUGGCUACACGAUGGCAAACCUCUUGAUGCUGCCAAUAGGCUGCGCAUGGUCAAUGAGUUUGGCUAUUGCAGUCUUGACUAUGAAGUUGCUUACGCAAGAGACAGCGGUGUUAUUACCUGCAGAGCUACAAACAAAUUUGGAGUUGAUCAAACUUCUGCCACCCUCAUUGUUAAGGAUGAGAAAGGCCUUGUUGAAGAUUCACAGCUUCCUGACGGAAGGAGGGGAACACACAGAAGUGAUGAGAUGGAGCGCAUGGCUCAUGAGGGAGGACCCACCGGUGUCAGUACUGAUGAGGAGAAAGAGAAGACAAAACCUGACAUUGUUUUGGUUCCAGAUCCAGCAAGAGUUCUUGAAGGAGAAACGGCGAGAUUCCGUUGCAGAGUGACUGGUUAUCCAACACCCAAGGUAAACUGGUACCUUAACGGACAACUUAUUCGCAAGAGUAAGAGAUACAGACUGCGUUAUGAUGGCAUUUACUACCUGGAGAUAGUGGAUGUCAAAGUUUAUGAUUCAGGAGAGGUCAAGGUGGUUGCUGAUAGUCCUCUAGGCUCAACAGAACAUGUUGUGAAGAUAGAAAUCACGCAGAGAGAGGACUUCAGGUCCGUACUCCGACGUGCACCUGACACUAAAACCGCAGAGUCCAAAGAGUCUGCAGGACCCGGCUUUGACAUCAUGAAGGUGGACAGACCUAGUGAGAGCUCCCAGUUGAAAGAGGUCGUCAAACUGAAGAAGACCCAGAGAGUUGUCCACGAGAAAACCUCAGAGGAGUCGGAUGAACUGAAGAGCAAGUUCAAGCGCAGAACAGAGGAAGGAUUCUAUGAGUCAAUAUCUGCUGUGGAGUUCAAGUCUCGCAGGAAGGAUGAGUCUUAUGAGGACCUACUGAAGAAGACAAAAGAAGACCUGCUUCACCGCCUGCGGGAAAAAGAAGAGGCAGAGAGAAAGCUUCUAGAGGAACAGGGGAACGUGACCAUCCCCACCUUCAAACCAGAGAGGAUUCAGCUUUCUCCCAGCAUGGAAGCUCCCAAGAUCCUGGAGCGUAUUACUAGCAAGACCGUUGCGCCGAUGGACGAGGUUCAAUUCCGAGUCAGGGUUGUCGGACGACCAGAACCCGAAUGUCAGUGGUUCAAGAACGGCAUUCAGCUUGAGAAGUCAGAACGUAUAUACUGGUACUGGCCUGAGGACCACGUUUGUGAGCUGGUGAUAAGGGAUGUGACUGCAGAAGAUUCGGCCAGUAUCAUGGUCAAAGCCCUGAAUGUAGCAGGGGAAGCUUCAAGCCAUGCUUUUCUGCUUGUGCAAGGCACGGCAACAGUAAAUUUCACUCAAACUCUAGAAGAUGUAACUGCUAAGGAAAAGGACACAAUGGUAACCUUUGAGUGUGAAACCAACGAGCCUUUCAUCAAGGUUAAAUGGAUAAAAAACAACAUGGAUAUCUUCUCUGGAGACAAAUACCGGAUGCACUCUGACAGAAAGGUCCACUUCCUGUCCGUUCUGGUCAUCGAGAUGAAAGACGAUGCAGAGUACAGCUGUGUUGUAAUAGAUGACGAGAGCAUCAGGACCAGUUCAAGACUCCAUGUUGAAGGUGCUGCUCUGGAGCUCACCAAGAUGUUGGAGAACAUUGAAGUUCCUGAGACCUACGCUGGAGAGUUUGAGGUGGAGCUGUCCCGUGAAGAUGCUGAGGGAACGUGGUAUUUUGGAGACAACGAGAUCUCUAGUAGCAGCAAAUAUUACAUGUCCUCCCGUCGUGGAAGACACUCUCUGUCAGUCAAGGAUGUAAAGAAAGAGGACCAAGGGAAAUACACCUUUGUCUGUGGAGAUCUGAGGACUUGUGCCUCAUUGAAGAUGAAAUUGCGCCCUGUGACGCUGAUGCAGCCCCUGAGUGACCUGACUGUCUGUGAAGGAGACAUUGCCCAGCUGGAGGUGAAGUUCUCCCAGGAGAACGUUGAAGGAACUUGGAUGAAGAACGGCCAGGUCUUUUCGGCCUCAGACAGUGUCCACAUGGUUAUUGACAAACUGGUGCACAAGCUGCUGCUGGAGAAUGUCACCAGAGACAAUGCUGCAGUCUAUUCCUUCCUGGUUCCUGCCCAGGACAUCUCCACCUCUGGAAAACUCAGUGUUCAGACCAUUGAUGUCCUGGUGCCACUGAAGGAUGUAUCAUCUACUGAGGGAACCAAGGCUGUUCUGGAGACCAAGAUCUCAGCUCAGGAAAUCACCUCUGUCAAAUGGUACCACAAUGAUAUGCUGCUGACAGCCAGUGAGCGAGUUCAGAUGGUGUCCAAGGGGGCCAAGCAGCGUCUGGUCUUCAACAGGACCUAUGCCUCCGAUGAGGGACAUUACAAACUGGUUGUGGGCAAGGUUGACACCAGCUGUACACUGUCAGUCGAGGAGGUGAACAUCACAAGACAUCUGGAGGACAAGGUAUGCUCUGAAUCCCAGAACGUCAUGUUUAGGGUGGAGGUGUCCCAUUCUGGGAUCGAUGCAGUUUGGAGCUUGAAGAACCAGCCCCUCAAAGCUGGGCCCAAGUACAAGAUGGAGUCAGAUGGAAAUAUGUACACACUUACCAUCAUAGACACCAUGAAGGACAAUGAGGGCCAGUACACCUUCCAUGCUGGUGAAAAGACCUCCAGUGCCUCGCUCUCAGUCUCUGGGGGAGCCAUCACCAGACCCCUGCAGGACGUGACAGUGGCAGAGUCCCAGACAGCCCAGCUGGAAUGUGAGGUGGCCAACGCCAAGGCUGAGGGCAGGUGGCUGAAGGAAGGCCAGCCUAUUGACUUCAGUGACAACGUUGUGAGUGAGGUGGAAGGAGCCGUCCGGCGCCUGCUGAUCAUUAUCACCAGACCCCAGGAUGUAGGAGAAUACACCUACCAGGUUGCCAGCUCCAAGACCACGGCCAACCUCAGAGUUGAGGCGGUGAAGAUAAAGAAGACCCUGAAGAACCAGACCGUGACGGAGACCCAGGAGGCGGUGUUCUCCCUGGAGCUGACCCACGCCGAGGUGAAGGGAGCCCAAUGGAUCAAGAAUGGCGUGGAGCUGCUGACCAGUAACAAAUAUGAGGUCACCUGUGAGGGCAUGGUCCACACCUUGAAGGUGAAGAACUGCAACACCCAGGACGAGUCUGUUUAUUCCUUCAAACUGGGCAAGCUGUCUGCCAGCUCCAGGCUCAACGUGGAAACUAUCAAGAUUGUGAAGAAGAUAAAGGAUGUGACAUCACUGCUGGAUUCUACUGCUUCCUUUGAGAUGAGUCUGUCACAUGACGAUAUCCCUGUGAAGUGGAUGUUCAACAAUGUGGAGAUCCUGCCGAGCAACCAAUGUAAGAUCCUGAUGGAGAGGAAGGCCCACAAGCUCAUCAUCCAGAACUUGAACUCUAGUAACACUGGAGAGUACACCGCCGUGGUGGGACACCUGCGCUGUAACGCCAACCUCAAUGUAGAGGCUCUGUGCGUGACCAAGCCCUUGAAGAAUUUGGAGGUACCAGAGACCCAUGUGGCCACAUUGGAGUGUGAAGUUUCUCAUUUCAAUGUCCCCUCUACUUGGCUGAAGAAUGGUGUGGAGAUAGAGAUGAGUGAGAAGUUCAGGAUUGUGGUCAAAGGCAAACUCCACCAGCUCAAGAUCAUGAACACGAGCACUGAGGACUCUGCCGAGUACAGCUUUGUCUGUGGAAACGACAGAGUCUCUGCUACUGUUACUAUCAGCCCUAUUCUGAUCACAUCCAUGAUGAAAGACCUUAACGCCAAAGAGAGAGAUACCAUUACUUUUGAGGUAGAUGUCAACUACGAGGGCAUCACCUAUAAGUGGCUGAAAAACGGAGUGGAGAUCAAGUCGUCUGACAGAUGCCAGGUUCGCAGCAAACAGCUGACUCACACCCUCAGCAUCCGAAAUGUUCACUUUGGAGACGGGGGAGAGUACAAGUUCACAGCUGGAUCAUCAGCCACGGCAGCAAAUCUCUUUGUUGAAGCUCGAUUGAUUGAAUUCACAAAGAAAAUAAAAGACCUAAAGAUAACAGAGAAGAAGAGGGCUACUUUUGAAUGUGAAGUUUCAGAGCCCAACAUCAAGCCAAUAUGGAUGAAAGAUGGACAAGAGUUGGAAUUAUCAGAAGAAAGAUACGUUGUUCAGGCUGAGAAGUUUGUCCAUCGCCUCAUGAUUCAGACGGUGCGUAUGUCCGACGCCGGGGAGUAUUCAGUGGUGGCCGGAUCCAGUGUGUCCAAGGCUCACCUCAUCGUGGAGGGAAGAGACGUCAGAAUCACCGAACCAGCUGACAAGACCAUCACGGUUUUGGAGAAACAAAGAGCCGCCUUUGAGUUUGAGGUGAAUGAGGAGGAUCUGGAGGGUCGCUGGCUGAAGAAUGGAGUUGAGAUCCAGUUCUCAAUUGAGGAGAGGUUUAACUACGUGUCCAUCAGGAAGAUCCACCGUCUCACCAUCUCUGAGACAUACAGAAGUGAUGCUGGCGAAUAUACCUUCAUCGCUGGCAAAAACAAGAGCACCAUGAACCUCCGUGUCAACAUCCCAGAGCUCCCUCAGAUCGUCAAGCACAUGGAGCCCCAGUCAGUGGAGGCUGGAAAACCAGCUCGCUUCACUGUCACAGUGACUGGUGUUCCCCAGCCACAGGUCUCCUGGUACAAGAACUCCCAGGCUUUGUCUUCUGGCUUCAAGUGCAAGUUCCUUCAUGAAGGAAACGACCACACUCUGCUGCUUAUUGAGGUGUUCCCAGAGGAUGCAGCUGUGUACAACUGUGAAGCCAAGAAUGACUACGGAGCAGCCACAAGCACUGCCCCACUCAAUGUAGAAGUGUCUGAGGCGGUAUCUCCGGACUCGUCUGCGCUUGUCGCUCCUCCUGUGGUUCUGUUGCCCGUCGCUGACACCUCCACACCUGAGGGGAUGCCGGCACGCUUCCAAUGCCGAGUGCGUGGAGAAGAUGUGAAGAUCAGCUGGUACCACGGUGACAAGGAGAUCAAACAGUCAGACUUCUUCAGAAUGUCCCAGUUUGACGACAACUGCCAACUGGAGAUCUCCAGGGUCUACUCUGAGGAUAAAGGACAGUACACCUGUGUGGUCAAGAACAGCGCAGGAACCGUGUCCUGCUCUGCAAGCCUCAAGCUAGACGGGCGAGCCCUUUGUGAUCCGGAGCUGCAUGUCUCCACCUGCCUCACCAGUCCAAAGAAACAUUCAAUUGGGCAGAAGCCAACCUUUAUCCAGCCAAUAGCAAGCAGUACUGUGUCCCAUGGGGAAGUGGCCAGGUUCCAUGCUUGUGUGUCCGGCACCCCAAAGCCACACAUUAGCUGGUUUCACAACCAGCUGCCCAUUCAACCCACAAAGGAUGUUGUCUUUCAUUUUGAUGAUGUGACAAACACUGCCACACUGAUUCUAGUUGAUGCUUUCCCUGAGCAUGCUGGGCAGUAUAGCUGCAGAGCAAGCAAUAGCACUGGGGAGGUGGUGUGCUCUGCUACUCUCACCAUAACUAAAGAAGAAGUGACUCAAGUUAAAGAGCAGAUAGAAACCAAGACUGAAUACAAAGUCAAAGAACAUUCUAGCACCUCCAUGGAGACCAAGCGAGAAGAAACCCAUUCCACUUCUCUACAGCUCUCACAAAAAACAAGGACACUCCAACUCAAGCCAGAGCCCAAACAUUACUCUAGUUCUUUAGAGAAGAAAAAAGAAAAGCCAGUUUUCCUUAGCCAGCUGUCUCCAACUGCUGUGACUGAAGGGGAAACGGCUAGGUUUACCGUCACAGUGGCGGGCUUUCCCAAGCCCUCGGUUCAAUGGUUCCACAAUGGAAAGGUGAUACAAAGCUCCACUGUAUAUAUACUGAUAGAGGGAAAAGAGGAAUACACAUUGGUAAUCACCAAGCUUACUUCUGACUAUGAAGGAGAGUAUUCCUGUACUGCCACAAAUAUAAUUGGCCAAACAACCUGCUCCACAUAUCUGGAAGUUAAAAAGAGUGUUGUUAGUAAGGCAGAGAAAUGGGUUGAACAAAUGUUCAUGGUUAAAGGUCAACCUCCCACAUUCACAGUAGAGUUUCGCUCUGAAAGAUCCCCUGAGGGAGGAGAAGUUUCCUUUAAAUAUGAAGCACGUGGACACCCAAUUCCAGAUGUCAAAUGGUUUAAAGGCGCUUUUCAGAUCGGACCAAAUAGGAACUGUAUUAUAGUCAACAACUCAAAUGGCUCUGGCCUCAUCCAAAUAAAGAGCCUCAAACAGGAGGACAGCGGCAUCUAUACUUGUAAGGCCCUUAACCAUUUUGGAGAGGCUUCAUGUAGUGCUGAACUGGUGGUUUUCAGGGAGGCUGUUCAGCAGGAACAGCGUCCAGUCAUUCAAGAAAGAGGCUACAAAGUAACCAUGACUGAGCAAGCCACAGAGUCACGCUUGUACCAGGUCAGCCUUCCAGGACAGGAAAGAUCUAGUUCAGAUCAAAUGGUUUACACCAUUGGCACUGAGGACAGGCAGGUCAUUUCCAGUGAGCAAGUGGGCACCAUUAGAGAGCUGAAUAUUUCUGCCGCCACUCUCCAGAGAGAGCAGGUCACCCACCAGGCUGCCGUUCUGCAGUCCCAUGAAGUGGAGGAGAGGGUGUCAGUGGCUCCUGCCCAUCCAUCCCACAUUUCAGCAGUCCCUCUCAAACAGCUCCACAUGGCAGCAUUCACAUCCUCUGUCUUGGAGAGUCAAGACCUCACAGAGCAACACUGUGAUCGCAUUCUGAGUCCGCAGCUUUUCAAGCUGGAGGCUGCAGAGGAGAAAAAGUCUAAAAUGAUGUCAGCCUUAUCUGAGGAGGUCCUGGCUCUCUCUACUGUUAGUACAGAGCCUCUGGGUGACAGGGUGUCAGCUAAGAUCAUGCCCACCUCAGAACCAAAGCAUGUUGUUAGUGGUCCACAGGUGGAUGCACAGCUGCCCCUCCUGAGGGAGUCAUUCCAUGACAUCCCCCAGCCCCAGCAGGAGAAGAGCUAUCAGGUGAAGGAAGGUGUUAAGAUCUUAUACUCUGCCCAGUUAGCAGAGAAGCGUGUGCUGCUUGAGGGCCACAUCACCCAGCUAGCCUCAGCAGAAUCUGCAGUCAAAUCCUUAUCGAGCAAAGAACAGCCCAGACCCGUCUUGGCCACAGUCAGUGAGACCAAGCAGGCUUUAUCCAAAGAGACAGUGUUCUCGAUGCAGAGGCCUGAUCAGGAGAUGGCUAGUGUUUGUAGAGAUUUAGUGAGGAAGGAAGCCCUCAAAGCAGAGGAGGGGCAGGCUCUUCAAGCUGAACACUCCCAAAAGCUGCAGAGUCUGGAUAGUGCAGAGAUCAUUCAGUCCCAGGUUGAGCCAGAGCAGUUGUUGCACCUGCAGGUCAUCACAGACCAGGACCUCCUCCCUUUUGAGGAGAGGUUCAUAUGUGACAAGCCAGCUCCAGAACAGUUGAGCAGCAGGAAAAGUCCAACCAUUUUACACUGUGUCAGCCAUAUUGAUCAAAGGACAGUGGUGUGUGAACGUAAAGAAGAGUUUGAUGCUACCCCUAGUACCAUUACAAUCCAGCCCAUAAAAGAGGUUCACGCUUCACUCCAUCUUCACUCCCACCAGCCUGUGCAGGAACUAGCUAAAGAGGGACUACUUGUCGUUGAGAAACCAAAGCAACAGCUGGCAGCACAGAAACAGGAGAAGGCCAGGAAUCAUUCAGCCAUCUCUGAGGAGAGAAGGGAGAUCACAGCAGAUUAUCACAAAGAUCUUGAUGUGUCUGUGACAGGAGUUAAAUCACAGCUAGGGUCGGAGCCUAGACCUCUUAAUAUCCUACAGGUGACCUCCCACCCCAUAGAACUCCCAAAAGAGACUCCUUUCCCCCACGACUUGAAACAGGAGCGUGCCUUAGUUCAGAAGGAGGAACGUUGGAAUUUGAUAAAUGUCACCACUGUAGAAGAUAGCCAGGCUUUGGAGGAGGGCCAUACCAAGAGUCUGCCUGCCGUGGAUAAAUUCACCUGCCAGACAGCUGUAGAGCCUAAGGUUCCCACAGAGCCAGUCCAGGUUGAGAAGAAGGAGAUCUCUACUGAGAUCAGCUUUUCUCUAGAGGCAGCAGAGCAGGACUUUGUGGUUCAAAUCCAGGAGGGCCAGUCAGUCAGACAGUCAAUCAUGAUGGACGAGAAGCGUGUGCUUAAAGGGGAGUUUUCUCAUAAGAUUAUAAAGUCAGAGUCCUCUAGUAUCAGUGUUACCACACAACCAAAACUUUCUUUAAUGGCACCACAGUCUGAAGAGAGCACAGCCCUGCCCAAAGAGCUGACCUUUGUGAUUCAGAUUCCCAAACCAUCCAGUGUGAAUAUUAGACGUCAACUGAAAGAUGCUCUUCAGUCUGCUGUGGCCCAGGAACAACCACUGCUACUUGCCGAGGUGCUGGCGAAGUUAGAGGCAGCACAGAUCCAGGAAGUCAAGGUUCAGAAAGAACCAAAACGUUCAAUGUUUACAUACCUUGUCACGUCAUCUGGUGCCCCCAUAGAAAUCUCUCUGGCUUUUGAUGGUGAGUACCCUCAGACAGCUGACCUGAGGUCUGAACUGCAGGCAGCCUUCCACUCUAUAGUUUACCAGGAGUCCCAGGCCCUGACUCUGGAACAGCCCAGUACUAUGCUUCUAGACAGGCCUCAGAGAAUGCAGGUUAUUUCUGCCCCCUCAAAGGAAAUGAUGUCAUCUGUGGUUGAGUCCAUCCACGUAGCAGAAAGUAUUGUGGAUAUUACUGCAACUCAGUCUCAGGCUGCUUCUAUUAAAACAGAAUCUGGCUUGGCGCUAGAGUCUCUGAGCACAGAGGAGCAGGUAGUCAUUCAGGAAGCCAAGGUGCAGAAACAGGUUGUCCAGGUCUCCAGGGAGGCUCAUGUGGCUUCUGAGCAGUCAGUGCAGGUGAGCAGACAUGAGGUGAAGUCUGUGAAGAGCCAGCAAGACGUAGCUGCUGUCGAUGUGGUCAGCAUCAGACCUAGUUCCAGCACUAAAGAGCGGUCGAUAGACAUUUCUGUUCAGAGGGAGAGCCAGGAAAUGACCUUUAAGGAGGAAUUUACAUUGUCCAACCCUGACAUAGUCACCUCUCUGCAGAAUUUAACUGUUAACGAGGACAGUAUAGUAAAGUUUAGCACCACCAUAGAGUAUGUCACCAAGGUAAACUGGCUUUUCAAUGGUAAAUUGGUCAAACCUGGCGAAGAGUUAAAGUGUUCUAAAGACAAUGACACAUACACACUGAUUAUCAACAAAGUUAUCAAGGAGAAGCAUCAAGGAGAAUAUGUCUGUGAGGCUGAGAAUGAAGCUGGCAAGACAACAACAUCUUCAAGACUCACUGUGGUCUCAAGAGUACCACCAAUCUUCAGGCAGAAGAUAAGCUCUAUGGAGAUCAACGUGGGCGGCUACGCCAAGAUGGAAUGUGAGAUUGAAGAUUCUCCGGACGUGACCUUCAAAUGGUACAAGUCGACUGUGGAGAUACGGCAGAGCGACAAAUACCGGAUCCUCAGCCAUCAAGGCGGCUCGGCCCUGGAGCUGCAGAGCCCCACCAAGGCUGACAGCGGGGAAUACAGCUGCAAGGCCUCUAACCAGCACGGCGCCAACAGCUGCUCCGCCACGCUGAACGUCACCGAAAUGUACCCACCAGUAUUUGUAUCAAAACCAGAACCAAUGACAUUAUAUGUUGGUAAACGCACCCUGUUCCAGUGCUCAGUCACUGGAACUUCACCGAUGGAAGUUGUCUGGCACAAGGACAACAUAGCAAUCUCUUCUGAGGGGAACUGUUUGAUGAAAAGUGAAAAGAACAAGUAUUCCCUUGAGAUUACAUGCCUUGAGCUAUCCCAUCAGGGGGUGUACCUCUGUAAAGCCUCCAACCCUGUUGGCACUGCUACCUUCACCACAGAGCUCAGGGUUGUCAGUAAGCCAAGCUUUGUGAAGACGUUUGAGCCAGUGUCUUCAACUGUCGAUGAGGCACUUCACCUGGAGUGUCAGGUGGAUGAAGACACUGGUGUGUCUGUCACCUGGACCAGGGAUGGCAAAAAGGUCCACCAGACUAUGGAAUGUAAAAUGUGGUUUGAUGAAAAAGUGGCUGUUCUUGAGAUCCCCAAGUCUAAAUUGAAGGACUCUGGAAAAUAUGUCUGUACAGCCACAAACGAGGCAGGGAGUUCGACCUGCCAGGCUAUGGUCAGUGUUCAAGAGCCACCUGCCUUUGUCAAGAAGAUGGAGCCAAAGUUGACUUGGAAAAAGGGCAUAGCUGCCCGCUUACAGUGCACAGUUAAAGGAUCUCCAGAACUCAGUGUCCACUGGUUCUGCAGCGACAGAGAGCUCAGCCAUGGAGAUAAAUAUAAAAUCUCCUUCAAGAAUGGAGCAGCCACUCUGGAGAUGGUGAAUGUUCUUGUUACAGACAGUGGGACGUACAUCUGUGAGGUAUCAAAUGAUGCUGGCAGUGAUAGCUGUAACACCCUGAUAACAGUUAAAGAACCACCCUCAUUUAAGAAGGAGCUAAAGACAAUGGAGGCUGUGAAAGGAAGUCCAGCUCACCUCGAGUGUGAGAUUACAGGAACAGGUCCUUUUGAAAUCAACUGGUUCAAAAAUAAGAAAGCUAUUGCCUCUGAUCAAAGAUACAAGGUGAUUUCUCAAGAGUCUCUGGCACGGCUUGAGAUUCAGACAUUUGAAAGUGCAGAUGUCGGAGACUACCAGUGUGUUGCUUCCAAUGAUGUGGGUAAAAUAAGCACUAAGGCACUAGCUAAACUAAAAGAACCACCAUCAUUCUCAAAAAGAGUUGAGAGUGUUGUGGCAGUGUUGGAUAACACAGUCAAACUUCAAGGCAGCAUAAAAGGAUCAGCUCCCCUCAUUGUUAAAUGGAUGAAAGACUCUGAGAUUCUAAGAGAUGAUGAUCCCAAUAUCAGCAUGCGGUUUGAGAACAAUGUUGCCAGCCUUACAAUAUCCACUGUCACAAUCAGCCAUGGUGGAAAGUAUACAUGCCAAGCAGAGAACGAGGCUGGGCAACAGAAAUGUGAAGCUACUUUGACUGUUCAAGAACCCGCCAGACUCCUAGAACCUGCAGAGUCCAUAAGUGUGACUGCAGGAGAUUCAGCCACCUUGGAAUGUACAAUCGCUGGAAGCCCAGACCUCAAGGUGCAAUGGUUUAAAGAUGGAAAGGAGGUGACGAGUGGUCGUAAAUACAAAAUCACUCUGAAGGAGAAAACUGCCAUGUUAAAAGUUCUGGCAGCAGAAAAAGAUGACACUUCUGAAUUCAGGAUGGAGGUGUCCAACAAAGUGGGCAAGGACCAGUGCACGUGCUCUGUUACCGUCCUAGAUCGGACAAUGCCUCCAACUUUCACUAAGUCUCUGAAAAGGGUUGAUGGUUGCAUAUCUGCAGAUGUCUCCAUGGACUGUAAAGUGUCCGGUUCCCAACCAAUGACCAUCAUUUGGUUCAAGGAUGAAUCAGAGAUUGCGUCUGGGGGAAGGUUCCUGUCAGAGUUCAAAGAUAGCUCUGCCACCCUGAAAAUCAUGAAGCUACAGAAAGCUGACUCAGGAGUUUAUAAAUGUAGAGCUACGAAUUCUGCUGACUUUAAAGAAACAAGUGGCACUCUCUAUGUCAAAGAGCCCCCAGCUUUCACAGUGAAACCAGAAAACCUGGAGGUAAUACCAGGCUCCACUGUUUCUUUGAAAUCAGUCUUCACUGGAACAACUCCUCUGGCUGUGAAGUGGUUCAGAGAAGAAAAGGAGAUUUCCACUGGAGGCUCAUAUUUCAUUAAGAAAGAUGCCUCAUCCAGCUCCUUGGAACUCCACUCAGUGAAACCCAGCGACUCUGCUAAGUUCACAUGCCAAGUAUCCAACGAUGCUGGGAAAGUGGACUGUACUGCUGUUCUCUUUGUAAAAGAACCCCCCUUGUUUGAGAAGAAGCUGGAAGCUAUUAAGAUGGCCACCAGUGGCAGCUCUGUGAAGAUAGAGUGCAGAGCCACAGGAACCCCUGUCAUCUCUUAUAAAUGGUUCAAGGAUGAGAUAGAAGUCAGCAGUAGUCCUAAAUACACAAUGGCUGUGAAAGACUCAGUGGCCUCUCUGGAAGUGGUAGACAGCAGUGUGGAGGAUUGUGGAGAUUAUGUAUGUGUGGCUUCCAGCGAGGCUGGAAGUGACCGCUGUUGCUGUACCAUGACAGUCGAAGAGCCCCCAGUGUUUGUGUGUUGUUUGGACUCCAAAGACAUAGUGAAAGGCUCUGAACUAGUUCUGGAGGGACAGCUGUCUGGCUCUGCUCCAUUCAGUGUCUCCUUUUAUAAAAAUGCCAAACUGCUCAGGAAUGACAAGAGACACAAAGUGACAGUGAAGGACCACCAGGUGGUGCUGAAGGUGCUGUCGGUAGAGGCAGCAGAUACAGGCUCUUACAAGUGUCAUGUGGAGAACAAGGUGGGAAACACCUCGAGUGAAUGUCAAGUAACACUCAAAGAACCACCAUUAUUUGUUCAUAAGCUUGAGAACAUGAGCUGCCUUGUGUCCAAGGAGGUGUCUCUACAAUGUUCUCUGAAGGGUUCUGAACCCAUGACGUUGUCCUGGCUUAAAGAUGACCAUGAGCUCAAGGAAGCUGAACACAUUCAGAUUACAUAUGAGCAUAAGAUCGCCCGCCUCCACAUUACCUGUGUACAUGCCGACCACGCUGGCAAGUACACAUGCCUGUCUAACAACCAGGCAGGGAGCCAGAAAUGUUUUGCUGUUCUGACUGUAAAAGAACCGGCUAAGAUCACAGAGGAGGCAAAGUCAAUCAGUGUCACCCAGGGAGAUCCAGCCGCUCUUGAAUGUCGGUUCUCAGGCACCAAACCUCUCAAGGCCACUUGGCUGAAGGGUGGAAAGGAGCUGGCCUCUGGCCAGAGAUAUAAGAUUCAGAGCACUGACACAAGCUCCAUACUGAAGAUCCCGAAAACAGAGACAAAUGAUAGUGGUGAAUACAGCUUUGAGGUGUCAAAUGAUGUUGGACAAAAUUGUUGUGAAGCUUCACUAACUAUUCUAGAUCAAAUAGUUCCACCGUCUUUCACAAGAAAAUUUAAGCAGAUGGAGAGUAUCAAAGGAUCAUUUGCCCACCUAGAGUGUCUUGUGUCAGGCUCGCUGCCGAUCACUCUUCAGUGGUACAAAGAUGAGAAAGAGAUCCAGACUGAUGAAAAACACAAAUGCACAUUCUUUGAAAAUGUGGCUUUCUUGGAAAUCUCUCGUCUCGUCAGUAAAGACGGUGGCAGCUAUACCUGCAUAGCUAGAAACAAAGCUGGAUCGGACCAGUGCUCUGGCAUCCUUUUAGUCAAAGAACCACCAUGUGUUCUGGAAAGGCCAGCAUCCACGUCUGUUUUACCUGGGUCAAAGGUCAAGUUUAAUAUCCUGAUCUCCGGCACUCCACCUAUGACCAUUAAAUGGUUCAAAGACAAAAAGGAGAUUUUAUCAAGCUCUGGCUGCUAUGUGAUCAAAGACAACGCCUCCACCUUGCUGGAGAUCUUCUUUGCAAAGACCUCAGACUCUGGAGACUAUAGCUGUGAGAUCAAGAAUGAUGUUGGCUCCACUUCAUGCCAGGCAGCACUCUAUGUCAAAGAGCCCCCAAAAUUCAUUCGAAGCCCUGAACGCCUGUCUGUUGUUCGUCCUGGUCAAAAUAAAGUAUUUGAAUGUCAGGUGACCGGAACUCCAGAGAUAGACAUUAACUGGUUCAGAGGCAGCUCAGAGAUCGUUCCCAGCAACAGAUACAAGACGUCCUUUAUAAACUCUGUCGCCACCCUGGAGCUCAGUGGGGCUGAGGUCAGAGACAGCGGGCAAUUCUACUGCGAGGCCCGGAAUGAGGCCGGCAGCGAGAGCUGCAGUAUGGAACUCCACGUCAAAGAACCUCCAACGUUUGUGCGAGAACUUUCUCCGGCUGACGUAGUUAAGGGAUCCAUCGCCUGCUUUGAGUGUGGGGUUGCAGGAACCGCUCCAUUUGAGAUAACUUGGUUCAAAAACACAAAGGAGAUAAAGAGCAGUGGGAAAUACGCAAUAUCCCAGGUCACCGGUACUCUGACCCUGGAGGUGCAGAAGUGUGACACUAUAGAUGUAGGGGAGUACCAGUGCACUGUCUCUAACGAGGUCGGAAGCUCGACCUGUAAAACUACACUUAGCAUCAACGAGCCACCAAGCUUUAGCCAGAAAUUUGAGAACGUCAUCACCGUCUUGGGCACAAUGGCAGAGUUUCAAUGUGCUGUUAAGGGCUCCCCAACCCUUUCUGUACAAUGGCAAAAAGAUGAGAGUUGGAUCUUGGAAGAUCCUAAGAUAGAGAGGACAUUUGAGAAAAAUGUUGCCAUGCUCAGGAUAGCUGCCUGUGAGGCUAGUCACAGUGGAAAAUACACCUGCCAGGUGGCCAAUGAGGCUGGGCAGGACAGGUGCUUCUCCAUCCUAACAGUACAAGAACCCCCACAGAUCCCAGAGAAGCCUGAGGUGAUUAAGGUGACAGUUGGAGACCCAGUCAGUCUGGACUGUAAAGUAACUGGUUCCCCUCAGCUCAAAGUCAAAUGGAUGAAAAAUGGCAAAGAGCUGCAGUCAAUUAGACAACAUAAACUGAGCUUCGAAAACAAUGUCAGUAGACUGUUGAUACAGUCAGCCCAGAGUGCAGAUGGGGGAGAAUAUAUCUUUGAAGUGGCCAACCACAUCAGUAGCUGCAGCUGUAACGUUAAAUUGAUCGUUUUAGAGCAAGUAAUCCCACCAAGCUUCAUCAAACCACUGUCAGAAUUCCAGGAGAUUUUGGGCUCCUUUGUGCAAAUCUCAUGCAAAGUGUCUGGAUCUCUUCCCAUCUCUGUGGAGUGGCAGAAAGAUGGAAGCAAAAUCUCCAGUGGAGUCAAACACAAGCUAAUCCAGCAGGACCACUCUGUUUCAAUAGAGAUUGAACAGCUAGAGAAGUCUGAUGCAGGCUCCUACUCUUGCAAACUGACCAACAAAGCUGGAAGCUGUGACAGCAAUGGCACCCUCAGAGUGAAAGAACCCCCCAGCUUUGUUCUGCUGCCUGAGUCUAAGGCUGCCUUGCCCAAUGGCAAUGUGCGCUUCAAAGGCACAUUCACAGGCAGUGCUCCCUUCACCGUGAAAUGGUUGAAGGAGGACACAGAGCUCAUGACUGGGCCCACAUGUUUUACAGGACUGGAGGGACAGUCCUGCUUCUUAGAUCUUUACUCUGUAUCCCUGGCCCACAGUGGAGUCUACUCUUGUCAAGUCAGCAAUGAUGCUGGUUCUACCCGCUGCAGUGCAGACUUAACAGUCAAAGAACCACCCGAGAUUGUGCUGAAACUCCCUGGCACAAAGUUUGUGAAAAAGGGUGAGCCACUCCAUCUGGAGUGCAAGAUCAGUGGCACGGCUCCUCUGAAAAUGACCUGGUACAAAAAUGACAGUCAGGUCACAGAUGGGAGCAACAUAAGGAGGUCCUUUGUUGACUCAGUAGCAGUCCUAGAACUGCUCACCACCAGCUUCCAUGACGAUGGAGUUUACACCUGCGAAGCUCAGAAUGAUGCUGGCAGUGUGAGCUGCAGCACCUCCGUUACUGUUAAAGACCCACCCUCUUUCAUCAAAGUACUUCAGCCAUUCGAGGGGCUGAAGGCCAAAGAUGUGAGUCUGUACUGUGAGAUCAGCGGUACAGCGCCCUUUCAGAUCACCUGGCUCAAAGACAGUAAGCCUCUCAUGGAGAGCAGGAAGUGUAAGAUGCUGAGCGAGGGCAGUUCAGCCACUCUGCAUAUCAUUGGACUUGAGCCUUCCGAUGCUGGCGAAUACGAUUGCAAAGUGUCGAACAGUGUAGGAAGUGAAACCUGCCAGACGUCAGUUAAACUCAGAGAGCCGCCGUCGUUUGUGAAGAGACUGUCAAACAUGACAGCUAUAUUUGGAGAGGAGGUGACCCUUGUUGCCACAGUUAAAGGCUCUGAACCCAUUACUGUGUCCUGGGUUCAGGACAAGGAUCACAUUCUCAGGGAUGGUGACAACAGGAAAAUCACCUUUGAAAACAACCAGGUCACACUUAGAGUCUUUAAGGCUGAUGCCACCACUGCAGGAAAAUACACCUGCCAACUGACAAAUGAUGCUGGCAAUGUGGAAUGUUUUGCUAACUUGACUAUUCUAGAGCCCGCUAAGAUAGUGGAUAAGCCCGAUGCACUGAGUGUUACUGCAGGUGAAAUUGCCGCCUUAGAGGUCAAAGUGUGUGGAACGCCACAGCUCGUUCCUAAGUGGUUCAAGGAUGGUGUAGAGUUGGCCUCUGGAAGGAAAUACAAAAUCUCCUUCUCCAAGAUGAUCUCCAGCCUCAAAGUCCUUUCCGCUGAGAGGCAUGACACUGGAGAAUAUACAUUUGAGGUCGAGAAUGAGGUUGGCAAAGACCUGAGCAAAAUAAACCUCACUGUUCUAGAUAAGAUAAUUCCUCCCUCAUUCUUGAGGACAUUAAAGGAUUGUAAUGCAGUUGUUGGGAAUUCAGGAGACAUUGAAUGCAAAGUGUCAGGCUCCCCGCCGUUCGUAAUCUCCUGGUACCACGACGGAGAGGAGAUACAGAAAGGUCCUAACUAUGAGAUUGCAUUCAGUGACAACAACUGCACACUGAAGCUUCCCACUCUUAAGUUGUCUGAUUCUGGAGUGUAUAAAUGCGCAGCUGUCAACAAGGCUGGAUCAGCUAAAACCACCGCGUCUUUCACUGUGAAAGAGCCACCAACCUUUGUGGUGCAGCCACAACCUGCAGAGGCUAUGCCAGGCACUAGUGUGACCUUCUCAGCCAUUGUGAAGGGCAGUGCCCCACUGAAAAUGAAGUGGUUCAGAGGAACCAAGGAGAUGAUGACUGGAGGAGACUGUGAGAUGUCCCUAAAGGAUAACCAGGCCCGCUUGGAGCUUUACAAUGUCAAUAAGUCUUAUGCUGGUGAAUAUACGUGCCAGAUCAUAAACGAUGCAGGAAAGGAGAGUUGCCCUGUUAAUCUGACUGUCAAAGAACCAGCCUACUUUUCAAAGAAGCUGAAGGACAUGACGGUAGAGAAGGGAAAAGCUCUGAUGCUAGAGUGCACGUACACCGGGAGCCCCAUGAUCACAGUGAACUGGUAUAAAGAUGGCCAGCAGAUAUUUGCCUCUUAUAAAUACAACAUCACCACCACAGAGAGCUCCUGUAUCCUGGAGUGUUUGAGCACUGAGGAGAAAGAGGCUGCUGGGAAGUUCUCAUGUCAAGUUUCCAAUGAUGCUGGAACGGACACCUGCGAGGCAUCAGUGACUAUUCUAGAACCCCCCUAUUUCGUUGAGGCCUUGGAGCAUAUGGAGGUGACUACAGGAGAUGCAGUGUGUUUGAAGUGCCAGCUGGCAGGAACCCCUGAAAUCAAAGUGUCCUGGUUCAAGGCUGAUGGCAUAGUGAGGUCCAGCCCAACCUGUAAAUUGGAGUACUCUAAAGGUGUGGCCUGCCUGAAGCUUAGCAAAGCUGGAAAAUCUGAUGUCGGAGAAUACACCUGCAAGGCAGAGAACCGUAUAGGCUCCACCUCCUCUACAUGCAGACUAAGUGUCCAAGAGGCUAAGACACCACCAUCCUUUCCUAAGAAGAUCACCAGUCUGCAGCAGACUGAGGGCAAGGUAGUCAGGUUUGAGUGUCGUGUUGCUGGCUCCUCGCCCAUCGAGGUUUCCUGGCUGAGGGACGGAGAGCCUCUGGAGGGAGACGAGGUCUCCAUGUCGUACGACGACAACACAGCUGUGUUGGAGAUAAGACCUGGGGAGAUGAGGCACUCUGGAGAGUACAGUUGCGUCGCCACCAACAGCGUCGGUAGCGCUUCCUGUAGAGCCAAGCUCACCCUGCAAGAACCAAGAUACGCACCCAUCUUUGAAACAAAGCUGUCACCACAGGAAGUGACUGUUGGAGAAAGUGUUGAGCUGGAGUGUCACAUGACAGGCUCCGCCCCCAUCAAGGUCACAUGGUCGAAGGACCACAAAGACAUCCGAUCCGGCGGCAACUAUAGGAUGACCUGCGUGGAGAACAUCUCUCAUCUGACCAUUCUAAAGGCAGAUAAAGGGGACACUGGGAAAUACUUCUGCCAUGCCACUAAUGACAUGGGGAAGGACUCUUGCAGCACAGAUAUCACGGUGAAAGAGCGCAAAAACCCUCCGACAUUCACUAAAAAGCCCUCUGAAAGCAUUGAGGACACGGAGGGCAAGCUGGUGAAGAUCGAGGGCCGUGUGGCCGGUUCUCAGCCAAUGGCUGUGAGCUGGUACAAGGGGGACAUGGAGAUCCAUAGCUCUGACAAAUAUGAUAUCAGUUUUAAGAGCAACGCAGCCGUGCUAUGCAUCAAGAACAGCCAGGUGUCCGACAGCGGGAAGUACUCCUGCCAGGCGUCCAACGAGGCGGGCAAGGCCAGCUGUGGCGUCUCACUCGAUGUAGCUGAGGCCAAGAAGCCACCUGUAUUCGACGUCCCUCUUAAAGCGGUGACGGUGGUCGAGGGCGACAAGAUGAGCCUUACCUGCCACAUCCGUGGGUCCACUCCGCUGAUUAUCCAGUGGAUGAAGGACAGGAAGGAGCUCAUCUCCUCUGUUGAGGCUAAAGUCAGUUUUGCGGACGGGACCGCCAGCCUGGAGAUCAGCAAGGUGUCCAAGGCCCACGCUGGGGACUACCUCUGCAAGGCCAGCAACGAUGCUGGCAGUGAAUUCUGCAAGGCUAAAGUUACUUUGAAAGAUGGAACAGGUGCAAAGCCUGCUCCCACAGAGGUGCCUACUGCAUCUCAAGCUAAGAAACUGGACAGCUUGUUCUUCAUCGAGGAGCCAAAAUCUAUCAAUGUCUCUGAGAAGGGCACUGCUACCUUCAUCGCCAAGGUUGGAGGUGAUCCCAUUCCCAAUGUGAAAUGGAUGAAGGGGAAGUGGAGGCAGAUCACCCCUGGUGGUCGUAUCUCUGUGGAACACAAAGGGCAGGAGGCCAAGCUGGAGAUAAGAGAAGUGACCAAGUCUGACUCUGGCCAGUACAGAUGUGUGGCAUCCAGCAAACACGGAGAGAUUGAAUGCAGUACAGACAUGCACGUGGAGGAGAAGAAGGAGACAACAGGAUUAGAAGGAGACCUAAGAGCCAAACUGAAGAAGACUCCCUCAAAGCAGAAGAGCCCACAGGAGGAGAAGGACAUCGAUAUUGUUGAGCUGUUGAGGAAUGUAGACCCUAAAGAGUAUGAGAAGUACGCACGUAUGUAUGGCAUCACCGACUACAGGGGACUGCUCCAAGCCAUUGAGCAGCUCAAGAAGGAGAAGGCUGAGGAAAGUGGAAGACCGGAAAUUGAGCGAGGGGACAGAGACUCUGAUGAGGACAUGGCUAAGCUGGUGGCUGACCUGCAGAAGAGGAUGGAACGCACCGAGCCCGUGACGGUGGUGAAAGACAUUUGUGACCAGUCUACCUUCAUCAACAAGGAGGCUCUGUUUGAGUGCCAGGUCACCAUCAACUACCCUGAGAUCACCCUGUCUUGGUACAAGGGCACCCAGAAACUGGACAACAGUGAAAAGUAUGGCAUCAGCAUCAGAGGUAACCGCCACCUUUUGAAGAUCAAGGACUGCCAGGCCAGAGACCAAGGCAACUACCGGGUGGUGUGUGGUCCACAUAUCUCCAGCGCCAAGCUCACCGUUAUGGAGGUGGAGAUUGAGAAGCACCUGCAGGACGUAUCAGGUAAGGAAGGCCAGUCCUGUACUUUGACAUGUCAGUUGUCUGUCCCUAACGGGAAAACUGAGUGGUUAAAGGAUGGAAAGCAGAUAGAUGUGAAGGGCAGGUUCACCUCUGAGGUGAAGCACAAGAUUCAGAAGCUUGUGAUUGAAGAGCUGAAGCCAGAAGACCAGGGACGAUACUCCUGUAGAUACCAAAACCUUGAGUCAACAGCUGAACUGUGGGUGGAAGCUGAACAAAUUCAUUUCACCAAACGUAUCCACAACAUUGAGGUCAACGAACGGCAGGCGGCCACCUUUGAGUGUGAAGUCUCAUUUGACAAUGCGAUCGUGUCGUGGUACAAAGACACCUGGGAACUCAAGGAAAGUCCCAAGUACAACUUCACAAGCGAAGGCAGAAGACAUUUCAUGGUUAUCAGGAAUGUUGCCAUCGAAGACCAAGGAGUUUACUCAGUGAUUGUGAGGUUGGAGCCCCGAGGAGAGGCUAAAAGCACAGCUGAGCUUUAUUUAUCGGGCAAAGAAAUUGAAUUAGCAAGAGUUCCCAUCGAUAUGCCCGACUCCUCAGUACAGAGGCCUGAACAACCGACAUCAGUUGCUAUUCAAGUUUCCAGGCUUGCGGUUCAGGAAACGGUGGACACCAAGCAAGUAGGAAUGAGAGAGAAGGUUCCGGAAAAAGUUGCCAAGAAGCCAGAGGAGGAACCAGCUGCAGCUGCGAAGGAGCCUUCCCCACCCAAAGUACUUGUAGCCAAAAAGCCAGUAGAGGAGAACAUUUUGGCAGUUUCACUUCCAGAAAAGAAACAGAGUCCUUCUCCCAAAGAAGCACCAGAUUUGAAGAAGGCUGUGCCUGCUCCCUCCCCCCCUGCAGGGAAGCCAAAUGAGGUGCCAAAGAAAGAUGAACCCAGGCUUCAGUUUCCAGCAGAACCUCAAGCCAAGCCUCAAGCUAGAACAGGACCUGAGGCCAAACCUACUUCGAAAGAACCUCAAGCCAAGCCUAUAAUUCAACCCGAACCUGAGGAAAAGCUUCAACCUAAAGAGGAAACUAGGCCUGAGACAAAGCUUAAACCUAAAGAAGAAUCCAAACAUGAACCUAAGGCCAAGCUUAAACCUAAAGAAGAAACUAAAGCUGAGCCUGAGGCGAGGCUUAAACCUAUGGCAGAACCUGAAAUGAAGCCAAAAGAGAAACCUCUAGCUAAACUUGCUCAAAAGACAGAACCUGAGCCAGAAUUCACGGCUCCUAUGAGGAAGCAAGUGACUCAACCAUCAGUCCCCGAAGAAAUCCAGAAAGAUAAGGCUGAAAAACCAGAGCCGAAAGAGGUGAAGCCAGCAGUUAUCAGGCCAGAAAUGGAGGAUCAAAGACCCGAUCCAGCAGCUAAACCGCAAACAGGGUUUUCUAAGCCAGAAGAAGUUCAGGAGCCAGUGAGGGAACCAGUACCCAAGCCCAAACCAGCCAUUAAACAGACUCAUACUGACAAAACAGCCAAACCGGUGCAUUCAAAACCAGAGCCCACAAAUGAAGUGGCUCCAAAGGAGACCCUGAAGACAGAAGCACCAACAAAGAAGAAGGUUGUUAGUCCUGAACCACCAACUACCAUCCCUCAAACGGUGGACAGAGAUGUACUUCAGAAGAAACCUGUGGCUGAUAAAGUGGAGAAGCCUGAACCAAAACAUAUAGAGGUGGCUGACAGAGCACCUGAACCCCAGAAGGUGUCGUGGGAAGCUCUGGUUAUUGUAGAUGAGAAGAUACAGGAUUCCCCAGAGAGGCGGCCGAAGAUAGCAGUUGAAAAAACACCUGCAAAAACUACAGAAAAAACACUGGAAAAGAAAGUUACAGAGUGGAGACCAGAGGAACCUGAGAAGGCAGUGAUUUCUGAAGUGGGGCUACCUGAGAAGGUCGGUGAAACUCAGAAGGCAGAGAAGCAGAAGGUUCCUGGAAGGGACAAAGAGUCAUACAGGACUGCAGAAAAACCAACUGCCACUCCUCAUAAGAUCCUGGUUAAAGAGGCUGAGGAGAUUCCUCAGUCAAAGCCUCAAAGAGAAGUAAAGGGGGCCACUCCAAAAGAACCAGAAGAUAAGAAGACUGUAAAGAUUUUGCCUUUGCUCGAGAAUAAGCAAAAAGCCCCUCUACAUAAGAAAGAAACCAGCAGUCUUUUGAAGAUAGAAACUCAGACAGAAGCUCAGAAGAUCCAGGGGACACAGGAAACCUCUUUGUCAGUGGAUCUGCGAGAACAUGAGGAGCGGGUGGAAGAACAUGCCCAUGUUUCUUAUGAGAAGCAGCAGCACAUUACUGACAUAAGUUUAACACAGAUUAACAUUUUAGAUAGACUCCAAAAGCUGAGUGAACCUGGUCAAAUGGCUAUCUCCAGAGAUGAGACUUCCUCUGAUUUAUCAAAGAUUAGAGACACAAGGUUAAUUAAACGUCAAAUAAACACCAAAUCAGAAGCUGUCAUGGAUAAAUGUGAAGGAAAGAAACAAGCUGUCACUGUGAGAGAUACACAAAUUUCAGACAAAUAUCUGCUUGAUGAAGGUGUUUUUGUCAGGCAGGUUGAAUUGAUCACUAAAGCCAUCAUAGAUGAGAGGAAAGACAUCACAUUAAUGGGAAAUUUAGAGCAGGUUCCCAAACCUUUUCCUACUGAACGAGAUGUACACCAGGAAACACAAAAGGAAUGCUUUCGUAUCCCAACAGAGACCAAAAUUAGACCCAAUCCUCCUCAGAGGGUAGACAUUAGAGUAGAUACUGCAGAAGAACAUGGUAGAAUAAGGCAGGAACUAAUUAACAUUGAGGAUGAAAAUAUUCAGUUGGAAAAGGUUACAGCUCAACAAAAAUCUGUUGGCAAGACAGUAGUGGAGCAGAUCGUAGUCAGAGAUGCAGUUACUAGAGUAUCUGGAACGCAAGGGAGGACUGUGGUGGAACAAGGUCCAUCAGAGGAAUAUAUAAAGAAGGGCGAGUUAUUGGAUGCAUUAAUAAGUACGAGGACAAGGUCAGCAGAGGUUAAUGUUGAGGCACAUCUUGUAGACACAUCCGCAAUGACAUCCUCAAUGAAGACUAGAACUACUGGAGGAACUGUGAAGAAGACCCUAAUAACACAAGAGUUGGUGGCAGAUACCCAGCCCAAGGCCACCGGGACAGAGCUUGGAGAUGUCAAGGCACAAAUGGUUCGAGAAGAUGAGGCAGCAUUCACCACAAAAGGGAAAUCAAAAAUGGAAGAAGAUUUUGUGGAGUCCACUGGAUUUGAAGGCCAGGGUGAUGAAGUCUCUCCUCAGAUCUUACUGCAGGCAGAGGCUCAAAUGUUCAAAGGAACAGUUGGAACUAAACCAUUGACUUCAAACGCAGAAGAAAGGAAGAAAAUAUUUGCAACAGAAGCGUCUUCUAGAGAAGCAGAAGCCGAGAAUAUCCCAGUGAAAGCUGUUCAGGAGCUUGUGCAGAAACCAAGAGAAGAAGCUGGAAGAGUGCCCACGAAGGAAGAAUCAUUUCCACAAGAUAAAGAACCUCUGCCAAAGGCAGUUAGUUCCAAACAAGCGCACGAUGUAAGCCAAGCUGUUGAAAAGACAAAGCUUCUUCUCCCAGUGAAAGAGGAGACUGGAGAGAGGAAAGAGAAACAACCAGUGAGAAAACCACAAGAUGCUGUACAAGUUGCAGAGGAAACGAUUAAGCAUCCAGUCACUGAACAGACCAAACCUGUUUUGAUGAGUAGUUUGGAAAAAACCAAGACAGUUGAAGUGACAAAGCCUGAGUCAAAGGCUAAGGAAGUAGCCAAGAAGCAGAGAGAUGAAGAUAAACCUGUGAUGCCGAGGAAGACACCUUCUCCUGGGACAGAUGAAACCAAGGGGCCUGUACAAGCGCCAGGAGGAGUGAAAAAAGACGGACAACCUGCUGAGGAAGCAGGAAGAGGAAGAGGGAGGGGCCUGAAACCCAAGCAGACCCCAUCUCCUGGUGAUGGAGGCCGAGGUAGGGGCCUGAAGCCGGGGGGAAAGGGCCCGUCCCCACCAGAUGAGCCCUUCGCAGGAUUCAAACUCAAAGCUGUUCCUCUGAAGUUCAUCAAAAAGCUUCAGAACAUUGUGUUGACAGAGGCAGAGUCUAUUGGCUCAGCUGCUGUAUUUGAGUGUGAAGUUUCCCCCUCUACUGCCAUUACUACUUGGAUGAAGGAUGGAAGCAACCUCCGUGAGAGCCCCAAACACAAAUUCACCUCAGAUGGCAAAGACCGCAAGCUGAACAUUAUUGAUGUCCAGCUGUCUGAUACUGGUGAAUAUACGUGCGUGGCCAAGAAUGCCGGAAAGGAAAUAUCAUGCACAGCCAAGCUCAUUGUUGAAGAGCUGCCAGUGAAAUGGAUCAAGGAGCUGGAUGAGGAGACCUCACCCCUUAAAGGUCAGCCCCUGUACAUGACCUGUGAGCUGAACAAAGAGAGGGACGUGGUCUGGAAGAGGAGUGGAAAAAUCCUCAAGUUGAAGACUGGCAAAAUCUCCAUCAAUGUCAUUGGUCUGGGGCACGCUGUGACCGUUCAGAACACCACUGAAGAGGAUGCCGGCCUUUACACUUGUGAGGUGGCCAAUCAACCAGAUGUCAUGACUUCAACCAACGUUAAAGUGAUUGAAAUCAUCAAGGACUGGCUGGUGAAGCCUCUGAGAGACCAGCAUGUGAAGCCCAAGGCAGCUGCCACAUUUAAAUGUGAGCUGUUUAAGGAGACUCCUAACUGGAAGUGGCUUAAAGGAGAGACUGAGAUAACGCCUUCUGAUAAGAUCGAGAUUAAGAAGGAUGGAAAGGCGCUGACGCUGACUAUUAAGAACUGCCAGCCCGAAGAUGUAUCCGAUUACACUAUGGAGGUGGAGGGACGGGUCUACAGCGCCAAACUCACAUUAGGAGAACGUGAAGCUGAGAUCCUGAAGCCUCUGUCAAGCAUGGAGGUGGUGGAGAAGGACGACGUGACUUUUGAGACUGAGAUCUCAGAGGAAGAUGUUCCCGGGGAAUGGAAGCUGAAGGGAGUGGUCCUGACCAGAUCACCGACGUGUGACAUCCAAAUGGACGGUGCCAAGCGCAGACUGAUCCUGAAGAACGUCCAGAUGGACCAUUCCGGCGAGGUGACCUACACAGCGCUGAACGCCGUCACCAACGCCAUGCUAACAGUCACCGAAAUCGAAAUGGCCUUUGUCGUCCCGCUGGAAGAUGUUUCUGUGCAUGAAAAGAAACAGGCUAAGUUUGAAUGCGUCAUCACAAAGGACGUGUCAAAGGUUAUGUGGUACAAAAGGUCCGACAUCAUCACCCCAGACCAAAAGUAUGACAUAAUUGAUGAUGGGAAGAAACACAUGCUGAUCAUAAACAGCUGUGAGUUUGAUGAUGAGGACGAAUACACGAUAGAAGUGUUGGGGAUAACCUCAACGGCGAAGCUAACAGUGGAGGGUAUACGACUAACAUGCAUCACGCCAAUCAAGGACCAAACGGUGAAGGAGGGCCAGACUGCUCGCUUUGAGCUGGAGCUCUCGCAUGAGAACGUCCCAGUCACAUGGUUCAGGAACGAUAUGAAGAUCCACCCCAGCAGAACGGUGCUCACGCACGUGGACAGAAAGAAACACGUUCUAGAAAUGAAGGAAGUGACGCUAGAUGACACGUGCCAGAUUAAAGUAGAAGCCAAUGGAAUUCCCUCAAUGGCCAAUCUAACAGUCAUAGAGGGAGACGCAUACUUCACGGUUAAGCUUCAGGAUUACACGGCGUUGGAGAAAGACUCUGUGGUACUGCAGUGUGAACUGAGCAAGGAGGUGGAGGUCAUGUGGUACCACAAUGAGAAGGAGCUCAAGGGCUCUAAGAAGGUGUCCAUCAGAGCCGAGGGCAAGCGGAGAAGCCUGAGCAUCAAGAGGGUGGAAGACCAAGACAAAGGGCAGUACAUGUGUGACUGUGGAACUGACAAGACGCUUGCUUCACUAAACAUUGAAGCUCGCCACAUCAAGGUGGUGCGACCUCUGUAUGGGGUGGAGGUGUUUGAUGGGGAGACGGCUCGUUUUGAGGUGGAGAUCUCGGAGGAUGACGUCCACGGCCAGUGGAAACUAAACGGAGAAAUCCUCAGUCCCUCUUCUGAUGUUGAGAUAGUGGAAGAUGGAGCCAAGCACACUCUGAUCUUGUACAACUGUAAGGUGCCCCUGACAGGAGAGUUGUCGUACAGCGCUGCUGAUGCUAAGUGCUCUGCUAACCUGAAAGUGAAGGAAAUCCCAGUGUCGUUCAUGACGCCACUAAGCGAUGUUCAUGUGUAUGAAAAAGAAGAAGCCAGAUUUGAGCUGGAAGUGUCCAGGGAGCCAAAAAGCUUCCGCUGGAUGAAAGGACCACAGGAGUUGUCAAGUGAUGAGCGAUAUGAGCUGGGGGUGGAGGGGACGAGACACACACUGCUGGUGAAAUCAGCCAAAUACGAAGACGAAGGAAAAUACAUAUUUGAGGCUGAAGACAAGAGAACUUCUGGCAAGCUGAUAAUCCAAGGAAUCCGUCUGGAGUUUGUUAAGCCCAUCAAAGACGUUACUGUGAAGGAACGAGAGACUGCAGAAUUCAGCGUGGAGCUUUCUCAUGACGACAUCUCUGUUAUAUGGCACAAGAACGAUGUCCGUCUGCACCCCAGCAAGUUGGUCCACAUGUUGGACCAGGGCAAGACCCACAUCCUGGCAUUCAAGGAAGUGACCAUCGAUGACACCUCCCUGAUCAGGGUGGAGGCCAUGGGCAAGUGCUCCGAGGCUAUGCUCACCGUCAUUGAGGGAGACUUGUACUUCACCACCAUGCUGCAGAACUACACAGCUGUGGAGAAGGAUGAAGUUUCUCUGGUCUGUGAACUCAGCAAGUCUUUAGCAGAGGUCCAAUGGUUCAAGGAUGGUAAAGAAAUCAUUCCCUCAAAGAAUAUUGUUACCCAAACUGAUGGCAAGAAGCGUUUGCUGACCAUAAAGAAGGCAUCAAAAGCUGACAUUGGAGAAUACUCCUGUCACUGCGGUACGGACAAGACGACCGCCAGUCUGAACAUCGAAGAGCGGGACAUCAAGGUGGUUCGUCCGCUGUACAGCGUGGAGGUCACGGAGCUGGAGACGGCUAAGUUUGAGACGGAGAUCUCUGAGGGGGAUCUUCACGGGAACUGGAAGCUGAAGGGAGAAGCUCUUCUCCAGUCUUCAGACGUGGAGAUCAAGGAGGAAGGCACCAGACACACGCUGGUCCUCUUCAACGUCCGCUUGGAUAUGGCCGGAGGAGUGGAUUUCUCUGCAGCUAACGCUAAAUCUACGGCCAUGCUCAGAGUCAAAGCCCGGGUGAUCAGCCUGAGCAAGGUCCUGGAGGACGCCGUGGUGACGGCCGGGGAGACGGCCACCUUCCAGUGUGAGCUAUCUUUCGAAGGCAUUGCUGUCGAGUGGUUCCUGGGGGGUACCAAGCUGGAAUCAAGCGAUAGAGUGGUCACAAGAGCUGAAGGCAAAGUGCACUCACUUACACUAAGAAAUGUAAAACUGGCUGAGGCAGGUGAGGUGAGACUGGCAGCCAAGGACUUCCAGACAAAAGCCAACCUGAUUGUGAAAGAGCAACCAGUAGAGUUCAGCAAACCUCUGGAGGACCAGACGGUUGAAGAAGAGGCCACUGCCACCCUUGAGUGUGAAGUGUCCAGGGAGAACGCUGAGGUCCUUUGGUUCAGAGAUGGACAGGACAUCCGCAAGACCAAGAAAUACGAAAUAAUUGUUGAUGGCUGUAAGAGAGCCCUCAUCAUUCAUGACUGCACUAUGGACGAUUGCAGAACUUACACUUGUGACGCAAAGGACUUCAAAACCUCCUGCUUCCUCACUGUGGAGCCCCCUCAUGUCCAGUUCUCUAAGCCUCUCCAUGAUGUGGAGGUCCGUGAGAAGGAGUCUGCCAGGUUUGAAUGUGAAGUUUCCAGGGAGAAUUUGAAGGUUCGCUGGUUUAAAGAUGGAAGUGAGAUCAGGAAAGGGAAGAAGUAUGAAAUUAUUGCUCAAGGUGUCCAGCAUGUCCUGGUGAUCCACAAGUCUGUGUUCGAUGACGAGGCAGAAUACGAAUGUGAUGCUAAGACCAUCAAGUCCUCUGGCAUGCUGACAGUCGUUGAGGAGGAAGCUAGGUUCAGCAAGAAUCUGUCCAACGUGGAUGGAAUGGAGACAGACAGUGUCAAACUGAUCUGUGAAGUGUCCAAGCCCAGUGCAGAGGUCACUUGGUACAAAGGGGAGCAGGAGCUGCCUGAGGGAGGUCGCUAUGAGCAGAUCAUGGAUGGAAAGAGAAGGAUCCUCAUCAUCCAGGACCUGAAGAUGGAGGAUGUUGGGGAGUACACAUGUAGACUGAGUCCCACCAUCAAGACCUCUGGAAACCUCAUGAUCAAUGAACUGGCUGCUGAGUUCACCUCAAGGCCUCAGAGCCAGGAGGUGGUGGAGGGAGAGAAGGCAGAGUUUGUCUGCUCUGUCUCCAAGGAAACCUAUGAGGUGAAGUGGUUCAGAGGUGACAAGGAGCUGGAGGCCGGAGACAAGUACAAGAUGAUCAGCGACGGCAAGAAGAGAACUCUGCUAAUCCAGAGCUCUGAGUGCAAAGACGAGGGAGGAUACAUCGUGGUGAUCGGAGGCAACCGGGCCAGUGCUGACCUAACCGUGCUCGAGAAACUCAGAAUCAUGACCCCACUGAAGGACACGGAGGCGCAGGAAGGAAAGGAGAUUGUCCUGAACUGUGAGGUGAACUCUGAGGGAGCCAAGGCUAAGUGGCUGAAGAACGACGAGACCAUAUUUGAGAGCAGCAAGUUCAUCAUGGUCCAGAGAGACAAUGUUUUCUCUCUGAGGAUCAAAGAUGCCCAGAAGGCUGACGUGGCCAACUACUCCAUUAUCCUGACCAACCAAAGAGGAGAGCAGGCCAAAAGUGCAUGCAACCUCACUGUCAAAGAGGAGAGCCUGAGGUUUGUGGUUCCUCUGGAGGAUAUUGACACCCAGGAGAGGAACACAGUGAGCUUCUCCUGUAAAGUGAACCGAACAGGGGCCAAACUGCUCUGGAUGAAGGGUAGCCAGGAGCUCUCCUUCAGCAAGCGCAUCGUGUACCGGGCUGACAAGGACCAACACACCCUGACAAUUAAAGACUGUACCCUGGCUGACGAAGGAGACUACACAGUGGUCGCUGGAGACAACAAGUCCACAGCAGACCUGAUCAUCAGCGAGGCUCCCACAGACUUCACAGACCAGCUCAAAGACCAGACCAUCACAGAGUUUGAAGAUGCAGAGUUCAUCUGCAAGUUGUCCAAGGAUAAGACUGAAGUGAAAUGGUACAGAGAUGGACGUGAAAUCCGAGAGGGACCAAGAUACACUUUCGGAAAAGAUGGAAAGACUUGCAAACUUAUAAUCAAGGAGUGCAGACCAGAUGAUGAGUGUGAAUACGCUUGUGGUGUGGAGGAAAAGAGAUCCAGAGCCAGGCUCUUUGUUGAAGAAACGGCAGUGGAGAUCAUCAGACCUCCCCAGGAUGUGUUCGAGCCUCCAGGCUCCGACAUUGUGUUUGAGGUGGAGCUCAACAAGGACAGAGUGGAAGUCAAGUGGUUGAGGAACAACAUGACUGUGGUGCAAGGAGAUAAGUACCAGAUGAUGAGCGAGGGGAAGAUUCACCGCCUGCAGGUGUGUGAGAUCCGCCCUCGUGACCAAGGAGAGUACAGAGUCAUCGCGAAGGACAAGGAUGCCAAGGCCAAGCUGGAGCUGGCAGCUAUGCCCAAGAUUAAGACUACCGACCAGAGCUACGUGACUGAUGCUGGCAAGCCCAUCGUCAUGGCGGUUCCCUACAGCGCUUACCCCAAGCCUGAAGCGCAGUGGCAGUUUGGGAGCAGCCCCCUGUCCAAGGAUGACAUUCAUACAUCAGCUGACAGGACAGAGUACCAACUUAAAGACCCCAAGAAGACAGACGAGGGACACUACAAGGUCUUCAUCAAAAACAAACACGGCGAUGGAGAGGCCUUCAUCCACCUGGCUGUUGUUGACGUGCCCGGACCGGUGAAGGGCCUCCAGGUGACUGACACCGCUGACGGUGAGGUUAGUCUUGCCUGGGAGGAGCCAGAGAGCGACGGCGGAAGCAAGAUUGUUUCUUACGUGGUGGAGAGACGGGAUGUGAAGCGUAAGACCUGGACCCUGGCAACAGACCAUGCAGAGACCCCUGAGUUCACAGUGACCGGCCUCCAGAAGGAACCCAUGUACCUAUUCAGAGUCUGCGCUCGCAACAGAGUAGGCUGCGGGCCAAACAUUGAGACAGACAAACCUGUGCAAGCCAAGAAUAAAUUUGAUGUGCCUGAGGCACCUCUCAACGUGCUCGUGAGCAAAGUCAGUAAGUUUGGCUGCACAGUGUCUUGGGAGCCUCCAGAGUCCAACGGAGGGUCGCCCCUCACAGGCUACGUCAUCGAGCUUCGUGACCGCACCUCCGUCAAAUGGUCCGCCGUCCAGGUGACCAAGGCAGACGAACUCAGCGCUAUCAUCAAUGACGUCAUUGAGAACAAAGAGUAUAUCUUCAGGGUGAAGGCUGAGAACAAGGCUGGUGAAGGCAAACCUAGCGCUGCUUCACGACCGGUCAAUAUCAUGGACCCCAUUGAACGCCCAAGUCCCCCUCUGAACCCAGUUUGGCAGGACCAGAACAAAAGCUCAGUGCAGCUCUCCUGGGACACCCCCACCAGUAACGGAGGUAGCAUCAUCACCGGCUACAUCAUUGAGCGAUCCGAGGAAGGAUCAAACAAGUGGUUGCGCUGUAACGCCAGACUUUGCCAGGACCUUUCCUACAAGGUUACUGGUCUGAAAUACGGCACCAAAUACAACUACCGUGUGUUUGCUGAGAACGCUGCUGGCCUCUCUGACCCAUCCAACACCCUGGGACCUCUGCUGGCGGACGACGUCCAUGUGGCUCCGACCAUCGACCUGAGUGCCUUCAGGAAUGGACUCGAAGUAAUUGUUCCUCAUUCACUCACCAUCCGUGUGCCAAUAACCGGAUACCCCACACCGACUGCAAAGUGGACCUUUGGAGACAAGGAGCUGACUUCUGAUGAUGAACGAGUGACCAUGGUGACCAAGUCGACCUUCGUAGAGCUGGUGGUGACCCCUAGUUUGCGUCCGGAUCAGGGCACCUACUCCCUGACGCUUGAGAACGAUGUCACCUCCUUCUCAGGAGAGAUUGAAGUGACUGUCAUCGCUUCCCCCAGCGCCCCCAAAGACUUCAAGGUGCAGGAGGUGACCAGACAGCAUGUCCACCUCAUGUGGGAAGCCCCCGAACAUGAUGGAGGAAGCCCAUUGACCGGAUACCAGGUGGAGAAACGAGAUAUGUCACGCAAGACCUGGGUCAAGGUUGUAUCAGGACUCCAGGACCAGGAGUACACUGUGACGGAUGUGAUGGAGGGCAAAGAGUACCUCUUCAGAGUAACAGCCUGCAAUAAGUGUGGUCCAGGAGAACCAGCCUACAUUGACGAGCCGGUCAACGUCUCCUCUCCUGCCACGGUGCCUGACCCCCCAGAGAACCUGAGGUGGAGAGACAAGUCUGCAAGUGGCAUUUUCCUCACCUGGGAACCCCCAAAGUACGACGGAGGCACUGGCAUCAAGGGCUACAACGUGGAACGCUGCCAGAGAGGAACCGAUAAGUGGGAGCCUUGUGGAGACAUGGUGCCUGAGCUCAAGUGCCAGGUGACUGGUCUGCAGGAGGGACAGUGGUACUCCUACAGAGUCAGAGCGCUCAACCGUCUAGGAGCAAGCAGACCCUGCAAGGCCACAGACGAGAUCCUGGCCGUGGAUCCCAAAGAACCUCCAGAGAUUCAGCUGGAUGCCAAGCUUCUGGCCGGUCUGACUGCCAAGGCUGGUAGCAGGAUCGAGCUUCCUGCUGAGGUUACCGGUAAGCCUGAACCCAAAGUGAAGUGGACCAAGGCUGACCUGGUACUCAUCAAAGACGAUAGAGUCUCAAUCGACACCAAGCCAGGCCAUUCGACGGUCACCAUUGCUAAGACUACAAGAGAAGACACCUCAACUUACAUAAUCGAAGCCACCAACAGCAGUGGACGCGCUACAGCCACUGUCCAUGUCAACAUUCUGGAUAAGCCUGGUCCUCCGGCUGCCUUCGACAUCUCUGAAAUCACCAACGAGUCCUGCUUCCUGUCCUGGAAUCCCCCCAGAGACGAUGGAGGCUCCAAGAUCACCAACUACAUCGUAGAGCGUCGCGCUGCAGAAAGUGAAAUCUGGCACAAGCUUUCCUCCACUAUCAAACUGACGACCUACAAGGCUGUGGGUCUGGUCAGUUUCAAAGAAUACAUUUUCAGAGUGUUUGCUGAAAACCAGUUUGGCGUUGGUACAUCAGCAGAACAUCCAUCCAUCAUUGCCAGAUACCCCUUCAACACUCCUGGAGCUCCUUACAAGCUGGAGCCCUCAGACAUCGCCAAAGACUCCCUAAACCUGUCGUGGUACGAGCCCGACGAGGAUGGAGGCAGUCCUAUCACUGGCUACUGGAUGGAGCGCUACGAACCGGACCAUGACAAGUGGAUCCGAUGCAACAAACUGCCCAUUAAAGACACCAACUACCGGGUCAAAGGUCUUCCCACCAGGAAGAAGUACAAGUUCAGAGUACUUGCUGAGAACUUAGCUGGAACAGGGAAACCCAGCAAGGAGACUGAUCAAAUCCUGGUCAAAGAUCCUAUCGAUCCUCCAUGGGCCCCUGGUAAACCAACAGUGAGGGACGUGGCCAAGACCUCAUGUUUCCUCAUGUGGACCAAACCAGAGCACGAUGGUGGAGCCAAGAUCGAUGGCUACAUCAUCGAGAUGCUGAAGAGUGGAACCGCAGACUGGAUCAGAGUUGCCGACGACAUCAACCUCCUGGAGCACUCCCUCAGGGGUCUGAUGGAGAAACAGGAGUACUCAUUCCGAGUCAAGGCCGUCAACAAGGCUGGAGAGAGUGAGCCCAGCGAGCCCAGCGACCCUGUGCUCAUCAAGGAGAGACUCUCGCCCCCCAUGGCUCCACGCUGGCUGCUGGUGGUAAGCAUCAGCAGGAACAGUGCUGAGAUGAAGUGGACGGCCCCUGAGAGGGACGGAGGCUCCCCCAUCACCAACUACGUGGUGGAGAAGAGGGAUGUGAGGAGGAAGGGCUGGCAGGCGGUGGACACCACGGUGAAGGAGCUCAAGUACUGCGUGACGCCCCUCAACGAGGGCUCCCUGUAUGUGUUCAGAGUGGCCGCUGAGAACGCUGUUGGAGUCGGAGCCUUCUGUGAACUGGAGGACUCGGUUCUGGCCAAGGACACUUUCACAACUCCUGGACCCCCUUAUGGCCUGGCGGUGCUCAGUGUCAGUAAGAGACACGUGGACCUGCAGUGGGAGGCACCUAAGAACGACGGAGGCAGACCUAUCCUCAGGUAUUCCCUUGAGAAGAAGGAGAAGCUUGGGACCCGCUGGGUGAAGUGUGGUAAGACCUCAGGGCCAGACUGUAAGUACAGAGUGACCGACGUCAUCGAGGGAACCGAGGUCCAAUUCUUGGUGCGAGCUGAGAACGAGGCUGGGGUCGGACAUCCCAGCGAACCUACAGAGAUCAUAACCAUUGAAGACCCCACAGGUGUUCCAUCACCACCCAUUGCACUCCAGAUCACUGGAGCCAGCCGGGACUUCCUGUCCAUUGGCUGGAAGCCCCCAGAGAGGACUGGCGGAAGCCCCAUCAGUGGCUACCAUGUUGAGAUGUGUGAGGCCGGGACGGAGAAGUGGAUGAGAGUCAACUCCAGGCCUGUUAAGGAUCUCAAGUUCUGCAUCGACGAGGGAGUGGUAGCCGAGAAGGAGUACGUCCUGAGAGUCCGUGCCAUCAAUGCUGUGGGCGUGAGCGAGCCCUCAGACAUGUCUGACAACGUGUUUGCAAAGGAGAGCGACUGUUCCCCCACCCUGGAGUUCCAGACCCUGGACCUGGUGGUGGUAGAGACGGAGAAGAUGCACAUCCCAGUGCCCUUCAGGGCCGUCCCCUCACCAAAGAUCAUCUGGCACAAAGAUGGCAAGGAGCUGAGGGCAGAUGAGCGUCUGGGCUUCAGGAAGGAGUACACCUCCUGUCACCUGGAGGUGGACAGCAGUAUCCAUGGUGACGCCGGACAGUACAAAGUUACACUGGAGAACAAGCUUGGAGCCGUCAGUGCUGCCAUCAACGUCAAAGUCAUCGGUCUGCCUGGUCCUUGUAAGGCAAUCCUGGCCUCAGAGAUCACUAAGAGCACCUGCAAGGUGACCUGGGACCCUCCAGACUACGACGGAGGAAGCCCUGUUCUUCACUAUGUUCUGCAGCGCCGCGAGGCAGGCAGGAGGACAUAUGUCAACAUGAUGUCAGGGGAGAACAAGGUGAGCUGGCCUGUGAAGGACCUGAUCCCCAACGGAGAGUACUACUUCCGUGUCCAAGCUGUGAACAAGAUCGGAGGAGGAGAAUACAUCGAGCUGCGCAACCCAGUCAUCGCACAGGACCAGAAACACGUUCCUGACCCACCAGUGGACGUAGAGACUCACAACGCCACAUCCAAGACUAUCACACUGACCUGGAAACCCCCCAUGUACGACGGUGGGGCCAAGAUCAUGGGCUACGUCCUGGAGAAGCUCCAGAAGGGCCUGGACAAGUGGGAGAGGUGCAACGACUUCCUGGUUCCUGUGCUCUCCUACACCGUGAGGGGCCUGACUGAAGGGAGGAACUACCAGUUCAGGGUCAAGGCUGAGAACGCUGCUGGGGUCAGCGAACCCUCUCGCAGCUCAUUGUUUGUCAAGGCCUCCGACGCUAGAGAUCCUCCCAAGGUGUUCCUCAGCGGCAAUGUGCAGUCGGGUCUGAACAUCAAGAGAGGCUGUGAGAUCUGUCUAGAUGCCAACAUUUCCGGAUAUCCAUACCCUCAGAUCACCUGGUACUGGAAUGACCAGGUCAUCAGACCAGAGGCCCUCAGGGUGAGGCCCGACAGACCCAUCAAGAAGAAGGUUGUGAAGAGCCAAGUGGAGGAGAAGAAAGAGGAAGGAGAGAAGAAGGAAGAGAAGAAGGAAGGAGAGACCAAGGUGGAAGAGAAGAAAGAAGAGGAGAAGAAGGAAGAGGAACAGCCAGCAGAGGCAGAGCAAGAGGAGUCUGACUAUCCCACCAUCAACGAGCGUCUGAGCCUCGAAGACUCCAAGAGGGGGGAGUCCCGGAUCGUUGUCAAGGACACCAUCCGUGGAGACCAUGGAGUCUACACCAUCACGGUGAAGAACGACCAGGGAAAAGCUUCUGCUUCUUGUGAUGUCAACGUGCUUGAUACUCCUGGACCUGCGGUCAACUUCCGCUUCGAGGAGGUGAGGAAGAACUAUGUAGUCUGCAAGUGGGACACACCCCGGGACGACGGUGGAAGCGAGAUUCUCAAUUACACCUUGGAGAAGAAAGACAACUCCAAGAUUGAGAUUGGCUGGAGCACAGUCACCGCCACCUUGCGCGGCUGUCGCUACCUGGUGCCCAAACUCAUCGAGAAGAAGGAGUACAUCUUCAGAGUGGUGGCCGAGAACAAGUUUGGUGCUGGUCCGGCCUGCGUGUCCAAACCCCUCAUUGCCAAGGAUCCCUUCGAUCCUCCAGAGAUUCCAGAUAAGCCAGACAUCGAUGACAUCACUGCCCACAGCAUGGUGGUGUUGUGGAGCGAGCCCGCGGACAACGGCAGCCCCAUCCUGGGCUACUGGGUAGAGCGCCGUGAGAUUAACAGCUCCAAAUGGGCCCGCGUCAACAGGGACUUGGUUGCAGACACAGAGGUGACCGUGGAAGGCCUCAUAGAGGGUCUGACCUACAUCUUCAGAGUUGCAGCAGAAAACCAGGCUGGGCCUAGCAAGUUCAGCAUCCCCUCUGACCCUAAGACUGCCCAUGCCCCCAUCCUCCUUCCUGGUCCUCCUGUUGCCAGGGUGAUGGAAACUACAGACCACUCUAUCGAUGUGGAGUGGGAUGCUCCCCUGGACAACGGUGGAGGAGAUAUCCUGGGGUACCAUGUUGACAAGGCCAUGGUUGGAACCAAGGACUGGUCCAGGUCUACAGAGCGACCCUGGAAGACCCGGGCCUUCACGGUCUAUGGGGUCCGAGAGGGAGCCAAGUACAUGGUCAGAGUUAUCGCCUGCAAUGCUGCUGGAGAAGGAGCACCAGGCUUCACUGAGUCCGUGUUCGUCAGGAACCCUGCUGAAAAGCCAGUCAUCGAACUGGACCUGUCUGUGAAGAACGGUGUGGUCAUCAGAGCAGGAGAGACACUUAACCUCCCAGCCACUGUCACAGGGAAACCUAAACCCUCCAUCACCUGGGUGGUCAAUGACAGCAAACCAGACAAGGAGCGUGUGGAGAUCCUGGAGGAUGGCGACCAGAGCAUCGUCCACAUCAAGAAGGUCCAGAGGAAGGACUGUGGGAAAUACCUGAUUUCUGCCUGCAACCCAAGUGGAACCAAGUCUGCCUGGGCCCGGGUGGAUGUCAUGGAUGUCCCUGGCCCAGUCACAGACCUGAAGCCUGUGGUCGUCACUCGCAAGAUGAUCUUCCUGAACUGGGACGACCCAGACGACAACGGUGGAAGUGACAUCACUGGCUUCAUCGUGGAGCGGAGGGAUGCUAAGAUGCACACGUGGAGGCAGCCCGUGGAGACGGGAUCCUCCAAGUGCGAGUGUGUAGGUAUCAUGGAGGGCCAGGACUACAUGUUCCGGGUCAUCGCCAAAAACAAGUAUGGCAUGGGACCCCCCCUGGAACUGGGACCCAUCAAGGCUGUGGACCCACAAGGACCCCCCAGCUACCCUGAAAAGUUCCACUACACAGAGAGGACCAAGAACUCCAUCACCCUGUCCUGGAAACCACCUCGUAAUGAUGGCGGCAGCCCCAUCAUCGGCUACUUUGUAGAGAAGAAGAAACAUGACCAGCAGGCCUUUGAGCCCUGCAACAAAGACAUCUGCCCCAACCAGACCAUGACCGUGGAGGGUCUGGAGGAGUCCUGGAUGUACGAGUUUAGGAUUAAAUGUGCCAACCUGAUUGGAGAGAGCGAGCCCUCCAUUCCUUUGACGGUUGUGAUUCAGGAUGAUGAAGUUUCUCCUGAGAUCCACAUGCUGAAGGUCUUCAAGGGAGACUCCAUCACGGUGAGGAAGGGCGACCUCAUCGAGAUCCCGGCCGACGUGAUCGGUCUUCCCAUCCCCAAGGUGGAGUGGUUCAAGGACGACGUUCUGAUAGCGGAGGCUUCAGAGAGCCUGCUGAUGGAGACAGUGGAGACCGGCAGGAUGAACUGUAAAACCUGCGUCUCCAUGCCUUCGGCCAACCGCCGGGACAAGGGCAGCUACACCGUCACUGCCUCCAACAACAUGGGCACCUGCAGACACACCGUCUUCGUCAUGGUGCUGGACCGCCCACUGCCCCCCAGGAAUGUGAUGGUGUCCAACAUCAAGGGAGAGUCUUGCUCCCUGCAGUGGGACAAACCGCUCGACAACGGUGGCAGCGAGCUCACCAACUACAUUGUGGAGAGGAAGGAGGUGUUGAGCGAGGAGCCAGAAGUGGAGGAGGGCGAGGAGCCGCCUGCUGCACCCCAGUGGACCGAAGUCACCAACAGCAUCAUUGAGAGGAGAUUUGGGGUGUGGAACCUGGAGACCAAUAAAACCUACCUGUUCCGGGUCCGAGCUGAGAACCGCUACGGUAGGUCCGACCCCUGUGCCACAGAAGAAGUUCUCAUCACGGAUCCAUUCGGCCUUCCUGGGCCACCAGAGAAGCCAACCAUCGCUGAGUACUCCAAGACCUCCAUGACCUUAACCUGGGAGCCCCCCAGGGAAAAUGGCGGCUCUCUGGUCACAGGCUACUGGCUGGAGAAGAGGGAGAAAGGCUCCUCCUACUGGGCCAAGGUCAACAAGGUUCCCGUCACAAAGCGUGGCCUUAAGGGCUGGGAAUACCAGGUUACCCGUCUGAAUGAGGGGACGGAGUACGAGUUCCGAGUAGCAGCGUCCAACUCUGCAGGAACGGGACCUUUCAGUGGCGCUUCAGACUCUGCCUUUGCUGUCGACCCUCUCACUCCCCCCGGCAUGCCGGCUGCCCCGACGAUUGCGGACAAGACCAAGUACAGCGUCACCUUGGCUUGGAGCGCCCCAGAGUGGGACGGUGGAAGUCCUAUCAAAGGCUACAUCAUCGAGAUACAAGAUGAAGGCUCCUCAGAGUGGGCGAGGAUCAACGACGCAGAUUCUCUGCACCCCACUCCCGAGUUCACCGUCCCCAGCCUCAAAGAGCUCAAACUGUACCGCUUCAGGAUCAUCGCGGUCAAUGACAUUGGGGAGUCCGACCCCAGUCCCCGCACAGCAGAGGUUCUGGUAGAGGAGGUUCAGGUUGAACCCAAGCUGUUGCUGGACAUGCUGGCAGACGACCUGCUCAUCAUCAGGGCUGGUGACCCAAUCAGGAUCCCGGUCAUUGUCAAGGGCCGCCCCGUUCCCAAGAUUACCUGGGACUUUGAUGGCAAAGCCAAGUCCCACAAGAAGAACAAAGUGCACACAUUGCCAGUAGACUCUGAGAUUGAAUCUACAGACAUGACCUCUACCGUGACCAUCCCUGUCAGCCUGAGGAGUCAUUCAGGACGCUUCACCAUCACCGGCAAGAACAAGUCUGGACAGAAACACAUCAACGUCAGAGUUAAUGUCCUUGAUGUUCCUGGGGCUCCAAAGGAUCUGAGGGUGACUGACAUUGCCAAGUCAACGAUGAGGCUAAUCUGGAAGCUUCCAGACAACGAUGGAGGAGAGAGAAUCAAGAGCUACUUCAUAGAGAAGAGAUGUGUCACCGACAAGGCCUGGACCACGGUGAACGCCACGUGCGCAAGCCAGGCGUAUGUGGUCCCAGGUCUUCUGGAGGGACAGGAGUACCUGUUUAGGGUCCGCGCUGAGAACCGCAUCGGAUUCAGCCCUUACACUGUAACCAGUGAGCCUUCAAGGGCCCGGGACCCCAUCUACCCUCCUGACCCCCCCACGAAGGUCAAGGUGAAUCUGGUCACCAAGACCACGGUGACCCUGACCUGGGAGGCCCCUAAGAACAACGGCGGCUCUCGGGUCACACACUACCUCAUUGAGCGUCUGAGCUGGGACACCAGUGGCAAGGAGAAGGAGACGUGGAAGCAGUGCAACAAGAGAGAAGUGGAUGAGCUCACCUUCGUGGUGGAGGACCUGAAGGAGGGAAUAGAAUACGAGUUCAGGGCGAAGGCUGUGAAUGCAGCCGGCCCCAGCAGACCCUCGGCAACGGCCGGACCCCUGGUGAUCAAGGAUCAGACAUGCGCACCCACCAUCGAAAUGCGUGAGGCGGUGGAGGGAGAGGAGGGCUGUGAUGUCAGUCUGCUGGCUAAGAUCAGCGGCUGCCCCUUCCCCACCCUCACCUGGCUGAAGGCCAGCCUGGCCAAACCUGAGGACAAGACAGGGGUGCAGUACGACCAGCACACCAACAAGCUGGUCACCCAGGAGAAGUGUACCCUGCUCAUCCAGCAGUCCAAGAGGGAGGACUCUGCCCUCUACACCCUGACCGCCAGCAACAGCCUGGGCAAGGCAUCCAAGGACAUCACCCUGACUGUCCUCGGUCGCCCCGGCCCCCCGGUGGGACCCAUCAAACUGACGGAGGUGUUUGCUGAGCGCAUCGGUCUGGCAUGGAACCCUCCCAAAGACAACGGAGGAUCCAAAAUCACCAACUACGUGGUGGAGAAGCGCGAGGACAACAGAAAGUCCUGGGUGCACGUGUCCAACGACCCCAAGGAUUGUGCUUAUGUGGUGACCCGACUCACGGAGAACCACGAGUAUGAGUUCCGGGUCAUGGCUCAGAACAAGUUUGGAGUGGGACCACCCAUAAGCAGUGAACCAGAGAAGGCCAGGAACCUCUUCACGGUUCCUGGUCAGUGUGAGAAGCCCACGGUCACCGAGGUGUGUCUGGAGUCCAUGACAGUGAACUGGGACGAGCCUGAGUACGACGGAGGCUCCUCAAUUACCGGCUACUUCAUUGAGAAGAAGGAGACCACCUCCAAGCGCUGGGCCAGGGUCAGCCGCGAGCCAAUCAGAGCGCUGCCUCUGGGGAACAACUGGGACGUCACCGGGCUGAUAGAGGGCUCCAUGUACCAAUUCAGGGUCAUCGCCAUAAACGCGGCUGGCUGCGGCCUCCCCAGUGUUCCCUCGGACCCUGUGCUCUGCAGGGACCCCAUCACACCCCCUGGCCCCCCGUCCCCCAAAGUGACAGACUGGACCAAGUCCACCGUGGAGCUGGAAUGGAUUCCCCCUCAGACGGACGGAGGCUCCAAGGUGACCGGCUACUUCGUGGAGUACAAGGAGGUGGACAAGGCGGAGGAGGAGAAGAAGGCUCAGAGAAUGGCCCUGAUGCUGAGCGAGCCAGAAGAGGAGGAGAAGGAGGGAGAGCCUGAGGAGUGGGAGAAGGCUAAAGAUAAGGAAAUCAGAGGAACCAAGUUUGUGGUUCCCGACCUAAAGGAGGGCAGUCAGUACCGCUUCAGGGUGAGAGCCGUCAACGCUGCUGGGGUUGGAGAGCCAGGACAUGUCUCAGAGCUAAUUGAGCUCAAAGACAGAACCAUUGCUCCUGAGAUGGACCUGGAUGCAUCUGUUAAGGAGAAGAUCGUAGUACAUGCUGGUGCCACCAUCCGUAUCAUUGCCUACGUCUCUGGUAAACCAGCUCCACUUAUCAGCUGGUGUCGCGAUGAUGCAGACGUUCCCAAGGAGGCGGUUGUGGAGACCACUGGCAUCUCUAACUCUCUGGUCAUCAAGAACUGCAGGCGCCAACACCAAGGAAUCUACACCCUUUCCGCCAAGAACGAGGGUGGCGAGAGGAGAAAGGCUGUGGUCGUAGAAGUUCUUGAUGUGCCUGGCCCAGUGGGUCUUCCCUUCGCUGGAGAGAAUCUGACCAACGACUCGUGUAAACUGACGUGGUCUUCUCCUGAGGACAACGGUGGCUCGGCCAUCACUAACUAUAUCAUAGAGAAGAGAGAGUCUGAUCGCAUGGGCUGGACCUCGGUGUCCUACACGGUGACCAGGAACAACGCGGUUGUCCAGGGUCUCAUUGACGGGAAGGGAUACUUCUUCAGGAUCGCAGCAGAGAACAUCAUUGGCAUGGGACCCUUCAUCGAGACCGACAAGAUGGUUCUCAUCAAGGACCCCAUCUCUGUUCCUGAGCGUCCAGAAGAGCUGGAAGUCACCGCCAUCACCAAGGAAUCCAUUUCUGUUUCCUGGGGACCACCCAAGUACGAUGGUGGUGCUGAGAUCACCCAGUAUAUCUUGGAGUCUCGUCUGAUCGGAAAAGACAACUUCACGCCUAUCGGUGGAGAAGAGAAGCUGAUGGACAAGAAGUUUACCCAUGCUGGCCUGAAGGAGGGUUCCAGCUACGAGUUCAGAGUUUCUGCCGUCAACCAGGUCGGCAAGGGCAAAGCCUCCUUCUGCACCAAACCCAUCCAGGUCAAGGAGGAGCUUGAACCUCCCGCCCUGGACCUGGACUUCAGAGACAAGAUGAUGGUGAAGGUAGGAGACAUGUGCAACCUGCAGGGUCGCUACAGUGGCAAGCCAGCGCCCACCAUCACCUGGAGCAAGAACGACGAGGAGCUGAAGGCUGAUGAGGAGAUCAGCUCCCACAGCACUAGCAGACACCUCAACCUCACCAUCUCCAAGGCCAAGAGGGAGCACAGUGGCUGCUACACGGUCACUCUGGAGAAUGCAGUGGGAACACGCAAGGGACUGUGCUCCAUAACCGUGGUCGACCGACCACAGCCUCCAGAGGGUCCUGUAGUAUUCGACGAGGUCUACAGGAACUACAUGGUGAUCUCCUGGAGCCCUCCCCUGGACGACGGUGGCUGCGCCAUCUCUAACUACAUCGUGGAGAAAAGAGACACCAACAGAGAGCUGUGGAUGCCCGUCACCGCCUCCUGCACCCGGACCAGCUGCAAGGUUCCAAAGCUGAUCGAGGGCAGAGACUACAUUGUCAGGAUCAUGGCUCAAAACAUCUACGGCAUCAGCGAACCUCUACUGUCUACCGAGACCAAGGCUAAAGAUGUCUUCAAGGUCCCAGAUGCCCCCAAGCAGCCUGUGGUAAAGGAGGUGUACCACAACACCGCCCUCAUCAGCUGGGAGCCUCCUGCUGACGGAGGGAAACCCAUCACUGGGUACAACGUGGAGAGGAAGGAGACCAUGGCUAAAGGAUGGAUCCGCUGUAACAAGGAGAAGAUCCAUGCCAGGGUUGAGUACUGGGUCCCAGAUCUGCUGCAGGGCUGCGAGUACGAGUUCAGAGUCAGUGCCGAGAACGUUGUGGGAGUGGGAGACCCCAGCCCCGCCACCAAACCAGUGUUUGCUAAAGACCCCAUUGUUCGUCCUAGUCCUCCCGUGAACCCAGAGGCCUUAGACUGGACCAAGGAGUCUGUGUCCCUGUCCUGGCAGCCUCCAAAGGACACCGGCAGGGGCAAGAUCCUGGGAUACCUGGUGGAGUUCCAGAAGGCCGGGGAUGAGGAGUGGCUCAAGGUGAACCAGACCCCAGACUCCUGCCAGGACACCAAGUUCAAGGUGAUCAACCUGGAGGACGGGGGUCUGUACCGCUUCCGUGUCAUUGCCGUCAAUGCUGCUGGAGAAUCUGAGGCUGCUAAUGUGAAGGAGCCCGUCCGAGCUCAGGACAGAUUCGAGCCCCCAGAGCUGAUCCUGGAUGCAGCGAUGACGCGUGAGGUGAAGGCCAUGGCUGGAACUCACAUCGUCCUGAUGGCUGAGAUCACUGGUAAACCCUUCCCAAGCGUCAUCUGGAAGAAGAAUGAGGCCGAGGUGCCCACCAGAGCUGACAUCGAGGUCAACCAGAGUGCGACCAAGCUGGAGAUGAGGUUCUGUAACCGUGAUGACUGUGGAGAUUACACCCUGACUGUGGAGAACCCGGCUGGAUCCAAGACCGUGACCUGCACUGUCUUGGUCCUGAAUAAGCCCGGUCCCAUUCAACACCUGCGUGUGACCGAUGUGAGGAAUGACUCCGCCUACCUGUCCUGGAAAGACCCAGAGGACAAUGGCGGUGCCCGCAUCACUAACUUUGUGGUGGAAAAGAAGGAUGCAGCCUCGGCCCAGUGGGUGCCCGUCUGCUCCUCUUCUAAGAAGCGCAGCAUUACGGCCAAACACCUGAUGGAAGGAACAUCCUACCUGUUCCGCGUGGCUGCUGAGAACCAGUAUGGCAGGAGUGAAUAUGUGGAGACACCAAGGUCCAUCAAGGCCAUGAACCCCCUGUUUCCACCUGGCCCACCUAAGGACCUGCAUCACGUCGAUGCUGACAAGACUGAGGUAUGGCUGAUCUGGAACUGGCCCGACCGCAAUGGAGGAAGUAACAUCACUGGCUUCUUGGUUGAGUACCAGGAGGAGGGAGAGAGGGAAUGGGAUGAGUGGAAGACAGUCAGUAUCCCUGAAAGUCAUGUGACUGGCCUGGAGGAGGGAAAGACGUAUCGUUUCCGCGUGAGAGCUGAGAACGCCAUUGGCCUCAGCAGACCCGACACCACCCUUCCUGUCCUAUGCCAGGAGAAACUGGUGGCUCCCAUCGUUGAAGUGGACGUUAAGCUGAUAGAGGGCAUCACGGUCAAGGCUGGCACCACCAUCAGGCUUCCAGCCAUCAUGAGAGGAAUCCCAGUUCCCACUGCUAAGUGGUGCAUCGAGGGAGAGGAAAUCACCACCGAGGGGAAUGUAAAGAUAGACACUGACAACUUCUCUACUGUGCUCAGCAUCAACGACUGCACCAGAAAUCACACUGGGAGCUAUCUGCUGACGGUGUCCAACCCAGCCGGAAGCAAAACCGUGGGGCUCAGUGUGACUGUUCUGGAUGUUCCCGCUGCUCCCAUUGGACCACUGAAUAUCCUGGAGGUGACACCAGACUCCAUGGAGAUCGAAUGGCGUGCUCCAAAAGAUGAUGGAGGUAGCCCAGUUAUCAAUUACAUCGUUGAGAAGAGAGAAUCCAACAAGGAGUCCUGGGGAGGAGUAAGCUCUGGUAGCACCGCCAACAUACUCAAGAUCUCCCGUCUGCAGAAGGGAGUGGAGUAUGUGGUCCGAAUCCGUGCUGAGAAUAAAAUGGGUAUUGGUGCUGCGCUGGAGAGCAUGCCCACCGUCGCCCAGCACUCAUUUGAGGCCCCAAGCCACCCUGGUAAACCACAUACGUCAGAUAUCGCAGAGGACGCAGUCACGGUUGGCUGGACCAUGCCUUUGGCUGAUGGUGGCAGCCAGAUCACUGGCUACCUAAUUGAACGCCGACACAUCGGAGGCAAGUGGAUCCGUGUGAACAAGACGCCCUGCAAGGACCUCAGGUACAGAGUUCUGGGCCUGUUUGAGGGCAACAACUAUGAGUUCAGAGUUUUUGCUGAAAAUAUUGCUGGAUACAGUGGUCCCUCUCCCAUCUCGGACCCCUGCAAGCCUUGCAGGCCCAUCACUGUGCCAAGCCACCCUAUCAACCCCAAGGUCAAGGACUACAGCAAAUCGACAGCUGACCUGGUGUGGUCAAAACCUAACAAAGAUGGAGGUAGCCCCAUCCUGGGCUACACAGUGGAGAUGAAGAAGGCUGAUAGUGAGGAGUGGAAGAAGGUUAACCUGGAUGACUUCAUCAAACAGUGUGCCUACAGAGUCAAGGCCCUGGAGGAAGGGCAAGAAUAUAGGUUCAGAGUCUUUGCUUCCAAUAUGAUUGGAGAUGGAGAAUCCCGGGAGAUCGCAGAGUCCACCAUUGCUCAGGACAUCCUCAUUCCUCCUGAAAUAGAGAUUGAUGCUUCCUGCCGUGAGCAUCUCACUGUGCGCGCUGGACACAACAUCAACAUCACAGGGUACAUCAAGGCUCGUCCAGACCCUGAGAUCCUGUGGUCCAAGGGAGAGACUGUUUUGGAAAAUACCAAACGUAUCACCAUCACCCAGAACCUCCCAGUGGUCCACAUGAAAAUCAAGGAGGCCACCAGAGCCGACCAUGGCCAAUUCAUCUUAAAGGCAUCCAAUGAGGGUGGUGAGGCCUCCUGCAUCAUCACAGUCAACGUCCUGGACCGACCUCUCCACUGUCAGAACCUCCACCUCACAUAUGUCACCAAGGGCUCCUGUAUGAUUAACUGGGAAGCUCCAAUAGACAACGGUGGCUCUGAAAUCACCAACUACAUUGUGGAGUGCCGUGAGCCUAGCGUCAGCAUGUGGUCUAUGAUCUCAUCUACCUGCACCAACCGCAUGAUCAAGGCCAAGCUUAUGGAAGGGCAUGAAUACCUAUUUCGUGUCUGUGCUGAGAACAAGAUGGGCCCAGGGCCAACUGUUGAGACCAAGACACCCCUGCUGGCCAUCGACCCCAUUGAGAAACCUGGAGAGCCUGAUAAUUUCAGGGCCACUGAUAUCGGCAAAAACCACGUGUACCUCAGAUGGAGGAAGCCUGAUUAUGAUGGCGGCAGCCACAGCAUCUCCUACAACCUGGAGUAUAAGGUAAAGGAUGGCGAGGAGUGGGAGGAACUCAACGCUGGCCCUCUCAACAACACAUUCUUCAUGGCCGACAAGUGCACUGAGAACCAGAUCUAUACAUUCAGGGUGCAGACAGUCAAUGAGGGUGGAGAGAGUGACUGGGUGAAGCUCUGUGAUAUAUUGGUGAGGGAAGAGAUCCAGAAGCCAGUGAUCGACCUGAAGCAGGUAGGAUCAGUGACUGUGAAGGCUGGAGAGUCUGUCAGGAUGGAGGCUGGCCUGAGAGGAAAGCCCCAACCAGAGGUCAAGUGGGUCAAGGACAAAGCAACAGGAGACAACCCCAGAAUGAGCUACGAGACAGGUGCCGACUACUCCAAGUUCCUCUUGACAAAGUCGAAACGUACAGACACCGGCAAGUAUGUGGUCAGUGCCACCAACUCAGCUGGCACCUUCACAGCAUAUGCUAACAUCAACGUGUUGGACAUCCCCGGGCCUGUAAGGAACCUCAGGGUUACUGGGAUUGGAGCUGACAAGUGCAGGGUGAUCUGGGACAAUCCUGAAGACGACGGUGGAUGUGAGGUGGACAGCUUCAUUCUGGAGAAGUGUGAGACCAGAAGAAUGGUCUGGUCUACAUACUCUGCCUCUGUGGUAACUCCUUACUGCAAUGUUACCCGCCUGGUGGAGGGCAAUGAGUACAUCUUCAGAGUGAGAGCUGAGAACAAGAUGGGUACAGGACCAGCCAUAGAGAGCAAGCCUGUCACGGUCAAGACCCAGUUCAACAAACCUGGACCUCCCGAGGCCCCUGAGGUCUCAAAGGUUGGCAAAGAGGAGAUGACUGUUGUCUGGGCUCCCCCAGAGAACGAUGGAGGAAAGUCGAUCACCGGCUACAUCCUGGAGAGGAAGGAGAAGAGAGCUGUGCGCUGGGUUCCCUGCACCAAGAGUACAAUCACAGAGAGACGCAUGAAGGUGACCAACCUCAUCCCCAACCAUGAGUAUCAGUUCAGGGUCAGGGCUGAGAACGAGGUGGGCCUGGGAGAGCCCAGCAAGCCCUGCAGACCCGUGGCUGCCAAAGAUCCAAUCGAGCCCCCGGGCCCCCCUGCAUUCCUGAAGGUGGCCGACAGCACCAAGACCUCCAUCACUCUGAGCUGGUCCAGACCUGUGUACGAUGGUGGUGCUCCCAUCAUCAACUACAGCCUGGACCUGAGGUUGAAGACCGAUGCCGACCCAGAGAAUCCCUCUGUGGGCUGGAAGAGGAUCGACACCCACGGCCCACUGGUCCUCACAGAGUUCACCAUCGGACAGCUGGACGAGAAACUGGAGUAUGACUUUAAGGUGUCUGCGCAGAACCAGAUGGGCUGGGGACGCCAUGCUUACCUGAGGGAAGCUGCCUCCCCCAAAGAGAUCCUGGAGGCCCCAGAGAUCGACCUGGACGCCAGUCUAAGGAAGGGCUUGUCUGUCAGGGCCGGCUGUCCCAUCAGGCUGUUUGCUGUCACCAGAGGCCGACCUGCACCAAAGGUGACCUGGAAGCGCAUGGGUGUGGACAACGUGGUCCGCAGGGGUCACAUUGAUCAGGUGGACUCCAUGUCCUUCCUGGUCAUUCCUGAGAGCACCAGAGAGGAUUCUGGAAGAUACUCUCUGUCCCUCUCCAAUUCUUCUGGAGAGAAGGCUGUGUUCGUCCGUGUCAAAGUCCUUGAUACUCCUGGACCUGUUGGCGGUCUGGACGCUACUAAUGUCACCAAGACGACAGCUCAGCUAUCCUGGCUUCCUCCGGAGAAUGAUGGCGGCAGUCAGAUCCUCAAUUACAUAGUGGAGAGCCGUGAGGUGGACAGGAAGACCUGGAACAAGUGCAGCGAGGAUCUGAAGAAGACCAGCUUCAAGGUCACCAAUAUGAGCCCUGGCAUGGAUUACUACUUCAGAGUCAUGGCCUGCAACAAGUACGGCAUCGGACUCCCUCAGGAUUCCCCUAGGUCGUACCUGGCUGUGGACCCCAUCAGUGAACCCGACCCACCUAAGAAGAUGGAAGUGUUGGAAAUCACCAAGAACAGUGCCACGCUGGGCUGGCUGAAGCCCCUCCGAGACGGAGGAGCCAAGAUUAACGGCUAUGUGGUGGACUACCAGGAAAAUGGCUCUGCCGAGGGCAAGUGGACCCCAUACUCUGUGGUCAAAGACAUGACCAUUGUUGUGGUUGGGCUGAAGGAGGGAACCAAGUACAAGUUCAGGGUCGCUGCCAGGAACUCAGUGGGCGUCAGCCUGGCCCGAGAGGCGGAGGGCGUGUUUGAAGUCAAGGAGCAGCUCAUGGCCCCUAAGAUCAUCGUGCAGGACAUUGUGACAGUGAGGGCUGGAUCUAAGAUGGUGGUUGAAGCCAUCGUGGCUGGGAAACCGGCUCCAUUCUGCAAAUGGAAACAAGGGAGCGAGGACAUCCUGACCUCAGACCGCCUGUCAGUGGUGAAGACUCUGACCACCUGCACUCUGUCCAUCAAGAAUGUAACCAGGGCUGACAGUGGCUACUACAGCCUGUCUGCUGUAAACAGCACAUCCAGCAUCAACCAGAUCGUCAAAGUGGUGGUCAUGGACAUCCCUGGUCCGCCCGAAGGACCCCUGGAGGUCACAGAGCUGGACAUGGAUGCCUGCACCCUGCUCUGGAACCCUCCACAGGAGGACGGAGGCAGCAACAUUACCAACUACAUCAUUGAAAAGUGUGAUGUGAGCCAGGGAGACUGGCUCACCGCCUCCAUUGCCUGCACCAAAUGCAGUUUCCGUGUGGUCAAACUCACCCCUGGGAAAGAGUAUGCCUUCCGUGUUCGCGCUGAGAACCGCCUCGGCAUCUCCCAGCCCAUCUAUUCAGAGAAGACCAUCGCCAGAUAUCCUUUUGAUCCUCCAAGUGAGCCCAGAAGCUUCCAGGUCAAUAAGAUCAACAAGGAUUUUGUCAUUGUGUCCUGGGAGAAGCCCAGCAGCGACGGGGGCAGCCCCAUCACCGGCUACUGCAUCGAGAGGAAGGAGAGGAACAGCCUGCUCUGGGCCAAGGCCAAUGAAUCGGUGGUGAAAUCCACCCAGUAUACCUGCUUUGGCCUUAUCGAGGGCCUGGAGUACACCUUCAGAGUGUCUGCCAUCAACCAGGCUGGACAGGGCUUGCCCUGCAAACCAUCCGACUUCAUUACAGCCAGGACAGCCGUCGACCCACCAGGUAAACCAGAGCCCAUGGACGUCACCAAGACCACCGUCUCGUUGGUCUGGAGCCGUUCAAGAAACGACGGAGGCAGCAAGCUGAUUGGCUACUACGUGGAGUACUGCAAGAUGCCUGAGGAUAAGUGGACGCGCUGCAAUGCUAACUGCAUGAACAUCCAGACAGAGGACUACGUAGUGACUGGCCUGCAGGAGGGACAGCAGUACCUGUUCCGCAUCAUCGCCAAGACAGCCAUCAACAUCAGCCAACCCUCGGAGCUGUCCGACCCCAUCCCUGUGUUUGCAGAGAAUGUUCCCCCCCGUGUAGAGCUAGGUGUCAACAUGAAAAACCUGAUCGUGGUGAAGGCUGGAGAUAACGUCUUCCUGGACGCUGAGGUAUUCGGUAAGCCUCUUCCCAAGGUGAGCUGGAAGAGAGAUGGGGCACCUCUCGUCCUGGCUGAAGGCAUGAAAACGAGUCAGAAGAAACAUGUCCACCUGCUGGAGCUCUACUCCGUCGCCAGGAAGGAGUCUGGGGACUACACCAUCACUGCUGAGAAUAUCAAUGGCUCCAAGUAUGCCACAAUCAAGGUCAAGGUGUUAGACAAACCAGGUCCUCCCGCCUCGGUGAGGAUCGGGAAGGUGUUUUCUGACCACGUGCGGCUCCGCUGGGAGCCGCCCCAAGCCGACGGUGGUUCUGAGAUCACCAACUACAUCAUCGACAAGAGGGAGACCAGCAGGGCCAACUGGGCGCUGGUCAGCUCCAACAUCCACGGCCACUCCACCGACUGCAACGUGGAGAAACUUAUCGAAGGCCAUGAGUAUGAGUUCCGAGUCAGUGCUGAGAACCAGUAUGGUGUGGGAGACACCGUCAUGGCCGGCCCCGUCAUGGUCAAGAACCCAUACGAUGUACCAGGUCCAUGUGAGCCCCCAAUCAUCACUAACAUCACCAAGGACUCCAUGACGGUCAGCUGGAAGGUCCCUGCCAUCGACGGCAAGGCCACCAUCCUGGGAUACAUGUUAGAGAAACGUGAGGCCACGGAGCUGACCUGGGCCAAGGUUAACCGCAGACCUGUAAUCGACCGGACCAUCAAGGCUGUCCAGCUGACCGAAGGGUCAGAGUACGAGUUCAGAGUCAUUGCCAUGAACAAAGCCGGCCUUGGAAAACCCAGUGAUGCCUCUAAUGCCGCCCUGGCUGUUGACCCUGUCUAUCCUCCUGGCCCCCCUGCCUUCCCCAAGGUGUUUGAUUCCACCAAGAGUUCCAUCAGUUUGACUUGGACCAAACCAGCUUACGAUGGGGGUUGUGAGAUCAUUGGAUACCUGGUAGAGUGCAAGCGUGCUGAGGCUGAGGACUGGACCAAGUGCAAUGUUCCCAAAAAGCUCCAGGCCACUAAGUUCCUGAUGACUGGCCUGUUGGACAGCACUGAGUACCAGUUCAGAGUGACAGCUGUUAACAAGAUUGGAUACAGCGAGCCCAGCGAGGUCCCAGGGAACCACAUGCCAAAGGACAUCCUCAUCGCUCCAGAGGCUGAACUGGACGCUGACCUGCGUAAAGCCUUGGUCCUGAGAGCGGGCGUCACCAUGAGGCUCUAUGUUCCCCUGAGAGGACGACCCGCCCCAAAGGUCACCUGGACCAAGGUUGGUGCCAAUCUGAAGGACAGGCAGGGGGUUCUCAUCAAGACCUCUGAGUGGGACACGCUGCUGAUGAUUGAAGACGUCACCAGAUAUGACGCUGGGAAGUACGUCUUGUCCCUGGAAAACAGCAGCGGCUCAAAGAGCUACACUAUCAUCGUCAAGGUCCUUGCAACUCCUGGACCUCCAGCCAACCUGGUUGUCAAGGAGACAUCUCAAAGCCAUGCCUUCAUCACCUGGGAACCCCCCCUGAUCGAUGGUGGAAGCCCAGUGAAGAGCUACAUUGUGGAAAAGCGUUUGGCAGAGAGAAAGGCGUGGACCUGUGUUGCUACAGAAUGUCCAAAGACCUCGUUCAGGAUCACUAACCUGGAAGGGGGGCAGGCCUACUGCUUCAGGGUUCUAGCGGAGAAUGUCUACGGCAUCGGAGAGGGCUGUGAGACGGCCGGCUCUGUCAGAGCCUCAGAACAACCUGGCCCGGUAUCAGAAUUCAAGCCUCAGAAGCUUACCAAAGACUGUGUGACCCUGGGCUGGAAGAGGCCCAUCAGCGAUGGAGGCAGCCACAUAACCUCCUACAUCUUGGAGCAGAGUGAGGGGGAGGAGAAGUGGAAACUGCUGGAGCAGGGGAAGAACAUGAGCCACACCCUGUGCGUGCUGACGGAGGGUAAGGAGUACUCCUUUAGAGUCAAGGCUCUCAAUGAAUCUGGAGAAGGACCCCCCAUUGAGCUGACCAUUGUGGCCAAAGACCAGAUUGUUCCACCCAGCUUCGACUUGAGUGGUCUGCAUGAUCUGACGUACGUGGCCAAGGAGGGCAGCACAGUGCGAAUCAACAUCCCUCUGAUGGGCAUCCCGUAUCCUGCGGCAACCUGGAAAAAGGGAGAUGUUGGCCUGGGAGACACCGGCCGGAUGUGUGUGGAGGCGUCUCAGGGCCUCACUACCUUGCUCAUCAGAGACUGCCAGAGGGCCGAUGCCGACACCAUCAAAAUCACAGCCAGGAACUCAGCCGGCUCCAAGGACUGCCAGUUCAGCCUGAAGGUGGUGGGCCGGCCGGGGAUCUGCACGGGACCCAUCAAGUUUGACGAAAUCACGGCAGACGGAAUCAACCUGGAGUGGGGUCCGCCCACGGACGACGGGGGUGCAGAAGUGUCCAACUACAUCGUAGAGAAGAGGAGGACCACUGACAGCAAGUGGGCCACGGUGGCCUCGGCUACUCAGAAGAACACCAUUAGGGUGAUCAGGCUCCAUGAUGGGAUAGAGUACAUCUUCAGAGUGUUUGCAGAGAACAAAUAUGGAGUUGGGGAGUAUCUGAGAUCAGUUCCAGUCAUUGCCAUGCAUCCAUUCAAUGUUCCCGAAGCUCCUGCGCCUCCAGAGAUUGUCAGCAUCCGUCACGAGUCUGCCACCCUGAACUGGAAUGAUCCAAAAGACUCUGGGGGCUCCCCAAUAACUGGAUACCAUGUUGAGUUUAAAGAGAGGAACAGUUUGAUGUGGAAGAGGGCCAGCAAGACUCCUCUGAGGGUGAAGGAGUGCAGGGUCACCAGCCUCAUCGAGGGGCUGGAGUACGAGUUCCGGGUCAUGGCCAUGAACAUGGCUGGGCUGGGUAAAGCCAGCAGGGCCACUGAAGCUGUGGUUGCCCUGGAUCCUAUCGAUCCUCCGGGCAAGCCUGAUGUGAUCAACGUCACCAGGUGCUCUGUGACUCUGAUGUGGACAGCGCCCAAGUACGACGGCGGACACAAGUUGACGGGGUACAUGGUAGAGAAAUUAGAGGCCGGAACCAAGGCCUGGGCCAAGGCCAACCACGUCAACAUCCAGAGCUGUGCCUUCACUGUUACAGACCUAACAGAGGGAGCUCAGUACGAGUUCAGGAUCAGGGCUAGGAAUGCUGCUGGAGCCAUCAGCAACGCCUCCGAACCCACAGAACUGCUCACCUGCAAGGAUGAAUAUGAACCUCCAUCAAUCACCAUCGACCCAGAGAUGAAAGAUAUUUCUGUGAGGGCUGGCAACACAAUUGUCAUCACUGCCUCGAAGAUCCUUGGUAAACCACCACCCACCGCUGUGUGGUCCAAGGCUGGUCGCGAGUUCAAGAACUCUGACAUUGUCAGCAUCACCAGCACCCCGACCUCCUCUACCAUGUCCAUCAAGUACGCAAGUAGGAAGAACACUGGAGAAUACACCAUCACCGCCAGCAACCCCUUCGGCAUCAAGGAAGACCACAUCAAGGUCAAAGUUCUUGACAUCCCCGGGCCUCCAGGCCCAAUUAAGGCCAGCAACAUUUCAGCUGAGAAGUGUACCCUGACUUGGCUUCCCCCUGAUGAGGAUGGAGGAUCCUCCAUUAAAUGCUAUGUCCUCGAGAAGCGAGAGACUAGCCGCCUGCUGUGGACCAAGCUAGCCGAAGAUGUCAUGGAUUGCAGAUUUGUAGCAACCAAGCUGAUCAAGGGCAACGAGUACAUCUUCAGAGUGUCUGCUGUAAACCAGUAUGGAACUGGAGACUCUGUGCAGUCUGGCCCCAUCAAAAUGACUGACAGUUACCGUGCACCCGGUCCACCAUCGACGCCAGAGGUUGAUAACAUCACCCGAAACUCAGUCACCAUUUCUUGGAAGAGACCAAUCGUGGAUGGAGGAAGUGACAUCAGAGGUUAUUGUGUUGAAAGGAAGGAGAGGAAAGGAAUGCGCUGGGUGAGAGCAUCUAAGAGGACGGUCCCUGACUUGCGUUUCAAGGUGCAAGGUUUGAGUGAGGGAGUCGAGUACGAGUUCAGAGUGACUGCAGAGAACAAGGCUGGCUUCGGGGAACCCAGUGAGCCUUCUCACCCAGCUAUGACCAAGGAUAUCGUAUAUCCACCUGGUCCUCCAUCCAACCCAAGAAUCACAGAAACAACCAGAACUACGGCCACAUUCAGCUGGGGUCGCCCUCAUUAUGACGGAGGUCUGAAUGUGGAUGGAUACAUAGUUGAGUACAAAAAGGAGGGACACGAUGACUGGGAAAAAGCAACACAGACGCUUCUUCGAAUCACAGGAUAUGUUAUCGGCAACCUUGAAAAGGGAGGAAAGUACCACUUCAGAGUCAGAGCUGAGAACACGGAGGGUGUCGGAGAACCUGCAGAAAUUGAGAAGGUGAUAGAUCUUAUUGAUCAGGAAUCUCUACCAGACUUUGAGCUUGAUGCUGAGCUGAGGAGAACCCUGGUGGUCAGGUGUCGGGCCUCCAUACGCCUGUUUGUUCCAAUCAAGGGACGUCCCAUACCGGAUGUGACCUGGAGUAAAGAUGACACCAACCUGAAGAUGCGAGCUCACAUUGACACAACAGAGUCCUUUACACUGCUUGUCAUUCCUGACUGCACCAGAUAUGAUGCUGGCAAAUAUAACCUCUGCCUGGAAAAUGUUGCUGGAAAGAAGACUGGCUUUAUAAACGUCAAGGUUCUGGACACACCUGGACCACCAAUCAACCUCCAACCCAGAGAGAUCACCAAGGGCAGCAUCACCUUACAAUGGGAAUUCCCAAUCAUCGAUGGUGGAUCUAAGAUUCACAACUACAUCAUUGAGAAGAGAGAGGCUACCAAGAAAGCCUACACAGUUCUAAGCACUAAAUGGCAGAAAUGUUCCUUCAAGAUCCCUGAUUUGGAAGAGGGUGCUUACUACUACUUCCGUGUGUCUGCUGAAAACGACCUUGGAGUGGGAGAGCCUGCUGAAACCCCCGAGCCCAUCCGGGUGUCUGAGGCCCCCUCGGCUCCUGAGGAUCUAUAUGUCACUGAUGUUUCUUCAGACAGUGCUAGCCUGGCCUGGGCCAAACCCCUGCAUGACGGUGGGACCUUGAUCACAGGAUACGUAAUUGAAGCCCAGAAGAAGGACACAGACCAAUGGGUGCAUGUGGCUGCCAUCAAGGCCCUGGACUACGUUGUCACAGAUCUGACUGAGGGUGCAGAAUAUAUCUUCCGCAUUAUGGCGGUUAAUGCAUCAGGCAGAAGCGAUCCUCGUGAAAGCAGGCCAGCCAUUAUUAAAGAACAGACAAGUGCACCAUCAUUUGACAUGCGUGGCGUCUACCAGAAGAUUGUGAUUGCUAAGGCUGGGGACAGAGUCAAGGUGGAGAUCCCAGUGCUUGGCAAACCUAGACCUGUGGUAUCCUGGAAGAAGGAAGACACAUCCUUGAAGGAGACACAGAGGAUCAACACAGAAACCACAACUACCUCCACAAUACUCAAUAUUAGUGAAAUCAAGAGGACAGAUGGAGGCCAGUAUUCCAUCACAGGAAAGAACCUAUUAGGCACUGUCACUGAAACCAUCACAGUCCUUGUUCAUGACAUUCCUGGGCCUCCCACUGGACCCAUCAAGAUAGAAGAGGUAUCAUGUGAUUAUGUGCUGCUGUCCUGGGAGGGACCAGAGAACGAUGGAGGGGUUCCCAUCAACAACUACAUUGUUGAGAUGAGGGAGACUAUCGGCACUUCCUGGAUGGAGCUGGCUGCUACAGUUAUUCGGACCACAUUCAAAGCAGCCCGCCUGACAACAGGAGUACAGUAUCAGUUCCGUGUCAAGGCCCAGAACAGAUAUGGUAUUGGACCUUCCAUUGUUUCUGAGUCGGUUGUUGCGGCGUAUCCAUUCGAUGUUCCGGGCCAACCUGGUACACCGUCUGUAACAUCUUUCAACAAGGACUCUAUGACUCUGAGCUGGAAUGAGCCUUCCUCAGAUGGAGGCAGCCCGAUUCUUGGCUACAACGUAGAGCGGAAGGAGAAGAACAGCAUUCUGUGGCAGAAGAUCAGCAAGGCAUUGGUUGUUGGAAAUAUCUUCAAAUCUACAGGUCUUGUCGAUGGUAUUGCAUAUGAAUACCGUGUCAUUGCUGAAAACAUGGCUGGCUUGAGCAAAGCUAGCAAGCCCUCGGAGACAAUGUAUGCCCUGGAUCCAGUAGACCCCCCAGGCAGACCUGUGGCUCUGAACAUCACCAGGCAUGAAGUGACUGUUUCAUGGACAAAACCGGAGGGUGACGGAGGAUUCUCCAUCACAGGAUACCAAGUAGAAAGAAGAGAGCUCCCCAAUGGACGCUGGCUUAAAGCUAAUUUCAACAACAUCCUGCAGACUACAUACACGGUCAGUGGUCUGACUGAAGAGACCACUUAUGAGUUCCGUGUGUGUGCCAGAAACUCUGCAGGAGCCGUGAGCACCCCAUCUCAGCCGUCAGACGAGAUCACAUGCAGAGAUGACAUUGAGGAACCAAAGCUUGAUGUUGACUCUUCCUACAGCAGCACAGUUGUGGUAAUGGCAGGAGAGUUGUUCAAAUUGGAGGCCAACGUGAGCGGUAGACCGAUCCCCUUAUUGGUAUGGUCCAAAGAUGGUAAAGAGCUUGAGGACACAGCUAAACUGGAAAUCAAGUCCUCUGACUUCCACACAACUCUGGUAGGCAAGGACUCCUUGAGAAGGGAUGGUGGAGUUUUUACUCUGACAGCAAGCAACCCAGGUGGCUUUGCCAAGUUUACAUUCAAUGUUAAGGUGCUUGACCGACCCGGACCGCCAGACUGUCUCACAGUGUCCGACAUCGCUGCUGAAAAGUGUGUUCUCAACUGGCUUCAUCCCCCUCAUGAUGGAGGUGCUAAGAUCGAGUACUUUAUCAUUCAGAAGCGCGAGACUAGUAGGCUUGCCUGGACCAAUGUGGCUACAGACCUUGAAGCCAAUAGAUUCAAGAUUACAAAGCUUCUGAAGGGCAAUGAGUAUGUAUUUAGGGUCAUGGCCGUAAACAAGUAUGGCGUUGGUGAGCCUGCAGAAACACAAGCUGUUAUUUGUGUCAACCCCUACGUUGCUGCUGACCAACCCCAACAGCCCGAAGUGACUACCAUCACCAAGGACUCAAUGGUGGUCUGCUGGGAGCGCCCCGAACAUGAUGGAGGUAGCAGCAUCAACACCUACAUUGUGGAGAGGAGAGAUAAGACUGGCUUACGCUGGGUGAAAUGCAACAAGAGGACAGUAUCAGACCUCAGAUUCAAGGUUUCCGGCCUUACACCCGGACAUGAAUAUGAAUUCAGAAUUCUAGCUGAAAACAAUGCUGGUUUGAGCCAACCUAGUCAAUCAAGUCCAUUUUACAAAGCCAUCGACACCAUUUUCCAGCCAGGACCCCCUGGCAACCCCAGAGUGUUGGACACCACCAAGUCCUCUGUCACUGUUGCCUGGAACAAGCCUGUGUAUGAUGGUGGUUCAGAAAUCACUGGCUACAUUGUGGAGACUUGCCUUCCUGAGGAAGAUGAAUGGACUAUCCACACUCCAAAGAAAGGGUGGACUGCCACCUCUUUUACGAUCACCAGCCUGAAGGAAAACCAGGAAUAUAAAAUCAACAUUUGUGCCACUAACAGUGAAGGUGUAGGAGAACCCACAACUGUGCCAGGUACUGCCAAAUCCGAGGACAGGCUGCUUCCUCCAGAGAUUGAGCUUGGAGCAGAGCUCCGUAAGGUGGUCUGCAUCAGGGCCUGCAGCACCCUCAGGUUGUUUGUCCCCAUCAAGGGAAGACCAGCGCCUGAAGUUAAAUGGUCCAGAGAGCAUGGGGAAUCCCUGGAUAAGGCCAUCAUUGAAAUUACUCCUUCCUUCACCACUCUCCAAGUGGAGACAGUGGACAGGUUUGAUGGAGGUAAAUAUAUGGUUACUGUUGAGAACGCCUCAGGAAGCAGGACCGCCUAUGUGAACGUCAGAGUGUUGGAUACUCCUGGAGCACCUCAGAAUCUAGUGUUUAAAGAGGUCACCAGAGAUUCGGUCUCCCUUGUGUGGGAUGCUCCCCUUAUUGAUGGUGGCUCCAGAAUUCGCAACUACAUUGUUGAGAAGAGAGAGUCAAACAGGAAGGCCUACUCAACAGUCUGUGCAAGCUGUCACAAAUCCAGCUGGAAAGUUGGAGAUCUGGAGGAAGGAAAACUUUACUUCUUUAGAAUUUUGGCUGAAAAUGAGUAUGGCGUCGGUCUCCCAGUAGAGACUAUGGAACCAGUUAAAGCAUCAGAGAAGCCUCUGCCACCAGGAAAGGUAUCCCUCCUGGAUGUCACAGGCACAAGCGUCACUCUUUCAUGGGAGAAACCUGAGCAUGAUGGAGGCAGCAGGAUAACAGGUUACAUUGUUGAGAUGCAGGGUAAAGGCAGUGACAAAUGGACCCAAGUUAUGGUCUCCAAGUCCAAUCAGACAGUUGUAUCUGGCUUGACUCAAGGAGAAGAGUACAUGUUCCGUAUCUCGUCAACCAACGAGAAGGGAAUGAGUGACCCUCGUGCCCUCAGUAUGCCGGUUCUGGCUAAAGAUCUUGUCAUUUCCCCAACCUUCAAGCUGAUUUUCACCACAUUCAGUGUAAUGGCAGGAGAUGAUCUGAAGUUAGAUCUACCAUAUGCUGCUUGUCCAAAGGCUGCGGUAACUUGGCUCAAGGAUGGCGUUGCUCUUAAGGAAACAACUAGAGUCAACGCUGAAGCUUCUGAGAAGAGUCUCCACAUGAUCAUCAGGGAGGCCUGCAGAGAGGAUGUAGGAACAUACACGAUUAAAUUGAGCAACACAGCAGGAGAGGCUAGUACAGACAUAAGUGUUGUUGUUCUUGAUAAGCCUGGUCCUCCCACUGGCCCUAUCAAACUGGAUGAGAUCACUGCUGACAGUCUGGUCUUGUCCUGGAACCCACCAGAAUAUGACGGAGGGUGCUCCAUUAACAACUACGUUGUUGAAAAGAGAGACACAUCAACCACUAACUGGCAGAUUGUGUCUGCUACAGUUGCACGAACCAUCAUUAAAGCAGCUCGUCUUAAGACUGGAUCUGAGUACCAGUUCAGGAUCGCCGCCGAGAAUCGAUAUGGCAAAUCUUCAGUUCUGCUUUCAGAGACCAUCGUUGCUCAAUAUCCAUUUGAGGUUCCGAGUCAGCCACGGUCUGCGGAAGUCCAGUCGGCCACCAAGGAAAAUAUGGUGAUUGUGUGGGAGAAACCUAGCAGUGAUGGUGGAAGCAAGAUUUUGGGCUACCAUGUGGAGCUCAAGGAGAGGAAUAGCAUUCUCUGGGCAAAACAGAACAAACAGAUUAUCCUUGAGACCAGGGUUAAGGCUGCUGGCCUUGAGGAGGGAAUCGAAUAUGAGUUUAGAGUUUAUGCUGAGAAUAUUGUAGGCCUUAGCAAGGCAAGCAAAGUGACGGCGAUGCAAGUCGCCAGAGACCCAUGUGACAGCCCAGGCAAGCCAGAAGCUGUUAUUGUCACCAGAAACCAGGUGACUCUGAAAUGGACCAAGCCUGAGUAUGAUGGCGGUAGCAAGGUCACCGGGUAUGUGGUGGAGAAGAAGGAGGGAGCAGAUGGCCGAUGGAUGAAGGCCAGCUUUGCCAAUGUCAUUGAGACUCAGUUUGUUAUCACAGGCCUGGUUGAGGACCAGCUCUAUGAGUUUCGGGUUAUUGCCAGGAAUGCAGCUGGUGUCCAUAGCAAGCCUUCUGACAGCACUGGAAGUAUAACUGCGAAGGAUGAGGUGGAUCCCCCCCAGAUUGACCUGGAUUCCAAGUACUCCCAGAAUGUAAUGGUAAAUGCUGGAGAGACAUUCAGACUCGAGGCCGGAUUCUCUGGUAAACCUGUUCCCUCUGUCCACUGGAUGAAAGGCAAAGAAGAGAUAGCUGAAGCUGCUCGCUUAGAGAUUAAGAACACUGACUUUACAGCCUGUUUGAUUGUCAAGGAGGCAAUCCGUGUUGAUGGUGGCCAAUACACAUUGCUGGUGAAGAAUGUUGGAGGAGAGAAAUCUGUGAACAUAAAUGUUAAGGUUCUAGAUAGACCAGGCCCUCCAGCAGGCCCUAUUUCCAUCUAUGGAGUCAGCAGUGAGAAGUGCUCCAUUGCCUGGAAGUCCCCCAUCCAGGAUGGUGGCAGUGAUGUCUCCCAUUACAUCGUUGAACGGAGAGAGACAAGCAGAUUGGUCUGGACUGUUGUUGACCCUAAAGUUCAGACCCUGAACCUCAAGAUCACCAAGCUUCUUCCUGGUAAUGAAUACAUAUUCAGAGUGAUUCCAGUCAAUAAAUACGGAAUCGGCGAGCCUCUGGAAUCUGAGCCAAUGAUUGCCAGAAACCCAUUUGUCACCCCCGACCCACCAACAGAGGUGGAAGUGUCUACCAUAACCAAAGACUCCAUGGUGGUGACCUGGGAGAGACCAACUAAUGAUGGAGGCAAUGCCAUCCAAGGAUACAUAGUUGAGAAACGUGACAAGGAAGGUGUGAGAUGGACAAGAUGUAACAAGCGCACCGUAUGCGAGCUUCGCUUCAGAGUCACAGGCCUUCUGGAAAACCGCAGCUAUGAGUUUCGAGUUUCAACUGAGAACGCUGCAGGCAUCGGCACACCUAGUCCUGCAACAGUCUACUACAAAGCUUUAGAUCCCAUCUUUAAACCAGGCCCACCGAACAACCCCAAGGUGGUGGACUCAUCCAGAACAACCGUCUCUCUGACAUGGGGAAAACCCAUCUAUGAUGGCGGUUGUGAGAUUCAAGCCUACAUUGUUGAGGCCUGUAAUGGCACCGAUGAGUGGUUUAUGUGCACUCCUCCCACCGGAAUAAUCAACACCAAGUUCACAGUCACCAAACUGCUUGAGAAACACGAGUACCAGUUCAGAGUGUGCGCCAUCAACAAAGUUGGUAUCGGAGAGCAUGCCAAUGCCCCUGGAAAAAUACUCCUGGAGCAGAAACUGGAGGCUCCAGACCUCGACCUGGACACUGACAUGAGAAAGAUGAUCAACAUCAGGUCUGCCAGCACACUCCGGCUGUUUGUUCCUGUGAGGGGACGUCCUGCUCCCGAGGUGAAAUGGGGCAAAGCAGAGGGGGAGAUCAAGGAGACUGCCCAGAUUGACAACACAGGCAGCUAUGCUUCUCUUGUUAUUGAGAAUGUUGACCGAUUUGACACUGGCAAGUACACACUCACGGCAGAGAAUCCUAGUGGAGUAAAGUCUGUCUUCAUUAGUGUAAGAGUCUUGGAUUCACCAAGCCCUCCAAAUAAUUUCACAAUUAAAGAAAUCACCAAAAAUUCUGUCACAUUGACUUGGGAGCCGCCACUCUUAGAUGGUGGCUCUAAAAUUAAACACUACAUUGUGGAGAAGCGGGAGAGUACCAGAAAAGUCUAUUCGCCCAUCACCACAUGCAACAGGAUGUCUUGGAAGAUUGAACCUCUUCCAGAGGGUGGAAUUUUCUUCUUCAGGGUCCUGGCUGAGAAUGAAUAUGGUAUUGGCCUCCCUGCUAAAACCACAGAACCAGUGAAGAUUUCAGAGAAGCCCCAGCCCCCAGGUAAAGUCAGUGUUGUUGAUGUGACUCGAAAGAGCGUGACACUGUCCUGGGAAAAACCUGAACAUGAUGGAGGCAGCAGGAUCAGCUACUACGAUGUGGAGUUGGCACCAAAGGAUAGCAAUGCAUGGACUGUGUGUGCGAGUGUGAAGGCCCUUGAAACCAUGGUAACCAACCUGCAAAAGGGUGAAGAGUAUCAAUUCAGAGUUACUGCUGUUAACGAAAAGGGAAGAAGUGAUUCAAGACAACUGGCUCAAACAGUUGUAGCCAAAGACCUUGUGAUUGAGCCUUCUCUGAGGCCUGUGUUGAGUUCCUACAGUGUCCAGGUAGGCUAUGAUUUGAAGGUGGAGGUGCCAAUGUCCGGCCAUCCCAAGCCAACUAUCACUUGGACGAAGGAUGGAGUUGGCCUGAAACAGACCACAAGAGUAAAUGUCACCGACUCUGCUAAUCACACCACCCUAACCAUCAAGGACGCCACAAAAGAGGAUGGAGGCAUGUACAGCAUUAACAUUGCCAAUGCAUUGGGAUCAAAGGAUGCCACCAUUGAGGUGAUAACACUGGACAAGCCGGGUCCAGCCACAGGCCCUGUCAAGUUAGAGGACAUCAGUGCUGAGAGCAUCACUCUCAGCUGGGAGCCACCAACAUACACUGGUGGCUGCCAGAUCUCCAACUAUGUUGUUGAGAAAAAGGAUACAACCACUGUCAACUGGUUGGUGGUGUCUGCCACUGUUGCCAGAACAACACUCAAAGUGUCAAAUCUGAAGACGGGUGCUGAGUACCAAUUCCGAAUCUAUGCUGAGAACAGGUAUGGAAAGAGUUUUGCCAUUGACUCAGAGCCAGUUCUGGCCCAAUAUCCUUUCCAGGAGCCUGGUCCACCAGGAACACCAUUCGUGUCGUCAUACACUAGGGAUUAUAUGGUUGUUGAGUGGCAUAAACCUCCAUCCGAUGGAGGCAGUGCUAUCCUGGGCUACCACAUGGAGCGAAAAGAAAAGAACAGUAUCCUCUGGACUAAAGUCAACAAAUCUGUCAUCCAGGACUGCAGGUACAAAUCCACACCCUUGGAGGAGGGAAUUGAGUAUGAGUACCGGAUCUAUGCUGAAAAUAUUGUUGGAAUCGGAAAAUGCAGCAAAGUUUCAGAAGUGUGUGUUGCCCGUGAUCCAUGUGAUCCUCCUGGCUGCCCAGAAGCUAUUAUUGUCACCAGACAUUCAGUGAAGCUGAGGUGGAGCUCUCCCCAGUAUGACGGUGGAUGCCUUGUUACCGGGUAUGUUGUGGAGAAACGUGACCUGCCUGAAGGACGCUGGAUGAAGGCUAGUUUUGCAAACAUAAUUGACCAUGAAUUCACAGUCCUUGGUCUGACUGAGGACUGUAAAUAUGACUUCAGAAUCAUUGCAAGGAAUGCAGCUGGAGCUGUCAGCAAGCCCUCUGAGUGUACAGGCUCCAUCACCGCCAAGGACGAGGUGGAGACACCUAAAUAUGAAACCGAUGCCAUGUUCAAUCAGACUAUUGUUGUCAAUGCUGGGGAAUGCUUCAGUUUGGAGGCCAGUGUAGAAGGAAAACCUAUCCCCACUGCCCAGUGGUUCAAGGGAAAUAUUGAGGUGGAGAACUCAGCGAGAGCUGAGAUCAAGAACACAGACUUUAAGGCUAUGCUUCUUGUGAAGGAGGCCAUUAGAGUGGAUGGUGGUCAGUACACUCUGGUCCUGUCCAAUGUAGCUGGAACCAAGACUGUUCCAUUCAGUGUGAAAGUUCUGGACCGGCCCGGCCCAUCUGAGGGACCGCUCAGAGUUGGGAAUGUCACAGAGGAGAAGUGCUCUCUGUCUUGGCUACCACCCAGGCAUGAUGGCGGAGCAAGCAUCUCCCAUUACAUUAUUCAGAAAAGGGAGACAAGUCGCCUGGCAUGGAUAGUUGUCUCCAGCGACUGUGGAGCUACGAUGUUCAAAGUCACUAAACUUCUCAAGGGCAAUGAGUACAUCUUCAGAGUCAUGGCUGUCAACAAAUAUGGUGUCGGUGAACCCCUAGAGUCUACACCCGUCAUCAUGAGGAAUCCAUUUGUUCCUCCUGGUGCACCUCAAGAACUGGAGAUCACCAAUAUCACCAGGGACUCCAUGACUGUCUGUUGGAGCCGCCCUGAGGCCACUGGAGGAAGUGACAUUGCCGGCUAUAUCGUGGAAAAGAGAGACAGAGCCGGAGUGAGGUGGACUAAGUGUAACAAACGCAGAGUAACAGAUUUGCGUUUCAGAGUGACUGGCCUAACAGAAGACCAUGAGUAUGAGUUCAGGUUGUCUGCUGAGAAUGCGGCCGGAGUGGGUCAACCUAGCCCAGCUACCGACUACUUAAAGGCCUGUGAUCCUACAUUUGAACCAGGCUGCCCUACUAAUGUCCAGGUUCUUGACACCACCAAGAACACUGUAAGUUUGGCCUGGCACAGGCCCAUAUAUGAUGGUGGCUGUGAUAUCCAAGGCUAUGCUGUAGAAAUAAGCAAGGCUGAUGAGGAGGAAUGGACCAUCUGCACCCCUCCUUCUGGAGUCAUUGCUACCAAGUUCACUAUUACAAAACUCAUUGAGCAUCAGGAAUACAAGGUACGCAUUUGUGCUAUUAAUAAGCUUGGGGUGGGUGAACCUGUGGAGCUCCAAGGAGUUGUAAAACCCAUGGAUAAGAUGAAUCCUCCAGAGAUGAUUCUGGAUUCAGAGCUCAGAAAGGGGGUUGUUGUCCGUGCAGGGGGCUCCAUGAGAAUCCAUGUCCCAUUCAAUGGACGUCCUAUUCCAGACAUCAGCUGGGCUAAGGAGGAAGGAGACCUCCCAGUUAAGGUCCAGAUUGAGAAUGGUGCUGAUUACACACAGCUCUCAGUAGAUAUCUGUGACAGGAAUGAUGCCGGUAAAUAUAUUCUCAACCUAGAGAAUAGUGCAGGUACCAAGUCAGCCUUCGUCUCUGUCAAAGUACUGGAUACUCCUGGAUCUCCUCUGAACCUCAUGGUUAAAGACAUCAAGAGGGACUGUGUCACUCUAAUGUGGGAACCACCUCUUAUUGAUGGUGGUUCCAGAAUCAAGAACUAUUUGGUUGACAAGCGUGAAUCAACUAGAAAGGCCUAUUCUAAUGUUGACAACAAAUGUACAAAGACAAGCUACCGCAUCACCGGCCUCAGUGAAGGUGCUAUUUACUACUUUAGAGUCAUGGCGGAGAAUGAGUUUGGGGUAGGCGUGCCCAUCGAAACGCAAGACUCAGUAAAAACUUCUGAACCCCCACUGUCUGUGGGUAAGAUCACUCUCACUGAAGUGGCAAAGACCAGCGCCUCUCUCUCCUGGGAGAAACCUGAGCACGAUGGAGGCAGCAGAAUCAUUGGAUAUUACAUUGAGAUGCAGCCCCAUGGCUCAGAAGAGUGGGUAGUGGCCACGACAACAAAGACUUGUGAUGGCACAGUCGCAGGCCUCAGCACUGGGAAGGAGUACCUCUUGAGAGUUUCAGCCUUCAAUGAGAAGGGCAAGAGUGAUCCACGAGCUCUAGCUGCACCAGUUACAGCUAACGACUUGACUAUUCAGCCAAGCUUCAGGAUGGCCUUUAACACAUUCAGUGUUCAGACUGGGGAGGAUCUGAAAAUUGAAAUUCAAGUGCUUGGACGGCCUGUUCCUAAAGUUGAAUGGAAGAAGGAUGGACAGGCCAUCAAGGAGACAACAAGACUGAAUGUGUUAAGUACAACAUCAUCUACUACUCUGCAUAUAAAGGAUGCCAACAAGGAGGACUGUGGUAAAUACAAUCUGACAGCUACCAGUGCUGCUGGAACAUUGACAGAGGAUAUUACAGUUGUGAUUCUGGAUAAGCCUGGCCCACCAACAGGACCGUUGAAGAUCGAAGAGGUCAGCUCAAACUAUGUCAAUCUUUCCUGGGAGCGCCCACAAUACACUGGAGGCUGCCAGAUCAACAACUACAUUGUGGAGAAGAGAGACACCACCACUACAACCUGGCAGAUUGUGUCCGCUACUAUUGCUAGAACCACAAUAAAAGUCAGCAACCUCAGGACUGGCAUUGAAUACCAGUUCAGAGUGUCUGCUGAGAACAGAUAUGGAAAGAGUUCCUCCAUCCUGUCAGCUGCCGUUGUUGCUCAGUAUCCAUUCAGCGAACCAGCUGCUCCAGGUGCACCUUUUAUCUCUGCUGCAACCAAGGACAACAUGAUUGUUGAAUGGAAGCCUUCCUCAAACAACGGAGGAAGCCCUGUCAUUGGCUAUCACCUGGAUAGGAAGGAAAAGAACAGCCUGCUAUGGAUCAGACUCAACAAGCUCCUCAUCCCUGAUGCCCGCUACAAGACCACAGAGCUGGAGGAAGGUAUUGAGUAUGAAUUCAGAGUCUAUGCUGAGAAUAUUGCUGGGCUCAGCCCCGCUAGCAAGGUCUCUCAGAGCACAGUAGCCAGAGAUCCCUGCGACCCACCGGGCCCCCCAGAGGCUAUCGUUAUCGCCAGGAACCAUGUGACCCUCCAGUGGACCAGGCCCCUGUAUGAUGGAGGCAGCGCCAUCACUGGCUACCUAGUGGAGAGAAAGAAGCAGCCAGACCCACGUUGGAUGAAGGCUAGCUUUACCAACAUCUUGGAAACUCAGUUCACAUAUCCCAACAUGACUGAGGACUGUAUCUAUGAGUUCAGAGUCAUUGCUAGGAAUGCUUCGGGCAUCUUGAGUGCUCCCUCUCAGAGCACAGGGGAAAUUACUGCAAAGGAUGAGAUUGAAGCUCCGGAUGCCAUCAUGGAUCCCAAAUUCAAGGAUCUUACCGUUGUUCAUGCCGGCGAGACAUUUGUUAUCGAUGCCGACUACACUGGCAAACCCCUUCCUGAUAUCACCUGGCUCAAGGAUGGAAAGGAAAUUGACAAUAUGACGCCCAGAAUGGAGGUCAUGAGCACUCUAACUCGCAGUGUCCUGACUGUAAAAGAAUGCAUUCGAGUGGAUAGUGGCCAUUUUGUCCUCAAACUCAGCAACGUGGGAGGAAUCAAAAUGCUUCCGGUUAACGUGAAGGUUCUAGAUAGGCCGGGUCCUCCUGAUGGACCUCUUGAGGUUAAGGGAGUCACGGCUGAGAAGUGCUACCUCCACUGGAGCCACCCAACACACGAUGGCGGAGCCAGCAUCUCCCACUAUGUCAUUGAGAAGAGGGAAACCAGCCGCUUGUCCUGGACCGUAGUGGAGCCCAAGAUCCAGGCCGUUAGCUACAAGAUCACUAAACUACUGCCUGGUAAUGAGUACAUCUUCAGAGUUACCGCUGUGAAUAAAUUUGGUGUUGGUGAGCCUUUGGAAUCUGAGCCUGUGAUUGCUCGUAAUCCCUUCACUACUCCAAGCGCUCCGUCCACACCUGAGGAAGGUGCCAUUACGAGGGACUCCAUUGUGCUGACCUGGGAAAGGCCUGACGAUAACGGGGGAGCAGAGAUUGAUGGAUAUGUGUUGGAGAAACGUGACAAGGAGGGUAUCAGAUGGACCAAGUGCAACAAGAAAAGGUUGACUGACAUGAGGUUCAGAUGCGCAGGCCUCAAUGAGGGACACUCCUAUGAGUUUAGAGUCUCUGCUGAAAAUGCUGCUGGUGUAGGCAAGCCUAGUCAUCCCACUGAUUAUAUCAAGGCAUGCGAUGCCACGUACCCACCAGGUCCUCCCAACAACGCUAAGGUCACUGAUCACUCAAGCACCACAGUCUCUCUGUCCUGGUCCAGGCCCAUCUAUGAUGGCGGAGCACCUAUCAAGGGAUAUGUUGUGGAGAUGAAGGAGCUUACUGAUGAUGAAUGGAUUGUAUGCACACCACCCACCGGAGUCCAACCCACUCACUACACAGUCAAGAGACUGAAGGAAAAUGCAGAGUACAACUUCCGUGUAUGUGCUUUGAACAUCGAAGGAGUGGGAGAGCAUGUGGACCUGCCUGGGUCUGUGGUUGCUGCUGAGAAACUUGAGACUCCUGAGAUUGAACUGGAUGCUGACCUGAGGAAGAUGGUCAACGUCAGAGCUAGCGCUACACUGCGUCUGUUUGUCCCCAUCAAAGGAAAGCCUGAGCCUGAGGUGAAAUGGUCUAAAGCUGACGGAACCCUAACGGAGCGUGCUCAGAUUGAAGUCACCAGCUCCUACACAAUGCUGCUUAUUGACAAUGUGGACCGAUUUGAUACUGGCAAAUAUGUACUGACCCUGGAAAACCUCAUUGGCUCCAAAUCGGCAUUCGUUAAUGUCAGAGUUCUUGACUCCCCAAGCACUCCUGUUAACCUUGAGGUGAAGGAUGUCAAGAGGGACUCGGUCUCCCUCUCCUGGGAACCUCCUCUCAUUGACGGUGGGGCCAAGAUCUCCCACUACAUUGUGGAGAAGAGAGAGCAGAAGAGAAUGGGUUUCACCAGUGUAAGCAACAACUGUGUCAGGAACUCAUACAUUGUUUCUGACCUUCAAGUUGGGGGCCUGUACUAUUUCCGUGUGCUUGCCGUCAAUGAGCUAGGUGUGGGACUGCCUGCCUCCACAGAAGCUGUGAAGAUCUCUGAAAUACCACUGCCUCCUGGAAAGAUCACAGUGGUUGAUGUGACACGUCACACUGUCAGUAUGUCCUGGGAGAAGCCAGACCAUGAUGGAGGUAGCAAGAUCUCCCACUACAUUGUGGAGAUGCAGCCUAAGGGAGAUGAUAAAUGGACUGUGUGUUGUGAGAUCAAAGCACUGGAAGCUACUAUCAAUGGUCUUACAACUGGAGAAGAAUACUCCUUCAGGGUUACUGCCGUGAAUGACAAGGGCAAAAGUGAUGCCAAGCCACUUGCAAGCCCUGUUCUGGUGAAGGAUAUCACUAUUGAGCCCAUCAUCAACCUGAUGUUCAACACCUACAGUGUGAGGUCUGGAGAUGAUCUGAAGAUUGAUGUGCCAUUCAGAGGCAGACCUGAUCCAGAGGUCUCCUGGAAGAAGGAUGGACACUCACUCAAGCAGACCACCAGGGUCAAUGUUCUCACAUCCAAAACUUUGUCUACGAUUGUGAUCAAGGACACAACUAAGGAGGAUGUCGGAAAGUAUGAGAUUGUCCUGACAAACACAAUCGGUGCCAAAUCAGCUGAGAUUUCUGUAAUUAUCCUUGACAAACCGGGUCCUCCUAGCAAGAUAAAGGUUGAUGAGGUGAGUGCAGACUUUGUCUGUCUGUCCUGGGAUGCCCCAAGCUAUGACGGUGGCUGCCAGAUCAAUAACUAUGUGGUGGAAAAGAGAGACACCACCACAACUACAUGGCAGAUUGUCUCUGCCACUGUGGCCAGAACAUCGAUCAAAGUCAGCCGUCUAAACCAGGGCACUGAGUACCAGUUCCGCAUUGCAGCAGAAAAUCGCUAUGGCAAGAGCCAUGCCAUUGACUCUGCUCCCAUUAUUGCUCAGUAUCCUUUCGAGCCUCCCGGCCCACCUACCAAUAUCCAUAUUGCCCAAGCCUCCAGGUCUGGCAUGCUGGUGUUGUGGGACAGGCCUGCCAGUGAUGGUGGAAGCCCUGUGAUUGGAUAUCACGUUGAAUGUAAAGUUCAGAGCAGCAUUCUCUGGACGAAGGCCAACAGAGGCCUGCUUGCAGAGAACCAGUUUAAGAUGUCAGGAAUUGAAGAAGGUCUUCUGUAUCAGUUUAGAGUCUAUGCUGAGAAUAUUGCCGGCAUUGGUCUAUGCACCAAAGCAAGUGAGCCUGUCGCUGCCAGGGACCCAUGUGAUCCCCCACGCAAUCUCCAGGUUACCAACAUAACUAGAACCUCGGUUUCCCUCUUCUGGGAAAGACCUGACAACGAUGGUGGAGCCAAGGUUGUUGGCUACAUUGUGGAGCGAAGAGAGCUUCCUGAUGGACGCUGGCUGAAGUGCAACUUUGCCAAUCUGCUGGACACCUACUUCGAUGUCACAGGUCUCACAGAAGAUUUGCAGUAUGACUUCCAUGUCAUCGCUAAGAAUUCGGCUGAGCUGUUGAGCGCUCCCUCUGAGGCGACAGGGCCUAUCACCGUCAAGGAUGAUGUAGAUCCACCCGCUAUUACCUUAAACGAGAAGUUGCGACAGUUGGUUGUUGUCAAGGCAGGAGAGAUAAUCAAGAUUGAUGCUGAUAUCACUGGCCGUCCCCUCCCUGUUGUCUCCUGGUCCAAGGAUGGGAAGGAGAUUGAAGCGAAAGCUAGGUGUGAAAUAACCUCCACCAACUUCAAAACCACCCUCAUAGUGAGAGACAUUAUCAGGAAAGACUCAGGACAGUAUGUUCUGACCCUGCAGAAUGUUGCAGGCUCCAGGGCUGUGGCUAUCAACUGUAAGGUCCUCGACAGACCCGGGCCUUCUUCUGGACCACUGGUGGUGUCCGGCUUGACUGCAGAAAAAUGCAACCUGGUGUGGGGGCCUCCACAAGAGAACGGAGGUGCUGAGAUCAUACACUAUAUCGUGGAGAAACGGGAAACUAGCCGCCUUGCUUGGACUCUGGUCCAUGGAGACAUGAAGGCCACUACAUGCAAAGUUACGAAGCUGCUCAAAGGAAAUGAGUACAUCUUCAGAGUCAGAGGUGUCAACAAGUAUGGAGAUGGUGAGGCCCUGGAGAGUGAGCCUACCAAGGCUAUGGAUCCCUUCACCAUCCCGUCUGCUCCAACUAACGUUCAGGUCACUGCCGUCACCAGCGAAGCCAUGACUAUCUGCUGGGAGAGGCCGGCCUCUGAUGGUGGCAACAGCAUCUCUGGCUACGUCAUCGAAAAACGGGAGAAGACUGGUCUUCGUUGGUGCCGCGUAAACAAGAAGCCUGUCUAUGACCUCAGAGUGAAGGCUUCCAAGCUGCGUGAUGGCUGUGAAUAUGAGUACAGAGUUUUUGCAGAGAAUGCUGCUGGUCUCAGUGCUUCCAGCACCCCCUGCCCACUCACCAAGGCUGAAGAUACACAGUUCCUGCCUUCACCCCCAGCUAAGCCCAAAAUCAUUGACUCUUCCAAGACCACUGUCACCCUGUCCUGGAACAAACCAUUGUUUGAUGGUGGAGCACCUGUGACUGGCUACAUGAUAGAAUAUAGGAAAGCAUUUGAUGAUGAAUGGAUUAUUGGCGUUCAGAGCACUAAAAACACAGAGUUCACCGUGGUGGGGCUAACUGCUGGAACUGAAUAUGUGUUUGUUGUAAAGUCUAUCAACAAGGUUGGAGUCAGUGAGCCUAGUCCUGAGUCAGACACACAGGUAGCCAAAGAGAGAGAGGAAGAGCCAGUCUUUGACAUCAGCAAUGAGAUGAGGAAGACUCUGAUUGUUAAGGACGGGAGCUCCUUUACAAUGAAAGUGCCUUUCAGAGGCAGACCUGUUCCCGAUGUGACGUGGACCAAGGCAGAUGUGGACUUGAGGGUCCGUGCAGUCAUCGACACUACAGACACUUAUACCUCAAUCACCCUGGAAAAGGCAACCCGCGAAGACUCUGGCAAGUACACCAUCACCUUGUCUAACGUUGUAGGAACAACCACUCUGACACUUCACCUCAGAGUCCUUGACUCCCCUGGACCUGCUACUAACGUGGAGGUCAAGGACGUGACCAGGACCUCUGCUACAGUGACCUGGGACACUCCGGAGAAUGAGGGAGGUGGACCAGUGAAGAACUACCUUGUGGAUUUCCGAGAAGCCAGUAAAAAGGGCUGGACCAGGCUGACCGACACCUGCCACAGACUAACUUACAAGGUCUCAGACCUACAGGAGGGAAUGGUGUAUUACUUCAAAGUUACAGGGGAGAACGAGUACGGAACUGGUGUUUCUGCAGCAACCAAGGAGGGAAUCAAGAUUACAGAAAAACCGAGCCCUCCACCAAAGCUGGGUGUGACUGAUGUGUCCAAGGAAAGCGUGUCUCUGAUCUGGGCUAAACCAGAGCAGGACGGAGGCAGCAGGGUUACCAGCUACCUGGUGGAAGCUCUGGAGAAGGGCCAGGAGAAAUGGGUCAAAUGUGGUGUGACCAAGUUCAUCCACUUCACUGUGUCUGGUCUCAGAGAGAAUUCAGAGUACUUCUUCAGAGUCAGAGCGGAGAACCAUGCUGGCUUCAGUGAUAUCAAAGACAUGAUGACACCUGUGAUGGUCAAAGACCAAUUUGAAUCUCCUGAGCUCAUUAUGAAUGACUUCCCACACAACACAGUGUACGUCCACGCUAGGUCUACCCUAAAGUGUGAGAUACCACUUACCGGCAGACCACUUCCAAAGGUCAGCCUGUCGAAGAACAAUGUAAUCCUCAAGUCUACCAUGAGGUUCAACUCUGAGGUCACUCCUGACAGCAUCAAAAUCACCCUGAGGGAGAGUAUAUCCGGGGACUCUGGACGCUAUGACAUCACAGCCUCCAACUCCAGUGGAACUACAAAGACUUUCCUGAACAUUGUAGUUCUGGACCGCCCCAGUGCUCCAAUUGGACCAGUGGAGGUCUCAGAUGUCACAGAGGACAGUGUGGGCCUGCAGUGGUCCCCCCCAGCCUAUGAUGGCGGCAGCCCUAUUACCAACUAUGUCAUCCUGAAGAGAGAAACAACUGCUGCCAAUUGGAUAGAGGUCUCCUCUGCAGUGGCCCGCUGCACAAUGAAGAUCAUGAAGCUAACCACCGGUCUGGAGUAUCAAUUCAGAAUCAGAGCUGAGAACAAAUAUGGAAUCAGCGAGCACCUGGACUCAACGCCCGUCUCUGUCAACCUUCCCUACACCUUCCCUGAUGCUCCAUCCACUCCCGAAAUCACGGGGGUCACUAGAGAGACCAUCACUGUGGCCUGGAAGGAGCCCAAGUCUGAUGGUGGCAGCCAUGUGUUUGGUUACCACCUCCAGAUGAAGGACAGGAACAGCAUUCUGUGGCAAACCGUCAACAAGACAGUAAUUCGUGCAACACACUGCAAGGUUACCAACAUCAAUGCAGGGCUCAUCUAUGAGUUCAAGGUCGCCGCACAGAACGCCGCAGGAGUCGGCCCCCUCAGCAAGAUCUCUGAUGCUGUGCUGGCCAUCGACGCAUGUGAGCCUCCCAUCAACUUACGCAUCAGUGACAUCACAAAACAAUCCAUCAGCCUGGCCUGGAAGAAACCAAACUAUGAUGGUGGCUCCAAGAUCACCGGUUACAUGAUAGAGAAGCGAGAGGACACGAACAAACGAUGGACCAAGGCCAACCUGACUAACAUAUCAGAUACACGUUACACUGUGACUGGUUUGACCCAGGACCAGACCUAUGAGUUCAGAGUGAUGGCCAAGAACGCAGUGGGCUCCAUCAGUAACCCAUCCUCCAUUGCUGGACCCGUCGCCUGCGUUGACACCUAUGGUGCUCCAGAGAUUGAAGUGUCACAAGAGUACCUGAGCGAGGUGAGGUACAGUGCCGAGUCUUCUGUGGAGCUCAAGUUCAACAUCACUGCUAAACCCACUCCCACUAUAGAGUGGUCAAAGGAUGGCAAAGAGCUGAAGCCUAGUGCCCAGCUCUCCUUCAAGCACACUGCUGAGUCCACAAGUCUGUUCCUGAGAGACACCACUCGUCUCAACUCUGGUUCUUACGAAGUCAAGGUCAAGAACUCGCUUGGGUCAGCCUAUGCCACUGUUAGGCUGCUUAUUCAAGAUAAGCCUGGUCCUCCUUCUGGAGAGAUCCAGUUGAAGAAGGUGACAGCCGACAACAUCACCAUCAUGUGGGCCCCGCCCUCUGACGAGGGAGGCGCCAUGGUGACUCACUACAUCGUGGAGAAGCGGGAGACCAGCAGGAUCAUGUGGUCCAUCAUCUCAGAGAAGCUGGUGGACUGCAUCGUGAACGUGCCAAGACUCAUCAAGGACAACGAGUACAUCUUCAGGGUCAGAGGAGUCAACAAAUAUGGAGUCGGAGAUCCGCUUGAGUCUGAACCGGUCGUCGCCAGGAAUGCUUUUGUUGCUCCCAGCGAGCCAUCCAAACCUAAGGUGACGAUGAUUACCAAAUCCACCAUGACUGUUAUUUGGGAGAGGCCAGCAAUAGAUGGAGGCAGCGACAUCGAUGGCUACUAUCUGGAGAAGAGAGAGAAGAAGAGCUUGCAGUGGUUCAAGGUGGUGAAGGGCACCAUCAGAGACACCAGGCAGAAGGUGGGCAGCCUGGUGGAGAACCAUGAGUACCAGUACAGAGUAUGUGCUGUCAACAAGGCUGGGGCAGGAAACUACUCAGAGGACUCUGACCUCUACAAGGCCUACGACCCUAUCGACCUCCCUGGGGAGCCUUCCAAACUGAGGGUGGUGGACUCCACAAAGACCUCCAUCACUCUGGGCUGGGAGAAGCCUGUGUACGAUGGAGGCAGUGAGAUUACACACUAUGUUGUGGACCUGAUGAACACUGAAGAAAGAGAAUGGGUGACCAUCAGCUCCCAAGGAGAGGUCAGGACCUGUGAAUACGUCGUGUCCCACCUCAAACCUGGAACAUACUACUUCUUCCGCGUCGCUGCCGUUAACUGCAAGGGCAAAGGAGAAGACAUCAAGAUGUACUCACCUAUACAGGCCAAAGAUAUCCUGGAGGAGGCCGACAUGGAUCUAGAUGUUCCCAUGACAACCCAGUACAUCGCAAAGGCGGGUCGUGACGUGGAGGUGUUCAUCCCCCUGAAGGGACGCCCAUCCCCUAAUGUCACCUGGCGCCGUGAUGACCGCAACAUGGCUGGUGAUAACCGCUACACCAUCAACAGCUCUGAACGUGCGACCAGCCUCCUCAUCCCCAAGGUGACGCGUGACGACUGUGGCAAGUACCUGCUGGAGAUUGAAAACGGUGUUGGAGAACCCAAGAUCAUCUCCAUCUCACUCAAGGUCCUGGACAGUCCGUCCACUUGCCAGAAACUGAUAAUCAAGAACGUGACAAGAGGACGACUGAGCCUCAGCUGGGAGGCUCCUCUGAUCGACGGAGGCUCUCCUGUUACCAAUUACAUCGUUGAGAAAAAGGCAUCCACAAUGAAGGCCUACCAGGUGGUGUCUGCCGAGUGUGCCAACACCUCCUACAAGGUGACUGAUCUGGAGGAGGAUUUGGCCUAUUUCUUCAGAGUAUCAGCUGAAAACGAACAUGGCAUUGGGGACACCUGUGAGACAUCUGAGCCCGUUAGAGCGACAGAGACCCCAGGCGCUGUCAAAGACCUGGUCAUGUUGGAUUCCACUAAGGCCUCUGUCACUCUGCAGUGGACCAGGCCUGAUCAUGAUGGAGGCAGCCACAUCUCAGACUACAUCAUUGAGAAAAGAACAAAGGAGGACCCAAACUGGACUCUUGGUGCAAGCUGCAAGCGCUGCAGCUGUGAGGUGACUGGACUAAAGGAGAAUGCCAUCAUGGACUUUAGGGUAUUUGCCAAGAAUGAGAAGGGCAACAGUGAUUUUUCCCAGAUUAGCUCCAUCACGGUCAUGGACUUCAUAAUCCCACCAGAAGCAAACCUUAUUGACUAUCCCAACGGAGACCUGGCGGUUCGUAUCGGCCAGAACAUCCACAUUGAGCUGCCCUUCAAGGGAAAACCUAGUCCUAUGAUCAGCUGGAUGAAGGACAAUGUGCCUCUGAAGGAGAGUGAGAACGUUCGCUUUAGGACCACAGACCACAGGACAUCUGUUACAGUCAGAGGAGCCAAAAAGGAGCACGCCGGCCAGUAUACACUGGUUCUAGAUAACAGAGCGCUGAAGAACUACUUUGACAUUAAUGUCAUCACUCUAGGAGCCCCCUCUGUGCCUCUUGGUCCCAUCCGUUUUGAUGAAAUCAAAGCCCAACACAUCAUCAUCUCCUGGGAUGAACCAAAGGAGAACGGGGGUGGUGAGAUCACCUGCUACAUUGUAGAAAAGCGAGAGACAUCCCAUGCCAACUGGAAGAUGGUAUGCUCCAGUGUGGUCAGGACAAGCUUCAAGAUCCCAAACCUGGUGAAGGGAACAGAGUACCAGUUAAGAGUCCGUGCUGAGAAUAAGUAUGGCGUCAGCGAGGCACUGAACUCCUCUAAUAUCAUUGCCCAACACCAGUACAAACCCCCGGGCGGUCCAGGUAAGCCUGUUGCCUACAAUGUCACCAGUGAUGGUAUGACCAUACAAUGGGAGGCCCCUGGCUUUGACGGAGGCUCUCCCAUCAUGGGCUACCAUGUUGAGAAGAAGGACAGGAACAGUCUUCUGUGGCAGAAGGUCAACUCCAGCAUCAUCUCCAACAGAGAAUACAGAAUCAUUGGCCUGAUUGAAGGUCUGGAGUACUCUUUCAGAAUUUAUGCUGAGAAUAACGCCGGCCUUAGCCCUGUUAGUGAACAGAGCAAGCACCGCCUGGCAAUCUCUCCUGUUGAUCCACCUGGAACUCCGAACUGCAUUGAUGUGACCAGAGACUCGGUGACACUGCAGUGGGACGUUCCCAAGAGAGAUGGAGGCAGUAAGAUCGUGGGCUACAGUGUAGAGCGACGUCAAGGCAGGGCCAAGUGGCUGCGCUGCAACUUCACUGACAUCAGUGAGACGCAGUUCACCAUCACCAGCCUUUCUGCUGGAGAUCGCUUUGAGUUCAGAGUGAUCGCCCGCAACGCUGUGGGCACAGUGAGCCCUCCUUCCAACUCCUCUGGAUACAUCAUGACCAAGGACGAGAGCAUCACUCCAGAAAUCGAGUGGAAUGCUCAUCAGGCUUCGACCCUGAGAGCCGGAGAGAACAUCAAACUGAGCUGCCGCAUCACCGGAAGGCCCAUUCCCCAGGUGACCUGGUACAAAGACGGCAAGGAGAUCGACAAGAGAACCAUGAUUGACAUGGAGAUCGCUACCAACAUUGGCUCCAGCAGUCUCUUUGUUCGUGACACAGACAGGAACCACCGUGGCAUCUACACUGUGGAGGCCAAGAACAGCUCAGGCGCCAAGAGAGCUGACGUGAAUGUCAGGGUUCAAGACACCCCAGGGCCCGUAGAGGGACCUAUUCGCUUCACCGGCAUAACUGCUGAGAAGUGCACAGUGUGGUGGAACCCGCCAGAGAAUGACGGCUGUGCUGGCAUCACUCACUACGUGGUAGAGAAGAGGGAGACAUCCAGGAUCUCCUGGGCCACCGUAACAUCCAAGUGUGAGGCCUGCUCCUUCAACGCCGCCAACCUCAUCAAGGGCAAUGAGUACCAGUUCAGAAUCUCUGCUGUCAACAAGUAUGGUGUUGGCAAACCACUGGACUCUAAUCCAAUCGUUGCUCAAAUGCAAUACACCGUGCCUGAAGCUCCAGGUACCCCAGAUUCCACCCAUCUGACUGGAGACAGCAUCACGUUGUGCUGGACCAGGCCCAGGAGUGAUGGAGGAAAUGAGAUCAAACACUACACCCUUGAGAGAAGGGAGAAAAAGAGUCUGCGUUGGGUCAAGGUUUCCUCCAAGAGGCCCAUCACAGAACUCAGACACAGAGUCACUAACCUUACCCAGGGCAACGAGUACGAGUUCCGUAUCAUGGCUGAGAAUGGAGCUGGGGUCGGCCCCACCAGCAGCACCUCCAGGCUCUUCAAAUGCAGAGAGCCGACCAGUGCUCCUAGUGCUCCAACUCUGGUCAAGGUGGUGGACUCCACCAAGUCCUCUGUCUCCCUCGAAUGGACCAAGCCAGUAUUUGAUGGUGGCUUGGAGAUCAUUGGGUACAACAUUGACAUGUGUAAGGCCAGUCUGGAAGAGUGGCACAGAGUCAACAACCAGAUCUGUAUCAACACCAGGUACACCACCAAGGGCUUGGUGGCUGGCGAACUCUACAAGUUCAGAGUUAGUGCUGUCAACGGAUCAGGACAGGGAGAGUCUGGGACCUCCAAUACCGUUCAGGCCCUGGAUCGACUCACUUCUCCUGAGAUCGACAUUGAUGCAAGCUUCAAGCAGACACACAUUGUGAAGAAUGGCCACUCUGUCACCCUUCACAUUGCUUUCCGGGGCAAACCAGCUCCUCUGGCUACCUGGACUAAGGCGGGUGGAGAACUUCCUAUUAUGGCAGAUGUCAACACUACAGAAUCUUUCUCCACAAUGACCAUUGAAAGCUGUACCCGCUACGAAGCUGGCAAGUACACCCUGUCGCUGGAGAACAACGGUGGCUGCAAGUCAAUCACCUUCACUGUCAAGGUGCUUGACACCCCUGGGCCUCCAGGAGCUAUCACUUUCAAAGACGUUACCCGUGGAGCACUGACCAUGAUGUGGGAUGCCCCAACCAAUGACGGAGGAGCCCGCGUCCAUCACUACAAGGUAGAGAAGCGUGAAGCCAGCCGUCUUGCUUGGCAGGAGGUUAGCUCUAAAAGCUCCCGCCAGAUGAUCCGAGUCACCGGAUUGGACAUUGGUUUACCAUAUCUCUUCAGAAUAAUCGCCGUAAACCAGUAUGGACAUGGAGAGCCUCACGAGAUGACAGAGCCCGUGGUGGCUACAGAGGAGCCAGCUCCACCCAAGAGGCUGGAUGUCGUUGACACCACCAGCUCCACUGCCUCCCUGGUGUGGCUGAAACCUGAACACGACGGAGGCAGCCGCAUCAGAGGCUACAUAGUGGAGUUUAGAGUGAAAGGUAGCGACUGCUGGGUUCUAGCUGGGGAGACCAAAUCGCUUAAAAUGCUUGUGGAGGGUCUGACGGAGAACUCAGAGUAUGACUUUAGGGUCAAGGCCAAGAACGACACUGGAGUCGGCGAACCCCAGGGAACCUUUACCUCUGUGGUGAUCAAGGAACCUCGCAUUGAGCCCACGGCCGACCUCAGCAGCAUUACCAACCAACUCAUCACCUGCAAGACCUCCAACACCUUUACCCUCGACAUCCCCAUUAGUGGAAGGCCUGCUCCCAAGGUGACCUGGAAGCUGGAAGAAAUGAAGCUGAAGGAAACUGACAGAGUAUUCAUCAGAACAACCAAUGAAAGAACUACGCUGGUGGUCAAAGACAGCAAGAGGAGAGACAGUGGCAAGUACUACCUGAUCCUGGAGAAUGCUGCUGGAGUCAAGACCUUCACUGUGACCACAUUGGUGGUGGGCCGACCGAGUGCCCCCACUGGCCCAGUGGAGAUAUCUGGUGUGUCUUCAGAGUCCUGCAGCCUGUCCUGGUCCGAGCCUGCUGACGACGGUGGCACAGAGAUCACCAACUACAUCGUAGAGAAAAGGGAGUCAGGCCAUUCCUCUUGGCAGGUGGUAAACUCCAGUGUAAAGAGAACCACCAUUAAGGUGACUCACCUGACCAAGUACAUGGAGUACACCUUCAGGGUGUGUGCUGAAAACAAGUUUGGAGUCAGCAAAUCAAUUGAGUCUGCUGCAGUGGUAAUUGAACAUCCAUUCGUCUCUCCCAGUCCUCCUACUCGUCCAGACGUGGUAUCUGUAUCUGCUAGUGCCAUCAGCAUUAAAUGGGACCUGCCUUAUGCUGAUGGAGGCAGUGCUUUGACUGGCUACUGGAUUGAGAAGAAGGAGAGAAACACCAUUCUGUGGGUGAGAGAGAACAAGCUGCCUUGCCUGGAGUGCCAUUACAAGGUUUCCAACCUGAUCGAGGGCCUGGAAUACCAGUUCAGGGUGUAUGCCAUGAACAUUGCAGGACUCAGCAAAGCCAGCGAGGCAUCCAGACCUGUGAUUGCCCUCAACCCAGUUGAUCCUCCUGGUAAACCCGAAGUGACAGACAUUACCCGUUCCUCCGUCACCCUGGCCUGGACUGUGCCUUCCAACGAUGGAGGUAGUAAGAUUGUUGGCUACGUGGUGGAGAGGAAGGUCUACAGCACAGAUGAGUGGGACGACAACCGCUGGCUGAAAUGUAACUACACCACCAUCACCGAGACUUACUUCACCGUGGCCAGCCUUGGAGAAGGAGAGACCUUUGAGUACCGGGUCAUCGCCAAGAAUGCUGCUGGAGUUCAUAGUGCUCCCUCCGAGACCACUGGACCCGUCACAUGCAAGGAUGAAUACUCUCCUCCCAAAGCUGAACUCGACAGCAAGCUGAUGGGCGAGACUGUCACUGUCCGAGCUGGAUCAGACCUUGUCCUAGACGGGGCUGUGGGAGGAAAGCCAGAACCUAAGGUGUUUUGGUCCAAGGGAGAGAAAGUUCUGGAGCUGGGAGAGAAAUACUCUCUAACCUACACCACCACUAGAGCCAUGGCUGUCAUCAAGAACUGUGACCGAUACGACACUGGCAGAUACAUCCUGACAGUCAAGAAUGCCAGUGGAAUCCGGACCGCUGCAGUUAAUGUGAAAGUCCUCGACACCCCUGGAGCUCCAGCUGAUAAGAUAGUGAUCAGCCGUGUCACUGAGGAAAAGUGCUCGGUGUCCUGGAAGAUUCCUCUGGAGGACGGGGGAGACUUGGUAACACACUACAUUGUGGAGCGAAGAGAGACCAGCCGCCUCAACUGGGUCAUCAUGGAGACGGAGUGCAAGACACUGUCCUGCGUCAGCAGCAAACUCAUCAAGAACAACGAGUACGUCUUCAGAGUCAGAGGAGUCAAUAAGUAUGGAGCUGGAGUCCCUCAGGAGUCUGAGCCAGUCGUCGCCAGGAAUGCCUACACCAUCCCAACGCCACCAGGUACCCCUGAGACCACGGCGGUGGGCAAAGAGCAUGUCAUCAUUGAAUGGAUGAAGCCGGAGAGCGAUGGAGGCAGCGAGAUCAAGACCUACAUGGUGGACAAACGAGAGAAGAGCAGCACCAGAUGGACGCGCGUCAAUAAGACCUUCACCAUCUAUGACACUCGCCUGAAGAUCACAGGCCUGUUGGAGGGUAGUGACUACCAGUUUAGAGUGACGGCGAUCAACGCAGCCGGCAGCAGUCAGCCAAGCGAUGCCUCUCCUUACAUCCUCUGCAAGGACCCCACUUAUACCCCGGCACCCCCCUCAGUUCCUCGCAUCACUGACACCACCAAGCACAGUGUUAGUCUGAUCUGGACGCGACCCAUGUACGAUGGUGGCUCAGAUGUCACUGGCUACGUGGUGGAGAUCCUGGAGGAGGACUCUGAGCAGUGGUACCGUGCCACUGCCAAACCUAUCAAGACCAAUAAGUAUGUCGCUGCCGGUCUGGCAUCCAAUAAGAAAUACUGCUUCAGGGUUGCGGGCACCAACAGCAACGGCACUGGAGAGUUCAGUGAGCCCUGCGUGCCCAUAGAACCCGUGGAGAGAGUUGACAUGCCGGAACUGGAGCUGGCUGAAGACCUGAAGAAAACAGUUUGUUUGCGUGCCGGGGGAACCCUUCGCCUCUUUGUGGCAGUAAGCGGCCGGCCGACCCCCGUGGUGACAUGGAGGAAGACCGGGGUGGAGCUCCAAAGCAGAGGCUUCAUUGAGACCACUGACAGUCACACAUGUCUGGUUGUUGAGAAGGUUGACCGCUAUGAUUCAGGGAAAUAUGUUGUGGAAGCUGAAAACCCCUCUGGAAAGAAGACCACCACCAUUCUGGUUAAAAUCUACGAUACCCCUGGGCCUCCAGGUUGUGUGAAUGUGAAGGACUACACCAAGGAGUCUGUGGUCAUCACCUGGGAUCCCCCAAGCAUUGAUGGUGGAGCUCAUGUCAGCAACUACAUUGUGGAGAAGCGUGAAGCCAACAUGAAGUCCUACAAGACAGUCACCACUGAGUGCAGGAAGACAUUGUUCAGGAUUUCUGGCCUGGAGGAAGGAAUCCACUAUUUCUUCAGAGUCCUACCAGAGAACAUCUAUGGCAUCGGUGAACCCUGCGAGACCUCAGAGGCUGUGCUGGUAUGUGAAGUUCCUUCUGUACCGAUGGACCUCCAGAUUGUGGAUGUGACAAAGUCCACCAUCUCACUACGCUGGGAGAAGCCUCUCCAUGAAGGAGGCAGCAGGCUAACGGGCUACAUCAUCGAGGCCUGCAAGGUGGGAUCAGACAGAUGGAGCGCCGUUGCAACCGUUAAAUCUUCGGUUUCCCAGCACACGAUCCAGUCCCUGACAGAAAACGACCAGUACCUGUUCAGAAUAAGAGCCACCAACAGCAGAGGCAUGAGCGAGCCCAUGGACAUCAUCACCCCUGUCACCAUCCAGGAGAUCAAAGUAAUGCCAAUGAUCGACAUGACCAGCAUCCCUCAGAAGAUAGUCCAUGUGCACUGUGGAAAACCCAUCGACCUGAACAUGCCCAUCAAGGGACGUCCUCAGCCCAUCUGCAGCUGGUUCUUUGGAGGCGUGAAGAUGAAGGAUAGCCUGGAACGCAUUAAAAUCGACAGCAACGGCAAAUACACUCGUCUUGUGGUGCGUGAGACAACAAUUAAUGAUACCGGAAACUACUCCCUGGAGGUGAAGAACAGCGUUGGAACAGUUAGAGAGGUCAUGAAGGUCAUCAUCCUUGACAAACCAGGUCUCCCAGUGGGUCCAGUUCGUAUUGAUGAGGUUGAUGGGUUGUCUGUGACAAUGAGCUGGGAUCCUCCAGAGAAAGAUGGUGGAGCUAAUGUCAGCGGUUAUGUGGUUGAGCAGCGUGAAGCCCACCGACCUGGCUGGAGCACGGUGUCAGAGUCUGUGACCAGACCCUGCUUUAAGUUCACCAGACUCACUGAAGGCACUGAAUACGUCUUCCGUGUCGCUGCCAUGAAUCGCUUUGGUUUUGGAGGCUUCCUUCAGUCAGAGGUGGUGGAGUGCAAGAGCGCCAAGACUAUCCCUGGACCCCCCAGCAGACCAGAGGUGGUUGAUGUGACCCGCGAGGGCAUGACUUUGACAUGGCAGGCACCAGAGGACAAUGGUGGCUCCACCAUUGCCGGCUACAUAAUUGAGCGUAAGCAGGCUGGUUCCGACAGAUGGAUGCCAAUAAGCAAGAACCCUGUCACCAUGACUCGGUUCCGCUCCUCUGGGCUGAUCGAGGGUCUCGAAUACGAACACAGAAUCACCGCCAUCAACUCGAGAGGAGCUGGCAAACACAGCGAGACCUCAGUCAUCACGGUGGCCAUGGAUCCAAUUGAGCCUCCAAGCGCUCCUCUCCAUCCCAGAGUCACAGACACUACCAGGACCUCUGUGUCUUUGGCAUGGCUUCGUCCUGAGGAGGAGGGUGGCUCUGUGGUGAACGGCUACUUGAUCGAGAUGCAGAAGGUAGACCAGGUGGAAUGGACAAAGUGCAACACCACUCCAAUAAAGAUGUGUGAAUACACCCUGACACACAUGCCCCAGGGAGCAGAGUACAAGUUCCGAGUCAUGGCCUGCAAUGCUGGCGGCCAUGGAGAACCGGCCGAGCUGCCAGGUGUGGUGAAGGUCCAGGAGAUGCUUGACUACCCGGACUAUGAGCUGGAUCCUAAAUAUGAGGAGGGAUAUGUGGUGAGGCAGGGCGGAGUGGUUUGCCUAUCUGUGCCCAUCAAGGGUAAACCUCUUCCUAUAUGCAAGUGGACCAAGGAUGGCCGUGACAUUUCCCACAGAGCCAUGAUCGCCACCCAUGAUGAUGUCACCGAACUAGUCAUCAAGGAUGCCGACAAAGAUGACACCGGAACCUAUGACUUGGUGCUGGAAAACAAAUGUGGCAAAAAGGCUGUCUACAUUAAGGUGAAGGUAAUUGGGCGCCCAGAUGUGCCAGAAGGUCCUCUGGAGUUUGAUGACAUCCAGGCACGCUCGGUCCGAGUCAGCUGGAGGCCUCCUUCAGACGAUGGGGGCUCGGACAUCCUGGGCUAUCUUGUGGAGAGAAGAGAGGUUCCAAAGGCUGCCUGGUGUACAGUAGAUUCCAGAGUUACUGAGACCUCGCUGGUGGUGAAAGGACUGAAGGAGAAUGUGGAGUAUCACUUCAAGAUCUCCGCUGAGAAUCAGUUUGGCGUUAGCAGAUCCCUCAAGUCUGAGGAUGCUGUCACGCCAAAAACACCUCUGUGCCCACCGGAACCCCCCAGCAACCCAGCAGAGAUCAUGGAUGUGACCAAGACCUCAGUCUCUCUGUCCUGGGCUCGUCCCAGGGAUGAUGGAGGCUCCAGGGUUACUGGCUAUUAUGUGGAGAGGAGGGAAGUGUCCACAGAGAAGUGGGUCCGCCACAACAGAACACACAUCACCACCACCAUGUACAAUGUGACCGGCCUCAUCCCUGAUGCAGAGUACAUGUUCAGAGUCAUAGCUCAGAAUGAGAUUGGCCAGGGUGAAGCUGGACCUCCCUCAGAGUCUGUGAUCUGCAAAGAUCCAUUCGACAAACCUAGCCAGCCAGGGGAGAUUGACAUCAUCUCUGUCACCAAGGACUGCAUCACAAUCCACUGGUUGAGACCUGAAACUGAUGGUGGAAAGGAGAUUCUGGGCUACUGGAUCGACUUCAGACAGGCCGGAGAGAGUGCCUGGAAGAGGUGCACCAAGGAGCGCUCUAAGGACCGCCAGUUCACCAUGGGAGGUCUGAUUGAGGCCACUGAGUAUGAAUUCAGAGUGAUGGCUGAGAACGAGACUGGACUCAGCCGGCCCCGCAGAACACCAAUGGGCAUUAAGACCAAGCUGAGUGUUGGUGAGGCUCCAGCCCUGAAGGAGGAUGUCCAAGAUGUCACUACCAAGCUUGGAGAGUCUGGAACUCUAACCUGUGGCAUCAUUGGCAGACCACUGCCUGAGAUAAAAUGGUAUCGCUACGGCAAGGAGCUGAUUCAGAGCCGCAAGUACAAGGUGAGCUCUGAUGGUCGCAACCACUCCCUGAGCAUUAUGACGGACGAGCAGGAGGACGAAGGUGUGUACACCUGUAGGGCCGUCAACGACGCCGGAGAGGUUGAGACCAGCGGUAAACUACGACUCCAGGCAGCCCCUCAGUUCCACCCUGGUUUCCCCCUCAAAGAGAAGUACAAUGCUGGUUGUGGAACCAGCCUGAGGCUGCAUGUGGUCUACAUCGGCCGGCCAAUCCCCCAGAUCAUGUGGUUCUAUGGCAAGAAGCCCCUGAACGCUUCAGAGAAUGUGAUAAUUGAGAACACUGAAAGCUACACCCACCUGGUGGUGCGGAAUGUCCAGAGGAAGAGCAAUGCUGGCCGCUACAAGGUGCAGCUCAGCAAUAUCUAUGGAACUGUCGACACUUCACUGCGGGUUGAAAUCCAGGACAAGCCAUGCAUACCUGAAGGCCCCAUAGUUGUUGAUGCCUUGCUUAAGAGCUCAGUCAUCAUCAGCUGGAAAGCUCCCAAGGACGAUGGAGGCUCAAUGAUCACCAACUACAUUGUGGAGAAGCGAGAGGCCAAGGAAGGGGAGCAGUGGAACCUGGUGUCCUCGUCUGUCUCUGGUACCACCUGCCGUGUUCCCAACCUGGUUGAGAGCGCUGGAUACUACUUCAGAGUGUCUGCUCAGAACCAGUACGGAGUCAGCGAGGCUCUGGAGAUCCCAUCCGUCCUCAUCAUUAAGAGUCCAUUCGAGAAGCCUGGAAUCCCCCAGCAGCCUUUUAUUGUCAGCUCCGACAAGAACUCAUGUGUUGUCUGCUGGAAGGCUCCAAGCAGCGACGGAGGAGCUAAGGUCUCGAACUACUACCUUGAGAAACGUGAGAAAAAGCAGAACAAAUGGAUGUCCGUAACCUCCAAGAAAAUCCAGGAGACCAACUAUGAGGUCAGAGGACUGAUCGAGGGCUUUGAGUACGAGUUCCGCGUCAAAUGUGAGAAUAUUGGUGGAGAGAGUGAGUGGAGCGAGAUCUCUGCACCAAUCACCCCCAAGUCAGACCAAGCACCCUGUGCACCAAUCUUCAGGGAGGAGAUAAGGGACAUGACCGUCAAGUAUCACGCCAAUGCCACCUUUGUCACUAAGGUGGUUGGGCAUCCCAAGCCUAUGGUUAAAUGGUACCGUGGUGGAAAAGAGCUUCUGGCAGAUGGAACGAAGAUGAAGGUCCAGGAAUUCAAGGGAGGAUACUACCAGCUCGUCAUUCACACCGCUGAUGAGAGCGACGCUACAAUUUACCAGUUCAGAGCCACCAACGCUGAAGGAUCCAUCUCCACCACAGUCAAUCUAGAUGUAGAAGUUCCAGCAAAGAUCCAUCUGCCGAAAGAGCUGCAGGGCAUGGGAGCAGUUCAUGCUGUCCGUGGUGACAUCGUUACCAUCAAGAUUCCCAUCACAGGCAAGCCUGAGCCAGCCAUCAUCUGGCAGAAGGGCCAGGAGAUUCUCUCCAACUCUCCUUACCACCAAGUCAUCACCACCAGGUCCUUCACAUCAUUGGUCUUCCUCAAGGGAGUCCAGGCCAAGGAUAAUGGUUACUACAUUAUCACAGCCAAGAAUAGGUUUGGAAGUGACAAGCAGACCAUUGAGAUGGCUAUAGCUGAUGUUCCAGAGGCCCCAAAGUGCAUCAAGGUCAGCGACAUCUCUCGUGACUCAAUCACUCUGACAUGGGAGCCGCCUUACAAUGAUGGAGGAAGCCCCAUCACCAACUACAUUGUAGAGAAGUGCCCCACCACUGCGGACCGCUGGAUCCGUGCCGGACAUACCAGUGACAGUAGCUUCACUAUAAUCAAUGUGUUUGGAAAGACUAAGUACCAGUUCCGUGUAAUGGCUGAGAAUCAGUUCGGCCUGAGUCCUCCAUCUGAUCCAACCGAGCCAAUUACCACAAAAGAGGACAAGUCAGUGACCAGAAACUAUGAUGAGGAGGUAGAUGAAACCAGAGAGAUCAUUGCAGGUGAGGCUCCAUUCUACAAGGUUAAGGAGCUGUCCUCUAAAUAUAUCAUCUCUGAAGAGCUGGCUCGCUGUCAAUUUGGAAUUGUUCAUCGAUGUGUUGAGAUUGCCACAAAAAAGACCUUCAUGGCUAAAUUCAUUAAGGUCAAAGGAAUGGACCGUGAAUUAGUCCUUAGAGAGGUUGAAGCCCUUAACAUUGCCAGGCACCAGAACAUCAUAUACUUACACGAAUAUUUCGAGAGCAUGGAGGAGAUCAUCUUGAUCUAUGAAUUCAUUUCCGGAGUUGACAUCUUUGAGCGCCUUGGCACAGGAAACUUUGAGCUCACUGAGCAGGAGAUUGUCCGCUACUUGAGACAAGUCUGCACUGCACUCAAGUUCAUGCACAGCCAAAACUUUGGCCACUUGGAUAUUCGCCCUGACAACAUUGUGUACACCACAAGGAGAAGCACUGAGCUGAAGAUCAUUGAGAUGGGUCAGGCCAGGCUGCUUGUUCCAGGAGAGAACAUCAGAAUUCCGUUCUCUGCCCCAGAAUAUUGUGCUCCUGAGGUUCACCGCCAUGACCUCAUCUCAACAGCAACAGACAUGUGGUCCGUAGGUGUGAUGGCCUACGUUCUGCUCAGUGGCCUCAAUCCCUUCGCUGCAGAGUCCACUACUCAGAUGAUUGAGAACAUUUCCAGCUGUGAGUAUGUAUUUGAUAGUGAAGCCUUCAAGGACACCAGCCUACCGGCGAUGGACUUUAUAGACAGGCUUCUGAUCAAGGACAGAAAGCUGCGUAUGACAGCCACUGAGGCACUAGAGCACCCAUGGCUAAAGAUGAAGCUUGAAAAUGUCAGCACCAAGAACAUUAAGACACUGAGACAUAGGAGGUACUAUCAGACUCUAGUAAGGAGAACUGAGACCAUUGUCUCUUCUGCCAGAGUGGCCUUUGGUGGUGCCUUUAAGAACCAGAGAGCAUUAGCUGUGGGCAAAGUGAAGAUCGGAACAGAGCUCCACGGUUUGCGCGCAGGUCAAGUCAUGCAUGGAUCAGCUGAAGAGGGUGGAUACGUCCAAUUCACCUGUACUAUAGCUCAAUUCGACAAGAGCACUCAGGUGACAUGGUACUUUGGUAACCGCCAACUUCACUCCAGCUCCAAAUAUGAGAUUACCUACAGCAAUGGCUUGGCCAGCAUUUACGUGAAAGACAUUGAAGAAAGCGAUGACGGUGUGUACAAGUGCAAGGUGGUAAGCGACGAUGGAGAGGACCAUGCCUAUGGAGAGCUCUUUGUUGAGACGGUUAGAAGCAUCAGGGAGCACUACAUCAGCCGCUCUGUGAAGAGGCUGAGGAGGAAGGUUGACAAGUCCAUGCUGAUGCAAAGGCCACCAGAGUUCACUCUGCCUCUCUACAACCGCUUUGCUUAUAUUGGCGAAGAUGUGCGAUUUGGGGUCACCAUCACCGUACACCCUGAGCCUCAUGUGGCAUGGCUGAAGAAUGGACAGAGAAUCAAACCAGGAGAAAACGAUAGCAAAUACACCUUCACCAGUGACAAGGGUCUGUACCAGCUGAUGAUACAUAGCUUAAACAUGGAUGAUGAUGCUGAAUACACUGUGAUGGCCAAUAACAGGUUUGGGGAGGACAGCUGCAAGGCCCGCCUCACAGUAAGUCCUCACCCCGUGGUGGAGGAUACCAUGAGACCAAUGUUCAAGCGCCUUCUGGCUAACGUUGAGUGUGUGGAAGGAGACAGUGUCCACUUUGACCUUCGGGUUUCAGGAAUCCCCACUCCUACACUGACAUGGAUGAAGGAUGACAAGCCUCUACAUUUGGGCCCCAAGGUGGCAGUGGUCCAGGAAGACAUUGAUUACCAUGUCCUUCAUGUCAGAGAGACUCUGCUUGAGGAUUCUGGCAUUUACAAGGUCACUGCAUCCAAUUCUGCUGGCUCUGCAAGCUGCCAUGCCAUCCUGAAGGUGGAUCGCCUUACAUAUACCAGAAGAGAGUACAAGAGUGAGGAAGAGAGACACAGAUAUAUUCAGAAACAGAUAGAGAAAACUAACAAAAUGGCUCUACAUAUCGCCGCUACAGAGGAAAUGGUUCCUCUUAACCCUACUGCCCAGGAGGCUCUCAAAUUUGCUGCAGAAAUUUACAAGCCCGCCGUGAGCACAAAGAAUGUGGAGGGAGAGUUUGACAUCACAGUAGAGAAGUCAGAGACAAAGAAACUGGAGGAAGAGAGGAGGAUCUUCAUGCCAUAUGAAAUCCCUGAGCCUGUGGUUCAUGGCCCUACAGCUCUUGAUGAGGAUAAAACAAUCAAAUUGUUUGUGCCUCUGUCUGACAUGAAAUGGUACAGAAAGCUCCGAGACCAAUAUGAGGUUCCUGAGAAGAUGGAGAGGAUUGUACAGAAGAGACAAAGACGCAUUCGUUUGUCCAGAUGGGAGCAGUUUUAUGUCAUGCCGCUCCCCAGAAUCACAGACCAAUACAGGCCACGGUGGCGUAUUCCUAAACUCACUUUGGAUGACCUUGAGACAGUAAGACCAAGCCGCCUAUCACCCUCACCUGAGUCUGAGACCUCUUUCAGAUCCAGAAGGAGAUCUCUGGGAGACCUGAACGACGAGGAAAUGAUGAUGGACACCGAAGAGGAAAAGAUGAUGUUGGAGGAUGAGUUGGAGCUUGGUUUCUCCGCCUCUCGAUCCGGCAGUCCACACCGCUGUGAGCGUUGCGAUCCCGAACUGGAAGAGAGGAGGCAUCAGGAGGUCAUCAAACAAGAGCUUUUCGAGGUCUCUGAGACAAAGAAGAAGCGAACCGUUUCUCAGUUCAUGAGGAGGAGAAGGUCCCUUUCUCCUACAUACAUUGAACUCAUGCGCCCUGUUUCUGAGCUGCUGAGAAAACCACACACUCAGCCUGCGCUAGAAGUGGAAGGCAAAGCUGUAGAAAGGAGAUCUCCUACACCUGAGAGGACACGUCCCCGCUCCCCCAGCCCCAUCAGGUCAGCAGAGAGAUCCUCUCGUUCCUCCUCCAGAUUUGAGAGAUCUGCCCGAUUUGAUAUCAUGUCCCGUUACGAGGCCCGUAAGGCAACUCUGAAGUCGGAGAGGACAUACCAGGUGGUGAGUCAAACUCCAUUCAGCUUAGAUCACUCUCCCCGUGUCACCGUCAGGAUGCGUUCUCACCGUGUGCCAACUGGCCAGGAUACCAAGUUCACCCUAAACGUCCAAGCCAAGCCCUUUGCUGAGGUGAAAUGGUUCCACAGUGGGAUUGAAAUCUCUGAGAGCAGUGAAAAGUACAUCUUCACCAACAUGAGUGGUGUUCUGUCCAUCGCCAUCCUUGACUGCCAAGCUGAGGACAGCGGCACAUACCGUUGCGUCUGCUCCAACUCCAAGGGAGAGGCCUCCGACUACGGCACCCUGGAUGUGUCAGGUGGUGGUUAUACCACCUAUUCAUCUCGUCGUAAAGAUGAGGAAGCUCCUAAGCCAUAUGUUCCUGAAAUGACCAAAGUAGAGCAUUACCACAGCUCUCAAUUCAAGGCUGGCUACUCUGCUGAGACCCACUAUGAAGUAUUGGAGAGCAAGGCCAAGAUGCAGCAGACCACAGAGGUGGUGACACGUGACAGAUACGCAGCCUCAUCUGAGCAAUUCUCCUCUGCUGAGCGCUACGACUCCUCCAUCAAGUAUGCCUCUGCCGAGUACCUGUCUUCUACCUCCUAUUCCUCUGCUUCUUCUGAAAAAUUCUUAUCAUCUGAGGCUAGAAUAAAAUCCUCUUCUGACACUGCUGUCGAAGAUGUUUCUGUGAGCUGCAAGCUGAAGCCAACACUUCCAGCUAGGAUUCUCACCAAGCCCCAAUCUGUGACUGUGGCUGAGGGAGAGACAGCCUCUUUCUCUUGCGACAUUGAUGGAGAGCCAGCACCCAGUGUGACAUGGAUGCAUGAAAGCAGAUCCAUUGUGACUUCUUCCCGCAUCCAGGUCACGACCACUCAGUACAAGUCUAGCAUGGAGAUUACAUCUGCUAUGGUUUCUGAUGAGGGCAACUACUUGAUAGUAGUGGAAAACUCAGGAGGCAGACAGGAAGCUAAUUUUACCCUGACUAUUCGCAGACCUGCUCCCAAAGAGGAGAUCACAGCUGUCAAAUCACCAGAGCCUUCCGUCCAGUCCCCUACUCGCAGCCUCAAGUCCCCUACUCCCAGUGUCAGAUCCCCUGAACCUUCUGCCCAAUCACCUGCUCCUUCUGUAACUUCUCCAGUUCCCAGUGUAAAAUCUCCAGAGCCACCAUUGGUUCAAUCACCAGCUCCAAGUGGUAAAUCUCCAGAGCCCAGCAUUAGAUCCCCUGUUCCUAGUGUCAAAAGCCCUGAACCAGAGGGAAUUAAAUCUCCCAAGGGCGUCAAAUCACCAACUGAGUCACAAGUUAAGUCUUCAGAGCCAUCUGUGACUUCCCCAGCUUCCGGUAUCAAAUCCCCAUCUCCUAGCAUCAAGUCCCCAGAGCCUGAGGGAAUCAAAUCUCCCAAGGGCCUUAAAUCUCCUGAACCAACUGCCUCUCCUAUACGAGUCAAGUCGCCCCCACCAAUCAAAUCUCCAGGCAGGGUCAAGUCUCCUGAACCUGAGGGAGUUAAAUCCCCUCGUGGUUUAAAAUCACCAGAACCUGCCGGGAUUAAAACGCCUAGGGGGCUGAAGUCUCCAGAACCAGCAGGGAUCAAAACCUUAAGAGGGCUGAAAUCCCCAGAACCAUCUGGUCUCAAGUCACCAAGGGCCUUAAAAUCCCCUGAGCCUGAGGGAUUCAAGUCUCCUCCCCGGAUGAAGUCCCCUCCCCCCACUAUGUCCCCCAAGAGGGUCCUGUCACCCCGCACUGUUAUAUCCCCAAGCCCCAAACCUCCCAAGGUGCUGAGCCAGCUCUGUGCGGAGGCCUUUGAGGGUUCAGUCAAGAUGUCCUGUGUCUGUGAGAGCAGCGUGAGGGAGGUGGUGUGGAGUUUCAAUGGCAGGCGGCUGUCCAAGAGCAGCCACUUUGAGAUGCAGUAUUCUGAGGGCUCUUGCUGCCUGCUGAUCCGCAACCUGGAGGACUGUGACCAGGGAGAGUACACCUGUGAGAUGACAGCAGAAGGAGGCAUCUCCAAAUCCUCCUUCUCCCUCACUGGCCAAGUGUUCCAGUCUAUCCUUUCGAAGGUCACUGCUUGUCAUGAGCAACAGAUGGUGCUUAAAGGAUCUUUGAUGACAAGCGUUAAGGAAUCUUCCUCCAUGUCGAUGAAGAAAGAGGUCCACAUGAUGGAGGAGACCUCCUCGUCCUUCUCCUCCCAACAAGCCAUGAUGUCAUCCAUGAUGGAGUCCAGCUCCUUCAGCAGCAUGGCUGCUGAGAUGAAGUGUGAAACCAUGUCAAUGUCCAGCAUGUCCUCCAUGGCUUCUGAAAGCUACGCUGUGAGCUCAAGCAGCCUGAUGGAGAUGUCGUCUCAGAUGGAGGGAGCCUCCUUCAGGGCCAUCAGUUGUGCUCCGAGGAUCGAGGCCCUGCCUGAGGACAUCAGCAUCCAGCCAGGCAAGGUCCUCACCGUGGCCUGCGCCUUCUCUGGCGACGCUAAAAAUAUAGAGUGGUCCCGUGGCGGAAAAGACAUUGAGGUGACGGCUGGUGGUCGCUUUCACAUCGAUACCACUGAGGACCUGACCACCCUUAUCAUCACUGGAGUGAAGGAGGAGGACGCCGGUACAUACACCCUCCACCUCUCCAACGAGCUGGGAUCCGACUCAGCCACCGUCCACAUUAGCAUUCGUCCAAUGUAAAGGAGAACCGACUUACGUCCUUCACCCUCCCCAUCUCCCUUCUUUCACACUAUAAAGUUAUUAAUUGAGGAAAAAAAUAUAUUCUUACUUGAUAAAGACCGGUAUUUCUAUUGUAAAUAUGAACUAUUUUUAUACCAAACUUGACAUUAAUUUAUGCCAAACUAGACUAAAGUCUAAAGUUGUUAUAAACUGUGCCAUACUGGAUAAUUAUAACUUAUGAUUUUUGAACUACUUUUCUGUGACGUGUACAUAAUGUAUAUAGCCGAAUUUAACGGUUAUGAAAGAUGUAUGAAUUGUUAUUUAUGACAAUAUUAACUGAAACAAAAGCAACAAAAUGUUUUCAAAGGAGAAAGUUUCGAAUGAAACGAAUACCCAUGGAAACAAAGAAACUAAAACACUGUGCCUCAACAAUAAGUUGAAGUCUUAAGAUUGCCUCAACAGGUAGAGAGGCUCCCUGUUGACGUUAUGAACAAGAUUCAGAGACAAAACUAUAAAUAUGCACACGCCUCUGCGUGUGAUAUUACAGUAUCUAUGAACUGUAACAUGAACAUAAGACCCUGAGUGCUGUUUGCAUAUUACCCUCAUGUAAGCAGCAUGAACUGGUCUUGUGCUCAGACUGACCGUGUCAUACCACCAUUUGAAUGACAUGCCCAGAGUGCGAGCGGCCUGCACUUUCUGGGCAUAGUUUUAUUGUGUGCUCUGUCUCUGGCAAACAACCUCCAGCGAGACCUCGGAAAUACCAUCAUCUGGCUUAACAGAGGCUCCAUGCUGGAGCUUGUUUGCAGAGUCAGAGCUGGCUCUUGGAGGUCAAAAGUGUGUUUGUGUGUUAGCAUUAGAAACUUCCCAGUAAACAGGGUCCACGGACCCCCACAGCCUAUUCACUGGCUAUACCUCCCCACAAGGAGAAAGGGGGAAGGGAUCACCCUUUGGUUUGAUUAAAUUAGAAUUGUAGCAUUAACUAUGUUUGUGACCUCCUUGAGUGAUAUUCAUUAUUGAUUUAAUAAAGCAUGAUUAUCAGCACUA